UUUAAUGCUUAGAAAGCCCUUCAUAAUAGACAUGCAACCUUUUAAAAAUCCUGCCAUGAUACAUGCUUUUUUCAGAUGUCAUUGCUUGGACAUGGACUGCAUAAUACCGAGUAAUGUAUCCUCUCAGGUGCAGACAGAAUGCCAGUUCAGACAUAAUCUUCCUUGUGCCAUUGAUUUUAUGUCAAAGUGGAGUAAACCAUGGGAAUACGGAUUGUUCUCCGCUGACGGUAGCUCUCGGCAGGUGUACUUUACUGCACAAAAUCAAAGUCUUUUCAAAAUAAGACACAAGUCAGUCAUUCAAAGAUUUCGUGCGUGGAUGUUAAAGAGAGUAUAUAUCGCACGCUGGGUCAUUAUCGUGAGCCAGUGUGCGAUCGGAUCGGAUAGUUUUCGACUCCUUCAUUUGACUCCAUGGAUGAGUGUCAGAAAUCGUGGGGGAGUGUGACGCCGCUUCCUUUUUCGGCGCAUAGAUAUGCGGUCGUCCUUUUUCUUUUUUUUCUUCUUCCCAUCUCUCUCCACUGUACGAUAAACGAGGAGGGGCUUGAUGCCGUGGAGGAGGGAGGCAGGCAGGCAGGCAGGCUGAGCUGACCCGCUUGUGGUGUGUGUCUCCUAGCCUACAUCCAAGCCAGGUCGCAUGCAUUAAGGAGUGACAGUCAUCAGGUAGGAUUUCGCCUUUAUUCUUCAACGCUGUGUGUGUUUGAGAAGCCUGGCGCUCAUUUUAAAGGUGCUGCUCCUCCUAAAGGGGGCUCACUACAGGGAGGCGGACCACUCUGUGUUGGCUCAGCAGAAGAAGCGCUGAAAACAUUUCAUGUUAACAGUCUGCAGGCGACCUUUUUCUACAUGAUGUGUAUGAUGUUUUACCACUUCGUGUUCUCUUUGCUUCUUUGUGGAUUUGAUAUAUGUCGGUUUGGCUUUAUCCGGGGCGUUUUUAGGAGCCUGUCAAACCUAUGUCUUCGCCUCAAAUGUCACUGACUGCUUUUGACAUUGAGAGAUAAGAGAAUAUUUCAUUGACCUACUUGUUUGGCGGUGCUGCUGCGUGUGAGAUGUGUAGAUUAAGUGCCAAGAAUUGUGCUAAAAUCGGUAAGAAAUGCUGCCCAGCUUUAAGCAUCUUUUACUCUGCGAAGAAAUGUGCAGCACAGUAACUUGGACUUGACCUGAAUGUUAUCCUGAUGGGCUCGACAUCAAAGCUACAUGGGCGACAUGAGAGUGGAGUGCGUGUGCAGGGAUGUAAGCAGUGAUGAUGUACAGUAGGAGGAAAAAAAUGUGAAAAACAAGGGAUAGGCUGUAAUGGUCAGUUGGAUCAACUUCAAUUAUACUGCUGAUGCUUUUCAGUACAAAAAAAUUGCUUUUUUAAGGAUUCUCUUGACACCUGCCUGCUUGCAGACUUCAGGGGGCAUAGUCACCUCACUAUAUUACUUCCACCCCAGACACCAGUAAGCAGGCUGCCCACUUCCUGACAGGACAUGUCUCCUUAACUGCCCAGACAGAUGUGUAUUUAAUACUCUUGUGAAAAGCUAUUUUAUGAGCUGUAACCUGUGUUUCCUGAAGGUGCAGGGCAUCAAAUGUUGAACCAACAUAGUCAGAGCCGGUCCAAGCCUCUAUGGGGCCCUAAGCAAAAUUUGAUUUUGGGGCCCUCUAUUUCUGCCAAUAAUGUUGAUUGUUGAUCAUUCACACACCUUCAUAAAUCUCUGAUUAACAUUGACAUGCAAACAUACCUUUUUCUUGUUGUAUUUCUCUUUUUUUCUCUUUCUUUUCUCUGCUGCUGAAGGAUACGUCCUUUUUUGUGACAUUGUUUUUCCCCACAACUACCUGUGCUUUGGAUGCUCAGUGCACAUUGCACAGCAGAAGGCACAUAACUGUAGCCGAGCUUUGACAUAGUGGCGGUAAGAAUCAUAGGUCUAUAUCAGCAGAAGCACUAAAAUGUCUUUAUUUUAUUAUUAUUAUUAUUUUUUUUUUACAAUAAUAUAUAUUUGAUCAUACAGAAAGCAUCACUCAUACAUGCAAGAAAUAAAACAUAUUUAAAUUAUUAUUUUUUGAUUGCUCUCUGGGGCCACUAUUGGCCACAGGGCCCUAAGCAGGCGCUUAGUUCACUUAUGCCUUGGGCCGGCUCUGAACAUAGGUACUGUAGGGUCAAGGGGUCACACAAGGCCUCUGUAUCAGUUUUACACAUAACAGUGUAAUUUGAAGAACAUAUAUAAUAAUAAUUAUACUAAUUAUAAUAACAAAUUUUAUUUAUAAUGCUCUUUUACAGGUGCUUAAAGAUGCUUUACAAGAAUAAACAAUUAAAAAUACAGAAAAUUAUAAGUAAUAAGACUAACACUGUAAAAGGUUAAAAAAAAGACACAAUAUGAAAAGACAAUAAAAGAACAUUUCACAGGUUAAAAGUCAAUUUAAUAAGGUGUGUUUUUAGAAGUGGUUUGAAAGUAUGGGGGUCUGUACAGUCCCGGAUGGGUUUGGGGAGUGAAUUCCAGAGGGUGGGGGCAGCAGCGGAGAAGGCUCUGUCCCCCCAAGUUCGGUGCUUGGUCCACGGGGGUAAGGCAAGGAGAUAUCCCUCUGAGGAUCAGAGGGCACAGGAGGGGGUGUAGUGGUGGAGCAGGUUUGUGAGGUAGGUGGGGGGCAGGUUGUUAAGUGAUUUGUGAGUGAGCAGGAGGAUUUUGAAUUGUAUGCGGUGCAGUUUUUGGAGGAUAGGAGUGGUGUGUUUUUGGGAGUUGGUGUGGGUGAGCAGGCGGGCUACAGAGUUCUGAAUGUAUUGGAGUUUAUUGAGGACUUUGGAUGAUGAGCCGUAUAGAAUGCUGUUGCAGUAAUCUAGGCUGGAUGUUAUAAAUGCAUGGAUCAGGGUUUCAGCAGUGGAAAAGGUGAGUGAGGGGCGAAGACGGGCAAUGUUUUAUCCUCACCAUUUAAUGAUAUCCACAUUUACCAGCGAAGCUUUCAGCCUCAACUGUUUGCAAAAUAUCCACCCCACCCUACUACAGUAGAGCAGCUGAGAGCUUUCUAUGAGAGGCAUCUUGAAAAUUAAGGGUCAAUCCAAGGAUACUUGUGGCGUGUAAGGGGUUUCAGGCUGAUGACACGUUUCUCCGAGUGAUGUAUCUAAAAAAAAGCUGAGCUGUAUCAGCAGGAUGUAGACAGUCUCUGGAUAGCUUUAUACAGUAAGACACGUGAGGGAGGGGGCUUUGGGCACAAUUCCAACUGGGAGUACUCACACUAAAAAUGUACUCCCUGGUGGUACUGUAAGGCACCAGUAAGCAAUGUGAAAAAAGCAUCCUUCAUUCACACUGGAUGAAACGGUAUGUGGGUUUGGUAGCAGUGACAAUGUUGCAGCUUGUUGUUUAGAAUAAUUUCUAUUAUGAAUUGUUGUGUUGUACUUUGACAGAAAGUACAGAUGUGAUGCUGCGUGGCUGCACAGUGGUUUGUUUGGUUGCAGCGUACGUUAAGUGUCUUAAUGAGUUGGAUAUUAACAGUUGGAGAUAUCAAGUACCACUCAUUUUCUAUUUGGGCUUUAGUCUGCUUCCUGUUUGAUGCAAAAUAAAUGCCAGGUAGCUGCUUUAAGCAACAAAAUAUAUCUGUGGUAACUGGUAAAUGCUGACAUGCACCGAUCUAUGUCUUCAGUUCAUCUGCAACCUUUGUAAUGAUUGGGUUUAAAACAUUUUCUGUAUCUGUAAGUAUGUCAACAUCUAUUAAAAGGGUGAGAUGUAGGAUCAUGUGCAUGCCUUCCAGCUUGUACAAAGAAGAUUUGUUGAAUGGCAGAUUGGCAAAAUGUUCCAAUAGCGAAUAAUCUUCCGAUUACAUAUUGCUGGAAUGGCUUUAUGAAUAGUGAAUAUCUUUUCCUUGUUAUAGAAUUGAGCUGAAUUGUCAGUAGGAUUACUGUGUUUAUGUUUAGACUGGCCACAACAGAUUUGCUUAUUGUUUGCUUUGCUUAUUUAUGUACAAACAUAUUUUUGCUCUUUGCAUGGCUGGAAGGAUACAAUGUUUGCAGUGACAAGAGCAAGUAAAAUAUGAAUACUUGUAUAUCAUUUUGUGGAGGUUAUUCAUUCUUAGCUGUUGAAUCGCAAUAUGAUUUAUUUUUUGGCCACGCUUAACAAAGAAGUGAAGGCUUUUUAUACUCCAAGCAUCCACAGCCAACACUGUAUAUUUUCAUGCUGCAUGGUAUACAGAUAACACAAUGUCACAAGCUUAUAUGCUGCAUGUAUCUGCCAGCAGGAAGUGAUAACAGCGAACUGCUCCGUUAAACAGAACACUCUAUGCUGUUCACAAGAAUCAAGGCUGUAAAGGUGAUGCCCACUAUAGUUUGAAAGGCAAUGUAAAUAUAAAUUAAAGUUAACCCAUUCAGAUAGUCUCAACAUUUUCUCUCACCCAAGCUUUUAAGCCAUUGUAUCCUACGACUUUUGCUUAGCUGUAGUAAUUAAGACCAAGCACUAUUUAAAUGCUUCCUUUUCCCCAUUCAUUGCCAGCUAUUGAAGAGGCCAUUACCACAGUGAUUCUGUAUUAUGGGAAGCUAUUAGGGCUAUCUCUGCUGCAGCAGCUCUAGUUCACACCUUCAACAGAGCGCAUCAUUUAGUGGGAAUCACAUGCUCCAAAUAUUGUCUUAAAACAUUGGCUGCAUCUUCUCAUGUAUAACUUUUAGUCCAAAAUUUGCUAAAUAAUAACAGCAAGGUCAUGAAUUCUAAAGUAGCAAUUUGAGGAGACAGAGUCUUUGUAUUUCCGUGCAGUUCAUUAGAAAGUGAUUUUCCUCUCAGCUGCUGUAGCUGCUCUGUCAUCAAGAACACGUUCCUGGUCGGAAUUCCCCAGGAAGUGUUCAGCUGGAGGUUGGGAAGUAAGGGCUUUCAGAGUCAUCGGAGAGAGUGAUUGUUGAACCAUAUUUAAUGCAUGACUGUGUAGGUGGUGGAAACUAAAACACACCCCAUGCUGUGGGCUGUGACCCAGCCUUUGUGUUUUGUGUUUACAAGGGAAUUACAGCUCGCUUAUGUAUUUUCUUUUUUUCUUUGCGGCUGUCUUUGUGAUCGCAGCCUUUUUGGGGGGGGGUCUGGCUUGCCUCCAGAUCUGUUUCUAUGGAAUGAGAGGUAGAUGUUUAAGCUAGCUGCCAGUCACACUCCUCCACUGGAGCGUCAAUCUGAAUGCAUAAUCUCCUGUAUUUUUCCCAACAGAUGAUGAAUGUGGCAGGAAGUCAAUAAGUGAGAGCUGCAAUACCUAUGGGGUUGUCUUUUUAUUAUUAGCAAUCACUUGACUGCAUUUCCACUGUGCCUUCAGAUUUUAAGUAAGGUUGAUCACACAUGUGAUUAAAAACUCUAAUUGCAAGAGAUGAAACUGACAGCAUAGUUGAUUAUUAAUGGCUGACUAUAAUGUCAAAGAUUAUCCACAGGUCACUCAAUUGUAGUUCCAUAAAUACGUAACAGCUAAAUGCAUGGCAGUGCUGCAGUACUGUUGUACUUGCAGACCUAGUAUAGUUUAUUGUUGCUUUCUAAGUUAAAGUAGUGAAUAGCUGCUUCAUCCUAUGGCUGAGCAGAAAUCAUUGACAGAGUAGGACAUUGCAUUAUUUAUGAUAGUAUUAAACGAAGACAAGCAUUACUCUAAGUGUUGCUCAAUCCUUGAAAAGCUGACCAGAAGUGGGUGAUACAGUACGGCACUGAACUAUUUACUGUACAUGUGGUCUAAACCAACGCCGCUGUGCGAGUGAUGCUUAAAGCAGACUCCAGAAGUAGGUCAGUAGAUGCUGGCCUGGAGCGCUUCAGGUCAGAGGCAAAGGCUCAGCCUGUGGCACUUUUCAUCAGCAGAUCAAAUGAGACGCUGUUUUAAAAAAGCAGACAGGUCCGACUGCAUGACACGUCUGACUUCACUGGGUCCCAAAACUGGGUUAGUGGCAUAAGAGGGAAAGAUGUUUGAUCUUAGGGUUCCCUGAGCACCAGCUGUCAGCUUAAGUAAAUAUCUGUCUGCUUACCUUUGGCUAUGUGGCCGCUUUUAAGCACCAGUGUUCAUCGGUUUAGCCAUACUUUAACAUUCAUGGUUGAUUCAUUUCCUAUUCUUUCACCUAAUCUCUGUGCGUGUGUGUUUUGAGGUGUGGCAAAUUGGUUUGAGAUAAAUUUAGCAGUGGAUAAAUUUGUGGUGAAUGAAAAUAGAUGAAGUACUAUGAAAAGCUGUGCGAUUGAUGCUACUGAAAUUCAAUCAGAUGCAGAGAUAGUCUGUGUGGUUUAAAGUUCAAUGUGUCUGUGUGUGACAGAGGACUACUGGAAUGAGCAGGACCAUGACCUACUCUGCCUGGAGCAAACUGAUUCUAAGUGGUACAGAUCAUGUGAUAUAUAUGUGCUAAAGACCAUGUGAUGUAUAGCUUUGAAAACAGGAGAGGGGCUGAAUAAUGCUUGCUUGUCUUCGGCAUGUCUUCCUCUGUACGUCUGGUUGAUGUCGAAGAGCUUAUUGUGCACAGACUUCACAAGGAGCUUGGGUACACUACUUUGAAUAAGUCGAUGUUUUCCCCUGUGUUCUUGCUCGCUGCUAUCAGGUUCAUUGGUCACAAAAUCCAUUCUCACCUGGUAGUCUUUGUUCGCAUAUAAUAGCUGCUUGUGCUCUCUGAAUAGUCACCUAGUCGUAACAUGCCCAGUUUCUUUUUACGCUGCUGUAGGAAUCAUUUCUUUGAACAACUCUGGGAAAGUGUCACCUUAUUAAAGACUGUGUUUUUUAAGUAACUCUCACUGAGAAGUUAAUGUGCAUUCAUGCGUCUUCAAAGUUCCUCUAGUCUUACACAGAUAUAUAGUACACUAACUCCUCUUCAUAAAAAAGCCCUUUUGCUAGAUAGUAGGGGUGGGAGGAAAAAUCAAUUCAGCGUAGUAUCAUAAUAUUUUGUCUGGUGAUAUAUUGUAUUGUCUCAUUUACCAAGUAUCAAUUCUUCUAAUUAAUUGCUAAUAUGAACUCAAAUCUAUGAUAAUGGAAAAAUAAAAUCAACUGUUUGUCCAGUGAGGUUGGCAGAGCUGACAUCAUAGAGCAGGAGAAAGUUAGUACAACAAAUAGAUAUAAGGUUUGCAAGAUGUGCUACAUUAAAAUAAAAUACAGCGUAAUAAUAAAACAAGAAGGAAAGCCAAAUGCUAAAUUAGCUAAACAGUUGAAAAAAUUGUAUAAAUCGCAAAAUAUUGUAUCGCAAUACUCGCUGCAUUGCAAAAUGUUAAAAAUCGCAAUGAUAUCGUAUCGUAGCCCAAGUAUCGUGAUAAUAUUGUAUCGUGGGGCCACUCGUGAUUCCCACUGCUGCUAGAUAGAAGUCCCUUGCUUUUGUUGGGUUUAGCUUGUAUCACAUAGACAGCACAUUGAAGGUGAAAUCUCAAACUCUCUGAUGUCUUUCGUCAGCAUGCAUGGAGUGUCUCCUGGUGUCUCUCAGGAACACCACAAGAGCCAGGGGUCAAUGACAAAGAGGGCACAGAUCCUAGUGAUCCUUUCACUUGCCAUUGAUUCUUCACUAGCUGCAUGAUAGAGUUCCUGCACCACAGUGCACGGCUAAGACAUUAUUUACUUGAUUACACUUGAGCUGGAUUUUUUCAUGUAUGGCACUAUUAUUACUGACAAAAUGACAGAGCAAAUGCUUAAAUUAAUCAUUCGGCAAAUUGGCAUAAAUGGGAAGGUGUCAAGAAGUUCAGAGGCUUACACAGUUUUCAGACUGAUGGAGCAAAGGCAAGCUGUACAGGGACAGAGGUGAGAUGAAAUAACAGAGAGAUAAAGCAAACAAAACAAUAUCGCUGUUGAAGGGCACUGUUGAUCUUAUUUAGCUAGAAUUGACACAUCAGUAGUAUCACAUGUAGGUUAAAUGCAGGCCAAUGGAUGCUGUGUACUGCAGCUGUCAGUGUGGUUUUAUAAGGGGAAGGGGCUCUCCUGUCUGAACAGCAGCACUAAAACUACUGCUACCCUCUCCUCUGAUCCUCUGCAGGCAGCAGAGGUUGCUGACCAAGUGAGAUCGCUCUCUCCCCCCGUCUCUGUUUUCCUCUCUCCCUUUCCCCCUUUGCUCAGGGCUCUGUAAUGUCAGCACCUUGAAUCUCAAAAGAAGAACUGUGGACUGUUCUCGCGCACUGUUGUCCGAAGGAUUUCGUUGUAAUGUGGCGGAAGUGCAUUCAGCAGCUGGAGGGUGAACUACUUGAGCGAUUGUGUUUCUUUAGCCCUGUAUAUCUAGCUCAUCAGCAGUGCACUGACCUUGUGUUAAAGGCAGAGAGAUUCUCUGGUUACCCCCAGUGGAAGGAAACACCUAGGAUUAGAUUGCUCUGUUUUUUGGGAUGGAAUGAUACAGUUGACUCAGGUGUUCAUUGCAUUAAUGUAUUCAUAGACUUAAUAAUACUUAUUUAUGAAUAUUAAUAUUAUACCCACCAACUGGAAUUAAUUGCCUGAUUCUCUUUGAAGCUGCAUCAAAUAUUUUGGCUGAAACAACACUUCAGAGUCAGUCAGCUGCAAUAAUUAAACUAAAUAAUCAACAGACUUGUUGACUAGCUGAUGAACAUUCUUUACAUUUAGCCACAGCAGGCCCACAUAUAGUCAUGUAUGUAAAUUUACCGUUGGCAGAGACUCCAGCAGUCCUACAAGAGAAAUGGAGGAACAUGGACUUGAAUAAACAGGAGGACAGAACCACUAAACUCAAACAUAUCAAUGCUAACCAAUGUACAGACCUACAACCAAUCAGACUAACUUAGCAUGUGAUGAAGCAACAAUAAUGUCAACAGAAAGCAGCAUGCAGAGAUAAGAAACCUACCUUUCCCACUCUUGUUUUUAUGAAAAUACAUCACCAGGCUAGUUCCAAACAGCAGCCAUUGUGAAUUUAAAGGUCACUCCAGCAGCAGAGGGACCAAACAUGCAAUUGGCACUAAAAAGAUUCCUACAAUUGUUAGGGGUGGGCGAUAAAUUAUUGUUAAUGAUUUAUUGUCAGAAAAAUCCUUCAAGAUGAAUAUUUGGCAUCUCAUGAUAAAUGCGAUCAACUUUUCUUCAAGAUUGGUGCUAAGACGAGUGCAAUUAGUGGAUCUGCUGCUGCUGUUCACUCUGUGCAAUAAGAGUUUUGAAUAAAUGGUGAAAGUAGGGCUGGGCGAUAAACUGAAAAUUUACCAAUACUGAAAUUUACGACAAUGAUUGACAUCAUUUUGCCCAUAUCGAUAUAUUUAGGGUUUAAAAAAAAUAAAUAAAUAAAAGUUGGUUUUGGACGUGUGUAGGUAGGCUAUGGUCUCAUGUCCCUUUAAGAAGCUGUCCUACGUCAGAUGUGACUCCACCCCAUCCAGUCCGUGACAAAGAGUGAAAGACAGGUGAGGAGAUGGAGGACGGUUCAAAAGUUGUAGCGGUUGGAGGGGCGGCUGAAGUAGACAAAGUUAAUGUGGGAGGGGUGAGCAGCUUAUGGUGUAGUUAUCGUCUAUUUAUCAUUAUCAAGGUGAACUACUCAAUAUAUCGUGACAUUGAUUUGAGGCCAUAUCGCCCAGCCCUAGAUGAAAGUGUUUUCACAUUUCACACUUGUUUGAUGUCACGAGUUUUCUCUAUAACCUACCACUUAAACUUGUGGUUAAGUAUCUUAUUUGACUGUGCCCACUGUUAAGUGCCAUCCAAAAACAAUGAUUGUGGGUUUCUCAAGACAGAAGGAAUUAAAAGCAUUGACAGGAAUUGUAUAUAUAUAUGUAUUUUUUUUCAUCAUGACUUUUAUCAUCAUCGUCAGAAUGGCGCCAUAUUGCCCAUCCCUAACAAUUGCAGCUACUCUUAUUAAUUACAAGAGUUUCCCUGUGCAGCUAUGAUGCACCAUUAGAAGAGAGUGUUUGGUAUUUUGCCACGUUUCUUUGGAAAACAAAGGCUCAUAAGUUCAUUAUCCAACAUCUGUUAAUUUCAUAAAAGUUGCAGUCGCAUGCCCUUGUAAAUGUGUUGGCUUAACCUUAGUUGUUGAGCUGAUCCUCCGGGUCGAGUGCGACAUAAAUUCUAAAUGUUCGCCGUGGGAAUAAGGUCAUCUGGCCUGAUGUCACAAAAUCAUUAAAAAGAGGACAUUUUAAUUCAAGUCAGGCAUUAAUUAUACAAAAUCCUGAUGUUUCAUGCUGUAACCUUGUUUGUUGGUAGGCUGUUUUUCCUCAGAGCAGAACAAGAGCUGAAUAUAAAUGUUGACUUUCUUCAGAACAUGCAUUGUCUGGAAAAUCAGAUUCAGGGAGCUGACUCGAGUUUGUGUUCAAUUUUGUUUAACUGCGUCAGCAGCCACUAAAGUGAGGAAGGAAUCAACAUUCUCUUGAGGCAGAUUCCAAUGUAAUCUCUUCUCUCUGGGCAUGUUUUCUUAACCCUACAUUUUAUCCUUACAUUUCAGCCAGUUAGUGACAUUUCGUGACAUGAUUGAUCAUUUUAACUUGUCUUGAAGAUGGAUUAAACCUUUGUUUUUCAGGACGGCCACCUAGAUUUUGUGUAAGCUUUGUGCGAUUUGACGAAAAAAGAAAUCAGCGUGGCCCUUAGAGAGCAGGGAAGCGAGCAUUCAUUCAUGUCCUGUAAAACACAACCUAGAAACAUGUCAUCUGAACUCAUUGGGUGGGAUAAAAGAGACUGUCACCCAAAUAUCAUAUCAUAUUAUGUGUACGGUAUUGUUUCCUCAACUAUGCUCUCUAAUUUCUUCCCCCAGGGCUACUCCUGUAUGACACUGGUUCAACCUGCUCACCAGUUAGUACAGUACAGUGAGCUAGUCAUCCAGCAGAACGAUCAUGUUAUUUAUAGAAGUAUUGUUAAGCCUUACCCACAGCUCUGAGUCAUGUUGUCACAGCCCGUCAAUCACUGGUGGUCGUUGUCUCGAUGAUGUCCUGUCUGUUUAGUGCAACACAGCAUGAAUGGUCAGUGCUUUUUAUAAACAUCAUCUGGAAAAGGCUCUGGACAGGGCAGCCACUAUUUGCUUCCUUUAUGCGUGUGCCUGCACUCUGUCACAGUUCGCUUCCCCAGCACUCAAGCUGUAAGAAGUGCUCCUUUUCAUUUAGUAAAAGCAUAAUAUCUGGACCGCUAAUAGUUGUGUGCAGUAUUAAUUGGAUAAAACAAGGGCUAUUUGGACAAAGUAAUAGCUGAGUAGCUUUGAUUUUCAAACCCUUAAUGAGCCUCGUUCUACGGGCAGACAGCAGCUCUGUCUUAAAAAAAAAAACGGUACGUGCUACCAAUAUAGCUGAUGUUUACACAGGGAGGAAUAUUCUGGACCAAUUACAAAAGGGGUUUUUAUGCAUAUUUAAGGUUAAUGAUGAAGCUAAGAGAGUAACAUUGGCACCAAACAUUACUGUGGAUGUUUGCUCUCUUUCUGCAGUAAAGAAGGCAAAAAUCUUUACUUUGACCGCAGCAGCUGGAGUGCUGUUGGAGUUCGGCAGAUUUGUUAUCAUCUUGAUGGAAUGUAGAGGCAUGUUGUCAUACUUCUGUCAGUACAGUUGGCAUACAUGUAAGUUUUUAUGACUGAGGGGGCACCAUGCAGUUUCAGUGUACCCAGUUCAGCUAAAAAUGACUUGUUAGCCCUACACCCAAGGACCAGAGAAUUUAAUUAUUUCCUCUGUCAUAGAGUCAUACAGUGCACAUAUCAUUUCUGCCUUCCAUUUAUUCUUUUUAUAAUAUCAGCCAAACAUAGAAUAGUUACAAGCAUUUUGUAUGUUUAAGGAAAAGAAAUGCCUCAACAUUCUGUCACUUCUGCUGCGUUCCAGUUACCUCGAAGUCGCAGCUGGGAAUGACACUACACCCGAGUUGACAGUGUUCCAGUUAACGAGUUGGAAAACCAAGAUGGACGCCUGCAGUUACCCGUUGUGCGCUGUUGUUUACAAUUGUCAGCUCUCGUUAGCCGUUGUCAGCAGUUGUCAGUUGUUGUUAGCUGUACCAGUUGUAAACAACACAUAACACAGUACUUUACUCUACAAACACCAUAGCACUGUGUUCACAGUUAGACGUUGGGCCGCACAACAUAUACCACUUACUUAAUUUCACAAAAACAAACAGAAGUGCUAAUAAAUAAUACAUCAUGAGAGCUUUUACUGUUACUCUUUACUGUUGAUGCACUGUGCUGCCAUCUUGAAUUAUGACGUCGUCAAGUCGGGGUUGGCGAGGAUCGUCGGAAAUCUGACUUCAGGGGGGCGUUCCAGAUGAAUAUCCGACUUGGAGCUUGGAAAUCCCAUCUUCAAAUUACAACUGGAAUGCAGCGUUAACCCCCGCAUUCAGUAAAUUAGAAUAAUCACAUCUGAUUGAUUGAACACUCGCUGUUGUUUUUACUAAAAGCUUCUCAUUCAGUUGGCAGCAUUAGCUGACUCGCAACAAGAAAACAUCAAAGCAUUUUCGAGUACUGAUAAAUGAAGUUGUCCUCACCUCCACCAAAUUUAAAAAAGAAUUAACUGUGAGACUUUUCAAAAGACAGGGAAAAAACAUCUAAAUCAUGCAGCAGAGCCUGAAAACUGUACUUUUACUGUAGUUGUACUGUAGUUCUUCUGUCACAGAAAUGCUAAAGUUGCAGACAUAUAUCUAUUCUUCGCCAUGCAUAUAGGAUUAAAAUGAUACAGUGUUAAUUUCUUGCCACCGCUACCAUCUGUUCAGUUCACUAUAUGGCAGCUGUUUGCCCCUCUGUCUGUAGAGUCUUCAGUUUCCUCAGAUGGGAGAUUGAUGAACCUUCAGCCAAUUGGGGGGGGGUAGUUGCCCACCCGCAGUGGACAUGCAACCCCUGCAAAGCUAUACCCACGAGAUCACACGCUCCUACUUCCCUCUGGUGGGUAUGGAGUCAUAUAACAUAGCCAGGUGUGAGUGCCAGCCUGAGGUCAAGGGUGAGUCUCGAACUAAUGACCCGAGGGGUAAUUCUCCCUUUAGUGUCUGUAAAGUGGUUGAUGUGCGGCUCAGCGCCUCUUGCACUUCUUCAUUUUCUCUGGUGUAUUUCUGCUAGGUCUCAUUUAUUGUCUAUACUUCUUGCCUUUUCAUAAUCCAAAAUCAAAUUUAGUGCAGCCACAUGUGGGAUUAGUGAAGCUGUUAUUUAAUGGCUGUCAGGAUUCGUGCCAUUUAUUUCUGAUGUACGGUCUAUGUAUAUGUAGAGCCCAUACUGGAAAACUUGCACUAUAUUUACAGUUUGAUUUGAUUUCUUCUAGCCCUGGGAAAAAAGGCCACCAUAAAUUACAAGAAUCUCAUGGAGUGAGGCUCUGUGAAGCUUUAUAAAUUUCCCUCUGGGAGGAGGGACAGAGAGCAGCGGAGGAGGCUGCGCUCUGAAAGGGCGAUCUGUAUGCAACUUCAGUGGGAGACAGCAUCCUCGACACAUGGCACAAGCUCAGAGGCAUCGCUGAGAACGUGGCUGGCUUGUCAUGUAAGGCAGCUCACUUUGCUCCCCGUUAGCUUUGACCUGCAAGUUCUCCUCGGUCAGCCUCUUUUAGUGUAAAGCGUGUGCUGUGGGUAUUUUUUUUAAAGGAAAUUGGUUUUGCUAGCACCAAGAUUCCUGCUUUCCCCCCACAAGUCUUUCAGUCAGUUGGACCAUCUGUAAUUUAAAGCAACAGCACUAACGAUGCACUGCCAAUAUCUUGCGUGCAUAUGCACACUAGGCCUACACAUCCUGGAUGUCUCGAUACGAUGGAUAUGCCUGCCUCUCUCUGGUGCAGAGCAGUGGGACUAAUUGAAUUACACAUCCCCCUCUUUAGCUUCUCAGUCCCAUGGGAGUGCACAACUAAUCAUUUGAAUCGCUAUUUAUUUAUUUAAUUAAUUAUUUAUUUAUAUUUCCAGAAAUCGUGAAGAGUGGUGUACAUCAGUAGAUCUCUUCAGAACAGCCAGUAAAGCCAUAUGUGGUAUACGUUUCCUUAACAACAACUCCGUAGAUUCCAUAUGUAGUGGUAGAUGUCGUCACAGUGUAUAACCUUUGACCUCUUAAGGCUGUGUUGCUGCCUCAGCUGGUGCCCAGAUGUACCUUAAAAAGGCUAAGUUGCUGGCUAAUGAAAGCAGAGUUCAAUUUAGGAAGCGGGAUGAUGAGUUUUCCCCAGAGUGCAUUAUUGAAAUGAAGUAUGACAGCGUGUAUGACCUUUAUCCACAUGCUCACCAGGCUCGACCAAGUUGAUGCGAGGAUAAAAUACUUUCCCUUUUUUAUUUUCUUUUAGUCUGAGGACAUUAAAAUUUUUUUUUUUUUUCUGGCAGAUUGAAUCUCAAGCUCACAGCUAUUGUGUAUAGAAUGUAGUGAGGAGUAUUAUUAACCCCAAUUAAGCCCAGUUCACUUAAUUGUAACAACGCAGAGCAUCAGUGCCACCAUUUACCGUACAAUUCAUAGUAUAUAAUACAAACCUGUUGAUAAAAAUUACAUGAUUAGCUUAUGGAGCACAGGGGAAAUAAAUACAUCGAAUGGUAAUUGAUUUUUGCAUAAUGGUUACCUUCUAAUCAUCACCGGAGGUCAUAUUUCAUGUGUUUUCUCUGUAUGCAGUCAAUUGAUUUUCUAAACACUUUACCUUCUAUCAUAAUAUGCAGGUAAUAGAAAGUCACUGAAUAAAUGAAACCCUUUUGGAAAGGAAAGCAUGAGUCUGUAAGAGAGAACAUUUCCCCUUUUUUUUUUUUUUCAAACAUUGGUAAAGCUUUGGCGAAACAUAAGACACUGAUUGUCCCUCUCCUCCUCUAAUAUGAAUGCCUCCGUCUGUAUUGCUUUCAUCGCCGCUCUUUCAUAAAUCAGAUUUACCGCUACAUCUGUAGUGCCCAUGCUAAUGAAGUAACACCCAGCACAGAGACACAGCAUUGAUUUCAUUUCCUGCCUCCCUUGCUGUUUCCUCGGUAGCUCGAUGGAGAUUACAUGUUGAUGUCAUAUAAAAGGAGAGAUUAAAAAAUCGGUAUCCAACUCCAGAGUCACAGCUGUGUGCCCAGCCUUACAAUUAGAUGUACAAGUUUAAUAGACAGCAGCAGAGGUGGCACUGAGUAUCCCGCUUCCUCUCUUUUCCGACAGAUCUUCAGAGCGUAACUUUUUUGCCUUGUUAACCCUGCAGGAUGUGGAGGUUGGCAGGUUCUUUUCAUUCCCACACAUCUCUGCCAAUGAUUGGGAUGAUUCUCCUCCCUGUCAGGGAUCUGCAGAGAGGCAACAGUGAAAUGGAUGGCUUGUCCAGUUAUUAUAAAACAGAGGAGGGUAGGUUUCGUUGCCUGCCUGCCGGCAUGCUUGCCUCCCUUUAUGUGCUCACCCAAUCCUUGCAGUCCAUCUGUCUUCUCCUAUCAGUGAGUUAGAAUGCCAAAACAUGGGAAGAAAGAAUAAGGUACUGAUGUUCCCAAGUAAUAUUUAUCAUUGUGUCUUGUGGCAUGUGAGGCAAAGAGACACUGAUUUCAAAACAAAUUCUGACCAUUGUUUCUUUUUUAACAUGCAAGAAAUGUUCCCACUUACAGCAAAUCAAGUUUAUGUGCUCUCCUCUGUAGUUUUAUUGAUUGAAUCAGCUUUUUUAUGUUUGAUUUUACCUCAAGGUCCCGCAGAUGCACUCAUAUUUGAAGGGCAUCAUUGGAUGCACUUAGGUCACAUUACCAAAGCAAACUGCAAAUCAAACACAAAAAAAUCAGAGGCAUCAAUACAGUUUUGACUUAUUUUCAAUCAAGUUCAGAGGAGAUUAGUUGAAAAACCUUUGAUGUACUUUUCUUUCAAGGCACUGAAAAAAAACUGGGGAAUUUGAAAACUUCUCAUUCCCAUGCUUGGAGCACAUUACUGGGUUUUAACCGUUGCGAAUGAGGAGCGCUCUUUCAAUAAUCACAUAAGAGAUGCCAUUAUAUUUGUCACGAAAUUGUGCUUUGUUCAAAUGGUGAAUUGUGCUCUCCUGAUUUGUGCACUUUUUACCUUGAGCUCCGAGGCUUUUUGUGCCUCCUGACCAAGCGGUGACCUUCAGAGUGGAAAAAUGGAGCCAAGGUGGAAAAAAUACAAAACAGGGUAAUUCCUAUUAAGGCUGAACAAUACAGACAAAAUUUCAUAUCUCAGUAAUUAUGCCAGAUAUCUCAGUAUUGAUAUGAUACAAUACGAUACAACCAUUUUUCGUUAAAAUAAAAACAUAAUACGAAUGGAUGUGGAAAGGGCAGUUUUCUUGAUUAGAACUUUGAGAGAAUCUAUAUAGUUGAUAGCACUGAUUUUUCAAUAUUAAUGUCUUGAAUGUUCAUAACUCGAUAUAGAUACAAUAAUGAUAUAUCUUUCAGCCCUAGUUCCUGGUGUCUACUUACGGCAGGCUGCAAAAUCCAACAAGUCUCUGCAAACACCCAUGUUACGAUGCCCAUUUUUACUGCUAAAUGAAAGAUGUCAACAGCCUGGUUCAAAAAAACUGCUCUGGUCUGAAUGGCUAAUUUCUUCAUUGGUACGUAUUUUCGGUAAGGGUCUUAAGUAAGGCAUAUAUCUGUAUAAUUAGGAGAAUGGCUAAAAUGACUUUAAGGUAAAGUAACUUUUUUCCAAGAGGCUUGUGUCUUGUCUCAACUCCACCUGUAGCUAAGACAAGCAAAAGUUACGUUAAGUGAUCUGCCCAAUACGCUGACCACUCCUGACUGACUCAAAGAUUCCUUACCUAUUGGACAGGAUAUGCUGAAGUGGUCUCAUUCUGAGCAAGUAAGGAGAACAACAAUAGCAUGAUUACUGCCUAAAAUGAAACAAAGGGACCUAACUGCCCUUAAAUACUCAAUUUCACUUACAUUCUUUCCACUGUUUAAAAAUUGAAGAGAUUUUGCCGACAUCGCUCCCCACUUUAUUUCUGCUUUUUCUUUCAAGUGCUGACCAUUUUUUUUCUGUCCUUCAAUAAACAUGAAAGGUGGUGGGAAAUAAGGAGGCGUUAAUGCAAUGUUUAUUCUGUUUGUUGCUAUUGUUAGUGAUCCUAAACAUGAUUAAAAAAAAAAGUCAUUUAUGUGAAAUGGUUGUUUUUUAUUGACCGGAUAUUUUUCAGAAAAGAUGAAGAGACGAGUAGUUGUAAGGCUUUUUAAUGAGGUCAUGAACUGGUAGGAAGAUAGAAAGUAUGUAUAAGGAUAAUAAGCUAGUGUUCAACUUCAACUCUUUGAUGUCCGCUUGUUAUGUAGAGGCUUUUUCACAUUUGAUGUCUUAUACCUGAUGUACUGUAGUCUCUACUCGGAAAUCAAACCGACAUGCUCUCUGUAGCAGAUGAUGGCGGCUAUCACUUCGUUUCUCAGUUGAUGAUUAGGAACAUAAAGCUGUGAAAACUUCUGUGUGUUUAGAGACUGUUGAUGACAUACAGUGUUUUGUUCAUGGUAAAUUAUAAAAUGUUAAAGUGACGUGAAAAGCAGAUUUAAUAAGUAUUCAAGUAAUCAGAUGCCUGAAUGCCCGCACUUAUCUAAUUAAAGUCCAUGUCUAUGGAAAUGAGAUGUGCGCUAUACCAAUGUGAAUUUCAUUGAAGCAAUUACUGAAUCUCUGAAAUCAUGACACUCCACAGCAAAUCGCUGAGCUAAAACAGGAGUGGGGUCACUCAAAAGUGACAGCAAUCAGCCAUGCAGCGCUUUGAGAAUGACCCACGGUGUUCAGUGACGAUCACCCGCAUGAUGAUGUUAAACUAUUCAUUAUGCCGAUUCACUUUUUUGUCACGCAGGGUGAAAUGAUAUCAUGAAAGUGUAAAGUCUGUGUACCGCAUGUGUGGUGGGAAAAUCUGUUCAGCCGAGUGAGCAAUUAAGUUGCCGUAACCAGAAAUCAGGAGCAGAUGAUGAGGAUAUGCUAUGAAAGAGACGUUUGUGGUACUCAACAUCAAAGUCACAGUCAGUUAACUGAAGUAUUUGGACCUUUGCACGGGCUGUUCAGAACAUGGAAAGUUCUGAAGCUGAAAGUUCAACUGCUUAGACAGAUGGUUGGCAGUAGAAAACAGCUAAUUGAACGGUGUACUUAGUCAAAGUAUGGGCUGGACAAAUGUAGCAAAAUGAGGAAUCUGCAGAAAUACGAUUGGCUCUAAAAGAUUAAACCUGUGCAGAGUGGUGUUAAAGGUACAGUCUGUAGAAAAUGGAAUAUUUAGCAACACCUAGUAACAUGGACAAAAUUUUGAUUUCAAACGUAGGGGGGACACAUGACUUGAGUACUGAUUGUGGAUCCAAGCGUCAAUGUUCAGCUCAGAUUUCUUUAUUUAUUCCAAAAUUCAGUUCCUGCCUUUACAUAUAGCCUAGCAAACAGCACAUCUCACACACUCAGUUACAGAGGAGGCAAUACGGCCAGCGGGUGAAUGGAAGUACAAUCCCAAUACAGGGACCUAAAUGAAAAAACCUGCGAUGAAUGUGACGUUACAGAGGAAAAAUGAACACAGCCUUCCUGUAAACUUACAUCAGCGAACAAUGAAUGGGCGAAUAGCGAUGUUCACAGACCGACUCUUACGAGCAACUUGCAAAACACUAAUCUGGGAGGCAUGGAAUGACUGAAAGCAGGGAUAGCCAAUCACACACACAAAAAGCGGCCCUGCUGCAGUAGAGCCAAUCAAGGACCUUGUGGGCGGUACAAACUGAGGGAAACCAGUUUUCGGCUUGUUUUUUGUUCCAAGUGCCUGACCUGGUUUGCUAUAGCAUAAAGUAACAUUGUUUUCAGAUGGUUAAAACUGCAGGGGACCAAAACGGGCAUUUGAAAAAAGUUUGUGAAAUUAUGAUUGUACCUAGCAAUAAAAUGCUCCCCUGCUCACCCUGAUGCAUUAUCAGUAUGAACCUCCAUUUGUCAAAUUUUAACAAUCAAAAAUGCCUGUCAAUACAAACCCUCUUGCACUUAACAGCUAUUCUCUUCUGCAUCCCCCAAAAACCACCUGGUUUCUAGUUCUGUGCUGAGGUAGAAAUAGGGCAAUAUGAGAUGCAGCUUCCAUUAAAGGAGAUCUAUUCUUAAAGGGAUAUAAAAGGUUCCAUAUAAGUUAACAAAAAAAUGAUUUUAAGAUUCUGGUGAAUUUACACUGGUACAAACACAUUUAUGAAUAUUAUAUAUUCUGAUUCAAUUAAGUCUGGUAGGACCGCACAUUCAAGCUUAGUGCCAGUGUUAAUAUCGACAAAGCAAACAUGCUUGUGUGUGCCCGUUUUUGUUAGGUCUUUGUUAGCACUUUAAUUAGCUUUGAGCAUGUUAAUGUGAUGACUUAUUAUCUACAAUCAUCCCAAAGGGGGAAGAAAAAAAUCAGCGUUUUGACUUCAGAUUCAAGAGGCACCUUCUUGACUGAAAAACAAACUAACAGGAAAGAGUCAACAAAGGAAAAGGAAAACUGCAGUUCUCAUUGUAGCCCCUGAGGUUGCCUCCAGGAGUGAGUCAGCCCCAUCCAAUUAGACAUCAUUUCAUCCUAAUACAGAAAAUGAUCAGGAUAUUGUCUGUGUUAGUGGUUCCUGUGGAUUUUUUCGGUCAAAGUGUUGGACAAAUUUGUGUUGCAAUGUCUUAUUUCAUGUUACAUAGUGUGUGCCAUUCUCACACUAUAUUACGGAUAUGUGGCAGAGAAACUGGCAUGUUGAACACACUCUCUUAGCUUCUUUACUCUGACAAACUAAAAAAAAACUGUGGCCGUCUACUUCUUUCUGUGGGGUACACCAUGGUAAAUUAGCUCAUUAGCCAGCUAAUGAAUUAGUCAGAGGCACAGGCUGUGUGGCUUUGGUAACUGUUUCAGCUCUGUUCUCCUCUCCAGCACCGCCCUUUUGUCUAAAUGUUGUCACUGAUGGUAAUAGAAAACCUACUUUGUCCCUCUCUCACCCAGACCAGUGUGCAUAUCACGUCGGCUAUGUCAACUAUUUGUACAGCCUUGAAUGUUACCAGUUAGGGGUGGGAGAAAAAAUCUAUACAGCAUAGUAUCGCAAUAUUUUGUCCAGUGAUAUAUCUUAUCGUCUCAUUUAACAAAUAUAGAUUCUUCAAAUUGAUUGCUAAUAUGAAGUCGUAUUUAUGAUAAUAGAAAAAUAAAAUCAACUUUUUGUCCAGUGAGGUUGGCAGAGAUGACAUCAUAGAGCAGGUGAAAGUUAGUAUGACAAAUAUACCUGAUAUAAGGUUUGCAAGAUUUGCAACAUGAAAAUAAAAUUUUAGGUGUAAAUAGAACAAACAUAAAGGAAAGACAAAUGCUAAAUCAACUUAACAGUUGAAAAAUUGUAUAAAUCUCAAUAUAUGGUAUUGCAAUACUCACUGUAUUCCAAGAUGUUAAAAACCGCAAUAAUAUCAUAUCAUGGCCUAAGUAUCAUGAUACUAUUGUAUCGUGGUGCCACUGGUGUUUCCCACUCCUAAUACCAGUAAAUCAAAGGAAGAGUAUUAGACAAAUACAUGGAUUCAUCGUGAUGGCACCACCCAUUUUAAAAAUACAUGUCAUCAUCCAUCCAAAUAUUGCUGAGGUGAACAAAGUCGUGUUCCAACUCACCUGCAUGACCAAAAAUAUGGUGAAAUAUAUGCUUUCGCUGUACAAUCUUUGUUCUGUGUGUGUCGUUAGUCAAAUGCCGUGCUGUGUUUGUGAACUACAUUUUCACUAAAGCAUGUUCAGAGCCUCAGAGUCGCCUCGGUUCAAAACUGGGUUGCAGACAGAACUGAUAAGGCUGUCUCUCCUAGAAUUCAAUUUCUCCGCUGAAUAGCAUUAGUCAGAGAGAGCUAACUGGUGUGUACAGAGUGACACGAGGCUUCAAGCUGCUCUUGUAAAUGAGCCUCUUCCCCCAUGGUCAGGACUCAGGGAAGAAAAUGUGGGCUAGCAUGACAGCUGAAAGGUAAACCCCAGAGAGAGAAAAUUAUAUAGAUUUUAAAGCUUGUGCAUUCAAACAGUGUCUAAGGUUGACAUUUAUAGGAAUAUUAUGGUGUGGGUGCGUAUAGCGAUGCUAAGUGUUAUUUGACUGCAUAGAGGUUGGUCACGGUUUUCUGUCAGCCAGUAUAUUGUCUUAUAUGAGAGGUGGAAUGAUCUUUUCUGCAUCUUUCUGCCGUGUUUGAUGUCUUCAGAAUGCACAUAUUUUACUAAUGACUUAACGAACUUGCAUAAAUCAACACAGAGGAGGGAAUUCCUCAUUUCAUAACGAGUUUACCCCAAGAUGCAUGCUUUGUGUUUGUUUUAGUAGAGACACGGGGCAGACACAGAUACACAGAGAUAGAAAGAAUUGUGAGUAAUGUGAUUCAAAGAACUGUUGCUAACUCAGACACUAUGACAGGUUUGUAGAUACAGUCUGUGACAAGCUCUCUUUUUGCUUGUUAGAAUCAAUCAAACCACAUCCAACUCUGUUAGCCCUUCCAGGAUGUAUAGCUACCAUCAUGCAUGUCUUUAUAUUGCUCACAUUAAGACUGACUAGGUUCUUUCAAUGAAUUUAUGGAUUUUUAAUCAGUGAGAGCCACAAAAUGGUUUCUUUCAAGGACACAAUACUCUCACAGCAUCUGCGGAUUUAAAAACAGAACUGUACUUACAUACGCUUCGUCCUUCAACAAACGCUCUGUCUUUGACAGCCACAGUAACAGACUUAAUUGCACUUGAAUUGCAGGGAGGAAAAUAACCCCUGUGAAUUACAGUUUGGUCGUCCGACCGUUUCAACACUUUUCCCAGGUUCUCAGGAGGCUGUAUACUUUUAUCUGUUUAUCUGUAAAGUCCUUGGUACCAAGGUCACUUACUGCUAAAUGUAAAUAAUUUGUUUUAAAAUGUGAGACCAUUAUAAAAGGUAUGAAAUGAACCAUCUAUCCACUAUCUCCUUUGAAAACCUUACAUGCAAGGUGACUGGAAAACAUCCUUUGUACUUUCUAGUAUAGUAAAUGCGUAGUGUUUCUGCUGCAGCACUUCACUGAAACAGAUAGAGUGCCUUCCAUUCAGUUUUCUCCGACUGUGUAGUGUGUACUAUAUUAUCAACAGGUUAUUGGACUGUGCACAAGUUAAACAAAUGCAAUCAUUCAGAUUUUCAAAACAGUUAGGUUGAUAAAAAAACAAACAUCAGUUAUUUGUUAUAUUUAAUCAUAUGAUUAACUAACACAGUUACCUGAUUUAGAAAUGCUUUGAACUAGGGCUUGGAAGAUGUGCUUUUCUCCCGAUUCGAUUCUUCUACAAUUUUUUGGAUGCUGAUUUGAUUUAAAUUGCGAUUCUACGGUACUGUCGAUUUUCUGGAUUUUUAGUCUGCAUUUUUAACACCAGUGAAAUAGUUGAAUGAUUAUAAUUGUCUACUGACUACUCAGGAACCAUAUUUCCCCAAAAAAUACACAUCACAUUUAGGUCAGUUUUUUAGAUUUAUUCUUAAAUUUGAAAAAAAAAAGUUUUUGAACAAAAAAAAAAAUUAUUUAAAAUUGUAAAACAAAAAAUUGCGAUACUUUUAACCAAUCUUUUCUCCCACCCCUACUUUGAACCUGGGGAGUUCUCUAUAUCUUAGUCUCUUCCUUGGUGAGAUACAUUCAAUUACUUGAAAUGUCAACUAUCUAUUUAUACACCCAGGGGAGGCAUUACACAACUGACAUCAUUCAUUUCUUGUUUUUAUGAUUCAGAUGAUCAAAUAAUAUAUCAUUUAGUAUGCGGUGAACGAGUCAGAAUCUGUGUACUGUGUAUCACAGUCCGGGGGCGGGGGGGUGGACCUUGAUUAAGGCCUGCCUCGCUUGUUUACAAGAGUCACGUUAUGGAUAGAGUUGGCUUUGGAGUGUCUGUAGCUUAAAUCAAGGUCUGAAGGUCAAAAGUAUUUACUUCACAGAGAAGUAAUAACUUACAGUGAGGUUUUCAUGCAUAAAUUUUCACUUGGGCUCAUAUAUUACAAAGUCUAAUAUUUGGCUCGGAUAAUUUCCUUGGCAUUCUAACAACAGUUGUUGAAGCCACCGCUUAACCAUGUUUCACCUUGAACAGAAUAGAAAUCUGCUGUUCUCAUCUAUUACCCUAAUGGUUUUUAUGGUAAACGAGCCAUCCAGCUAUGCAGGGUUUGAGCCUGAUGAUGCGCUGUGCGUUCAGCUGCCAGUGAGAGUUCACUAAGAGAGUAAGUGCAGUGUGUUUAUCUGCACCAACAUUAGAUGCAGGGUAUCCAACAGUCUCUAAGCUCAUUACAGUAAUCAGGUUAAAAAGAAGGGAACUGGGGAGCACUUGGCCUGUGGCAUGUUUCCUCUGGACUUCCCCAAAUGAGACAGAGAGCCUCUCCCAUAGGCUCCACACGAGUGAGUGAGACCCGGCCCUGCAGACGCCUGCUCCUAACGAUCGGCUCCCGCUGCUUCUGUUUGUAUGAAACCUACACUUGGGUAUUCAGCGGCACCCAUGCUGUCAUAAUGACCAGUUUGUAAUUGUGAAUCCCCUCUAAUAUACAGCCAUUCAUUUGUAAGUUUAGAAUCCAUCCAUCAUGGAUCACACCAACACAUUUGGACAAAAGCGAAAAUCCUUUUGCAAUUGUCUGUGUUUUUGCACAGAAGAGCCAUUAAUUAUGAGGCACCAUUGAAAAACAGAUGAGUGAUUCUUUUCAUUUAUCUUCACAAAACUGCAGAAGUAGCACAGCCAAACUGCGCAGAGACUGUAUUUACAAUCAUAGCAUGAUGGAGGAGCUUUGUGUUUGUUUCUUUUGGUUUUGAUGAAGCUCACAUUUUGCUGAAUCACAAAAGCUGUGAUUUAGCCGUAAUAAUAGUGUUGAUUUUGUACAAGGUCCUGAGUUUUGUUUUGAAUCUGACGUAAUGUUUCUACUGAAUUCUCUAAAAACUAACGGCUGAGUCUUUUAUCAUCUCAGCUGACAAGAAACUACAGAGCAACUCAGUAAACGGGAUUCAGUCAUACUUCAGGUGAUGUGCACUGUAGUAGUGACAGUUUGUCUCUAAACACUGACUGUGCCGCUACUGAAGAAUCCUCUGUGACCAUCUGAAGAGAUGCUGAUGAAAGUCAGAGCCCCUUUAUUAGCUUCUUUUUUGCAAACAGCACUGCUUAGAAAAGGCCCUGUUUUUCGUCUGAGCCGACAGAAGCCACCUGACCAGGGAAUUGCCCCAAAACCAAGUUGCUAUGGUAACCAGCAGAUGUGGAGCAUGAAAUAUACCGAGCCUGCGAGUCUUAAACUAAGCAUGACGGCAUCCUGUACAUGCUCGGCUCUGUAUCGUGUGGCUGCUCUGUCUCAGUAUAGGUCCAGCUGUACAGUGAGGAGUGUCCAGAGGUUUAUCCCUCCACGUCCCCUUUGUCCCCUGCGCUCUGAGCCGGAGGCAUGCGCAGGAAGAAUUUAAAGCAGCCAAUGUGUUUGUUGUGAGUUGACCCUGUUGCACAAUAUGCUUAGGUUAUGCAUGCUGAGUGUGGGUGGGUGGGUGGCUGCUUGACCAGAUGUUUGUGAGGCAGAUUUAAGCCAGAGAUGUUCCGUUUCUUUUAAUCAGUAUCACUUUGGUCGAGUUGAAAGAUGGACAUAAUGAAAGAAGGGGAAAACUUCAUACCUGGAAUUAAAAGAAGACAGAAUUUUACACUUAAAUUUAUCUCACGUCUUGCCUCAGUUUGCAGGUUCUAACUUGAGUUAAGGGAAGAAAUCAACUGAUAACAAGCUUUUGUCGCUGUGAUAGUGUAAAUAUGAUGCUAUUACAUAAAUGUUGCUGAGUGAAUUGGAACAAAUUCUUGAUAAAGUUAUGUUUGCCCUGCUCUUUUUCCAUUCGUUCAAUAUUUGCUGUCGUUGAGGUCAGAUAGAGAGCAUCACAAUGAGGCUUUUAGCUCUGAGGCUAUAUUACUUUCUUCAGGAUUUGUCCUGUGAGAUAAGGAAACUCAAAACUAGAAGUACUUCUACUUUCUGUAGCACCUCUCCUCACCUCGGGACCAUAGUUAUAGGAUAUACCAGAGACCUGUCUUGUUAAAAACCACAUACAGUAUAUGUCUUUGAAACUCUCUUCAGAAAAGACUCCCAAUUUGUCGGCAUGCCCUCCGCACACUGCCUCUACUUGAAAAACUUUCUGAAGUGUACAAUGUUUGUUCGAGGGAAAGUUCUUGUAUACCCCUUCUCUAGCCAAUUUAAACAUUUGAUUCUCCAGCGCUUUUAGUCAGCACUGAGAGGAAAAACAAAGCUGCAAACAGGUUUGCAGUGAUACUGUGCUUGGAAUCUAUUCCUGUGUCAACCAAAUAAUGGAGUUUUUCGUUUGCUUUGGCCCUGCACAGUUUGUUUUCUACUUUUAUCGACCGCUCAAGAUGUUGACCAAAUCUUUCAUCAUUUGGAUAAUUGAGUGGAGCCAAAAGGUUCUUGCUUAAAUGCUUCCUCUGUACAAACUGUGCUUGUUUUUGUACAGGUACAUCGUUUUCACAACACUGUGGGGAUCAAUUCACCGUUACACCAUAGACAUUUUCUCAUUCUCACAGUGCAGCUCCCCUCUCAAAGUGGUACAUUAUGUUCCCCUGCAGAUCCGUCAUCUAAGUAGAGAAGUGGCACUUCAGCAGAGUUUUUUUCAUCAUUUUUUAGACACUAUCAAAGACUGCUCACUCAUCCUCCAUUCUUCUGCUCAACAUCUCCGUGUUCUUGUCACAGUAUAGCCACGAGACCUCUUUGUAUAUUCAUGUACACACAGAUAAAGCAGCCUUUAACACUGUCAAAGCACUGUUUCUGACCUGUCUGCUUGACAUUUAAAGGCUGACAUUAGCUCAAAUCACAGAAGAGUGAACCCUCCAUGCAGAUGACCCUGGAAGCGGUCAGACCUGGGGGCAGAGUGGCUGUGGCUGCUGCUGCUGUCCAGCCUUAUAUGUCCAGGAAAAGGUGGGCACAGCAGCCGCAGCCAUGGCAACUGUGGGCAGAGUCACUGAUCUGGAAACAAUGGGCCAACAACAUGGCCUCCUCCUGAACCUCCUGUCAUGCAAGAACAUGGUUUGAACCUCUGUCAACUUAGGAUUUAUUUGUGAAAGACUACUGUGAUGUGGUCCUAGAUUAGCCGUAGAUAAGUGUUAUCUUUUGUAACACUAUAUUAAGUUAGAACUGCCCUUUAAAUUGACAUCAGUUUAACAGCUCUGUGUUGGUAACAUAUUGCUUCAGUUACGUGGUUAUCUGCCACUUUAACCUGACACAGCCCACACACACAACCCUAUCUCCCUACAUCACCCAGCACUAUGUGCAAGUCAGUGUUUGUCCGUGUGUUACUUACAGUUGACUUAAAGGGAUAUUCUGGUGUAAAAUUAAUUUAGGGUCAAACACACCGAGUUAGACACCCCCUCGACUGAUGAAUGUUGCCGACUGCUUGCUUCUCUAGUUAUACCAACUUUCGUAACGACUGCACGAUAGCAAUACACAGCGGUCUAUGGAACUACACACAAACCUCAACCAAAACGCCACUCUAUAGCCACAAGUAAUGUUCAGAACAGCACCUAACUUCAUCAACAGUGCAUGUAGGGUCCCAGUCAUAGCACUAGCCACCAAACAUCCUUUUAGCUUUGCCUAAUUUCUUUAGCAAAGAGACUAAACACAACUAACCUACUCUCUUCCAGCAGCCGCUUGUUUGUAGUAAGACCUCAGGCCAGUCCAUUAUGGACAGCUGCGGGGUGACACAGCUCAAGGAAGAACAUUUAUGAUCAUUUCUUCAUGGAAAUGCAAUCAGACCGAGACGCUAAGGCAGAAGAAGUGCAAAAUGAUUAAUAUGGUUAUUAUUACCUCAAGGAAAUGAUAAAGAAGCAUGAGCAUUACUUAAAUAUCUAUUUAAGCUAAAAAGCAAUGUUUAAGUGCUUUGUGAAUGUAAAAAAGGAUUGAUAAAAAUGCACUGUUGCACAACCCUUGUUGAUUUUUGGUUAAAUCCAUUGUUAUAUUAACUGGGUAAUAAAAAAAUGAAUCAUAAGGAUAACUGAUAAAUUAGUUGAUAGAUUAGUCGACAAAUCGUAAAAAAAUAUUAGUUCGAUUAAUCAAUAAAAAAAUAAUCAUUAGGUGAAGCCCUACAUUUUAGUGGCUGUGCUACAGCUCAAUGACAACAAAUGACUGACAUUUCAGACCUACAAUAAUAAAGUACCAGUGGUAUCAGAGUAUUCCACGUGCUUAAAUGAACUACACAGUCUCAUAUCAGAUAGUCUCCUUCGCUGAAUAGUAUUCUCAAUGUCAUGCUCUAGAAACACAUUAAAGAUACGCUCAACUGUAUUUCCCUAUGCCCUUCACAAUUAGUCAAUUAAGUGUGCUGAUGGUGUUCUUAGCAAAGUGUUUGGCUUUGCUCAAAGAACCAGAACAGUCUCUGUGUAGCAGGGUUUCUUCUUUUACAGCGUGCGAGAGGAUAUGAAACGCUGAUAGAGUCCCCCUCGAUGUCUCACACUUUUGGAGAGGAGCCAGUGUAUGUUCCGUUCCACUGCUCCUGAUACUGUAAUCAGCAUGCAAGUGGUAGUCAGCACAAGGCAGUCGGAGAGCGCUUAGUGCUGCGAGGGGGAGCGCAGACUGGAGAUUGGUGUUGCCCUGAUUUACCAUCCAUGACACGCCGUACAGAAUAUAUACUGAUGGUGUGAAAAUGUCAUUGAAAACAUCUUCUAACAGCCUGCAGCAGGAUGAUCUAUUUUAAAUAUUUAGGUUAAUAAAACCUCUAUGGGUGAAUAGUAGAGUAUAUAUGCAAACUACGUAUGCUCUCCUAUGUUCAACUCACCCUCUACCUAUUGAGCUGUGUUUGCCUGUGCUAAGGGAUUUCUUCGUACAGCUGAUUAAGACUUUUUAUUGUUUUGUCAGGCGCUGUUGAGAAGGCCCUAUCAGUUUUGAUUUUGUUGUAAGGUGCAGGAAGACAGAUUGACUUUAAGACAUGCAGAGCGAGGUUAGCAUCUUAAUUGUGACCUUUUGUAAUUGUGGUGCAAUGAUUUCAUGAGCAGACUCUGCCUUGUUCUUGCAUAUUCUCCCACUAAUUACUGUCACAUCUGUGUUGUCUUUUCUUGAUACCCCUUAAUCUUACUGUUCCCGUUUGUCUUCAUUUGGUAGAUUUCAGUUACUUUAACAUUAUUGCCUGCACUUUCUGAAGUGUAGAGGGUCUCCCUGUUGGUUUGAAUGAUAUAGCUGAAGAAAUCUAUAGGUGGAGCGAGGCUCUGUUAAAAUUGAGUUUAAUUCUCCAACUGAUUGAAAAUGUUCUAUUUUAGGUAGAUGUACAAUAUGAUGUAAUUUGCUUUUACUGGAAAACCACAAAACAAGAGUACAUAGCAUUAUUAAGACAUAUUAGUGCUCCCAUUUUUGUCAAAUUUGCACCCAAUUUGCAUUCACAGUGUUUCAGAGCUGCUAUCCUCCACACAUAUUCUGUGAAUACAAUUGAGGACAUUUUUAUUGGGAUUGCCAUGCUCUGAUAAAAUUCAGCGAGAGUUUGGGGUAUUAAAUAGUCGCAGAGAAUUGUAAAUUAAAACACUGAUCAUAGACAGUACAUGAGCUAGAGCUAUAUUUUGAAUAAUUAAGGAAAAAAAAUCACUAAGAAACAUGAAAGGAUGUUAGGAAAAUUGUGAUACUGAUUAAGUAAUUAUGUGUCAUAUGUAUUAUUCUAUAGGGUUCCAUGAUUCAUCUUUUUUUUGUGAGCUUAUACCGAUCACAGAUGAUUACCUGGUCGUGAGGAUCAAUGAGCCUUUAUCCAGCCUCUGGGGAGUCAAACUGAGCAUAAUCACUGGACUCUUUUUCUUAUCCCCAUAUAUUAUAUAUAUGUGUGUGUGUGUGUGUCUCACUCAGGUCGUUCGGGGUUUUAUUCCAGCCUGAGGCCUCUUUCCUGCAUGCUUUCCAAAUAAAGGCAAAAAAGCCUGAAAAAGGAUAUAUUUAAAAAUGAAAAUCAGAGUAGGGCUGGGCAAUAUGGCUUCAAAUAAAUAUCACGAUAUAUUGAGCAGUUCACUUUGAUAAUGAUAAAUAGACGAUAACUACUCCACAAGCUUCUCACCCCCUCCCACGUUAACUUUGUCUACUUCAGCCGCCGCUCCAGCUGCUACAACUUUUGAACUGUCCUCCAUCUCCUCACCUGUCUUUCCCUCUUUGUUACGGACUGGAUGGGGUGGAGUCAUGUCUGCGACAUAGGACAGCAUCUUAAAGGGACAUGAGACCAUAGCCUACGUACACACAUCCAAAACCAACUUUUAUUUAUUUAUUUAUUUUUUGACACCGAAUAUACUGGUAUGGGUAAAAUGGCGUCCAUUAUUGCCGUAAAUUUUGGUAUCGGUACAUUUUCGGUUUAUCCCCCAGCCCUAAAUCGUAGGAGUUUUCCUUUCUUGUCAGCUUGUUGCACUGCACUUGGUCUUCUCUGUACGUAUGGGUAGAUUGAAUGCAUCCACCUACGUCAUCAGAAUGGGCAUGCAUGAUUCUUAAUUAGUUACAAUAAACAACUUUUUUCUGUGGUGAAAAUUACCAGAAAAAUACAUGGGAAUGAAAUGUUCCUGUUAUUGACCAAUAAUUUACUCAAUUGGCAAAUACUGUGCAUUCAUCAGUUUUUAGCAUCCAAGUGUCUUUAUUUUAAACAUAAACAUUACUGUAACAUUCAUGCACCUAUUUGCUUCCGUGCUAAGAGUCGGAUAUGUUCCAUGAUAAAAUAUCAAACUAACCUUCUGAAAUUGAGUCACCUCAGUAAAUAAAGCUGAAUAUUCAGUAUCCACAGCCCAUCAUGCGUCCUUGUGAUUUAUGUGAGCCAGCUGUAAGGCUAAUUGAACGAAUACAUUUAACUAAUUGCAAACACAUUUUAUCUCAGAUGCCAGUCACACUGUGCUUUCAGGUUGGUUUGUCUUCUUGCUCACAUGUCCGUGGGUACAGAUUGUUCUGGAGAGGAUCCUGGAUAAAUCAUUUCAAGUAUGCCAAGUGCCAGAACCCUUCAUCACUCAGAGUGUUCAGGAGGUUGUAUGAAAUAUGAUUCAAAUGAAGCUGUCUUCUUGUUUGACUAAGACAUAGGGAAUGACAACCAAUUGCUCCUGCUGUCAUUCCUACACCCUUGCUGGGGAUUGUGGUCCCCGAAGCAUCAGUUCUGGACCCCAAAUAGCCAGAUGCAUCAGAUGGUGUUUUCUGCACGCAACAACGUGACCUUUGGUUUAGGUGCAAAAAUAUCUACAUGUAGUGACCCUAACAGUAAUCAAUGAAGCUGUUAUCCUUGAUGUUUUGCCUUAGGUUAUGUUAGCAGACAGAAAGGCCGCUGCCCUUUUGCUUUUUCCAUCAGACCUACUUUAUGCAGACUGUUGAUUUGUUGGGAAGUUUUGGUUAUGUAACAAGAUUUCCAUGGGUAGGAGGAGUAAUAUUCUAGGGGUAAUAAUGUUGGAAAAAUAUCUUCCAGGUUGAACAUACGGAAGUGUGUUUAGAUCAAACCAUCCAUAUGGUCUGCAGUGAGCAGAACAUAAAUGCAAAGCAAGCCUGUGUAGUUGAAGUGGUUGAGGUUUUCCAGCGUUCAUUUUGUUUGUAGAUUUUUUUUUUGAAUACACUUAAAUGUUGUAAAAACGUACUUGAAUAUUUUUAUGUGAGUAUAAGGAAUGUCAAUUUAGAGGAGUUGUAUAUGCAUGCUGUUCUAUGCUGCAGGAAUAGCUGAGACUGCUUAACUAUGUGAUUAGUUCAAGUAUUCCAGACCCAUACAUCUUUAUUUCAAAGCCAACAAAACUUUGAACUCAGAUGAUUUAAUUCCAAAACUCUGAACUUUUGACUCCAACAUGGUCCUUGUUUCAUAUCAUUACAUCACUCCAGUCAGGCAAAGUUAUUGGUGAAAAGCAGAUGCAGGCUAGUGGACCAUAAGGGCAGCAUACUGUGCAUGCUCUCGGAGAGAUUUACGGUUAGAAAUCUGGUUAAUAAUGAUAAUGAAAUCAUCAUGGGCUGUGUGCUUUGUUGUUUCGGGCUGAUCUGCAUCCAUCAGUGUAUGUAAUAAAACAAAAAUGUUUGGGCAACAUCUGUCGGGGCCAACAUGAACCACUCCCCCCCGUCUGAGACAGCGGGUUAACCCCACAGUCGGUAAACUGGCUGAAUAAGGAGACAAAAUCAUUGGUUGACUGACUGCAGCUGCUGGGUGGAGCUCCCCUCCUCUGGUAGCUGUUUCUGUCUGCAUUUAUUAGGAAGCCCAUUCUUCACACUUUUAAAUGAAGGAUGAGGGAGGCAACACAUUUGUAGGACACAAUAAAAACACUUUGACGGUUUGACAAUCGAGGCCAAUAAUAUCUCAAUUGUAACAUCUCUCUACCUACUGUCUCUUUACCAGAUGAUAUGCUGUCAGAUCUUCAAGAUUUAUAAUUUUACUAUUAAUAAUCCUCAUCUGCUGCCACACAAGUGUAGGUGUUGGUGAAUUCUUGUGCAGUUUAUGAAUAGGUGGAAAUAUUUCAUGCACUGUUUCUGCUGUUACCCUUUUGAAGCGCUGCUGCUGGAGGACGUUCUUCUCCACAGGAUAUUUUUAGUGUAAGAGAAACUGCUCUCUCCCUCCCCGUGACAAGGGCAAGAUUCAUAAUUUCUGUCAGUAUCCAUACCCUCAGAUUGGUCUCCCAGCAGAGUGUGUGUAGCCUAGGAGCACAGCCUGUCGUCCAAAGACCCGGGUCACAGCAGUGAGGUUCAUAUCAAAUGUUGCUGAAAAAAAUGAGUCAGUGUAACUGUGAGAAGCUCUGAAUUUACAACAUGGCUUUGAUGCCUUCUGUUUUAUCUACAUCCACAACCACUGCUCAACCAAAGCUCUAUGAAGUGAAAUAAUACAGUGCAGACUACUUAUGAUGUGACUGAGGCUUGUUCAUAGUUAGCCCGGUGAACUCAAAAUAGCAAAGGUCAGUUCUGCUCACUGUAAUGUCCUGUGAUGGCUGUGUUCUGCAGGAGCAAGGUCUAAUUAAUUUAUGAAACGAAUGGAGGAAGUUCGAAUGGCGGAGGUGAAAGCCUUUGACUUAUUAAUUAUUUGAAAUAUAUUCAGGUAGACUCCCGUUUAAUUGGGAGUUCUUUAAAAGGAAAUGAGCACAAGGACAUCUUGAUAAAAAAAUAGAAUUAAGUCUCCAUGAACAAAAAGAGUGGAAUUUUUUUGCAACAUGGGAUAUGACUUCUUCUUUUAUACCUACAUUCUGAAAAUACUCAUGAUCAACUUAACUGAGAAUUCUUAUUGUGCUUAAAUGAAUUAUGAGAAGCCUGCAUGUCUCCCAUGAUCUCAUUAGAAGUUCACUCAGGCCUCUGAAGGAAGCAAACAUGUAAUGACCGUUCAGUUCAUUAGGGCAUACUCACAUCUUUAGGUAACGAGGUGUGGUUGUUUGUCAUUAGUAUGAGUUUGUCAGAGUUGCACUGAUGCAUUAAGGCUGCGCAGUUUUCAGACAUAGGAGCUGAUUCUGAUCUGUACAUUAGAGUGUUAGGGAUCAUCUGAGCUGUAAGGGCUUUAAGUUGCAUCUGAAACUCACUCAGGCUGGCUAUGUGGCGACUUAGGAGAUAAUGGGGUAAAUGUUUAUAAUAAUGGAGAGCCACCCAGACUCUUUAUCCGAGAUGAUGAUGCAAACUCUUAUAUAAUCUUUUUGGCCUAAGAUAGCAGUAGGGCUGGGCGAUAUAGCCUCAAAUCAAUAUCACGAUAUAUUGAGCAGUUCACCUCAAUAACGAUAAAUGGACAAUAACUUCUCAACAAGCUGCUCACCCCCUCCCACAUUAACUUUGUCUACUUCAGCCGCCGCUCCAGCCGCAACAACUUUUGAACUAUCCUUCAUCUCCUCACCUGUCUUUCCCUCUUUGUUACGGACUGGAUGGGGUGGAGUCAUGUCUCUGACAUAGGACAGCGUCUUAAAGGGACAUGAGACCAUAGCCUACCUACACACAUCCAAACCCAAUGUUUAUUUAUUUAAUUUUUUGACAUUGAAUAUAUUGACAUGGGCAAAAUGACGGCGGUUAUUGUCGUAAAACGAUAAUUUAUCGCCCAUGUCUAGCGUUACAUCAUUUUGGUAGAACUGAACGCAGCUCUACUGCCAUCACCUUGACAAACAUUUGUUUACUCUGGCUGUUUUCAUCUUUUAAUUUCUAGUUUGAAACAUGUAUGCACUGUUAAGGUUGUAGCCAUUAGGUUGCUAAUACUGUCUGACUGACUGUGUUUAUGCUUUUGCCUCAAAAUGAUAUAUUCCCAUGUUGCAUAUGAAAAACAUGUCAUAAUUUCCUGUGGUUGUAAAUCAAAUUAUAUCAUCCUCUAUAACAAGGUGUAUUUAUAGUGAUGGAUCUAUGCGCCCUGCUGAGGUGCUAUCAGUGCAUGUGUUCUUAACAAAAGGUAUGAAACACCUAGAAUAGCACCCAUCUUACCAUUAAAUAUAGAAACAGCUCUCACAUUGGGUGAAAAUACACCUGACCUUGACACGUGUCUCCCCCUGUGAAGUCAAACGUUAAUGUUAUCCCUGCUCUGCAGGAAUAUUGGAUUUGAAUACGCAUAUCAUCAAAACAACAUCCAUUGUUUGCUGUAAUGUGAAACCUCCAGCGGACUGUAUGUGUUCCAGGAAGACGUAAUGGUCUUCAGAGACAGGCUCUGGUCCUGCAGGAGGCUGACCUUGCUUUCAUUCAGACGAGGAUUAAAGGCUGAUGUCGUGCUCCGGGUGUGAGUGUGGGGAUGCAAAAGAAGAGAGGGAAAGGAGGUGUGGUGUGGAGCAGUUCAGCCAAUUAGCAUUUCCUCAAUGCACACAUCCUUUAAUCCUGCUGUUCUCAACAGUCCUGAGAACUGCUGACUGUGGUAUUACUCUUAGCCCUCCAUUCAAUGCCACUGACAUACUACACACUGAAAUUAAACAAUAAUAAUAGUCCACCAGGCUGGAGAUAAUGUGCUAUAUUAAAUGCCAGUUCAGUAUAUUUGUGAGGUUAGUGAAGACUGCAGCCACGGUAUUUUCCUGCAGUUUAAUGGGCUAUUACUUUUGAGCUUUGGGGUUAUAUUCAGUUGCAUCUCAGCUUGUUAGAAUCUAAAUAUCAUCCUUUACAAUAGGUGGGCUUACUUUAGAGUCACAAUACCACUCUGCCUUUUAUCCCUGCGUGAACGUUUUACACUCUGUUUACCACCACUGGCUUCAUAAGUGAGACGAGAUGUUUGCAUCUGCAUCUACAUUAUUUACCAAUCCUCUUUCAGCAGCAGCUUUAGCAGCGAGGGCCUUGUUUACCAGAAAAUCAUUACUGUUCCUUCCCUGGUCUCACUGUGUAAUUAGCUGACCAUGAAAUCGAAGCAAAAUGUGGUGAAUUGUCUCUAUUCAGAGGUUUGAGAAUAAAGAACUCAAAACAUUUUGAACUCUUCUCUCUUCUCUCUUUUCACUUAUUUACAUUUUUACUUUUUUUCUCUUCUUUGUUAUCUGUUGCCUGAUAUAGCUCAUGUGUUACUCAAGACUUUGUAUGUUCUUGAAUUUCAUUCCUUGUCUUUUCAGUCCAACCUUAAAAUGGCAAAUGAAGCACUUAAUCUGUGUGCCAUUGUAUCAUCUAGGGAUGCACUGAUCCGAUAUUUGGAUCAGAUAUCAGCUCCGAUAUUAACAAAUUAACUGGAUCGGAUUUCUGAUGAAUGAUGCUGAUCCAGCGUUCUGAUCCAGUCUCCUUUUUUUUUAAAAUUAAUAUCAUACACAGGAACACAGCGAUUCUGUUCGCUCUAUAUUCUAUGUCUGUCUAUCCUUUUGCAGUAAAUGUUUACAUGGAAGUCUUACUUCUUUUUGCUGUGUGCUAGUGUGCAAUUGGAUAUUUGUAAAUAAAUAAUAUUACGUAAAUUUAUAUCUGUGUUAAUUUAAUACCUUUUUUUUAACAAGACUAAUGUCAAGCCUGAUGCCUACACUCACAGGGAGGUAUACAGUUCAUUCAUUCAAUAGUAGUAUUGGAUCGGUAUUGGAUAUCAUCAUUUGAGUUUGACACAUGAAAACGGUCAAACCCUAUUUGACUUUUGAGCAGCUGUAAAGAGCUAGUAUUCUCUUGUAGUUGUAGUUCCUGGUAGCCUUGACAUAGUUUUCUUUAAAGAUCAGCUGAUCAUAGUUUUCUCUGUAAUGAACAAAUAGCAGCCAUGAAACUGAAGCACCCCUGUUCAGUAUUAUUUGCAUGCUGUCCUUAAAAAUGUUAUUUAUCCUCAUCCACACCCUGUAUUUACUGCUCAAGAGGGCCACUCAGAUUCACAUUUGUCGUUCUAUUUGAAGCAUUUGAGGACUGGUCCAAACAAACAGCUCGGGCUCGGACCAAGAUGGUGUUAGUAUCUUGUCAGGUUGCCUCCUGGUUCUUGUGUGACAGACUGGUUCAGUAAUCACGGAAGUUGUUCCUCUCGGGCUGUGAGCUGCUGCUGGUAUCACAGUCAAUCAUUAGAGAUGUAUCCUCUCCAGAUGGCUCCUGCCUUAUCUGGUCUCUAUUGAAUUGUCCGUGUUUAGACUCCUAGCAAGCUGCUCUUUGGCCAGUUUCAUCUUGUAAUAUUCAGAGUUGUGACCAAAUUUAAUUCAGACCAGAGCUCUUCUACUGAUGAUGGUCGGGGAUAAAGUGUUUUGAAAUUACAUUUUAAGCCUACCUAGUGACCCAAAAAAACCGAUCAGAUUCAGCAGAUAGUCACAUGAGCAGUUUUACCUCAUGCUCUCAGAAAAGGAUCGGCCCAUAUUUGAGAGCAGAGCUUCGAAGGAGUUUGCUGCAUCAGAGUGUUUGCACGAGGAUCCUGGUGAAAAAAUGUGCUCGCACACUACUUAAAGCUCAGGGAUUAUCAUUAUCCUCUUGGGUUUCAUCAUGCAGCUCCUGCUGUACUUACUCUCUGAAGUGACUGAUAUCCCCCACAACCAACACUAAAAUGACUGUCGCUUUAAAAGAAGAGUUUUGAAAUACCUGUUGUCUUAAGGUAGAGGUGGACUUGUCAGAGAACACCAGACUUUAUAGUUGAUGAAUGUGGUCGAUGUGAGUCUGCAUAUGUGCCCAUGUUUUCCCUACCGUGCUGUCAAUCUGGUGUCUCAAGCUGUUUCUCUACAAGAGAGUAUCUGUGCAGGAACUGCAUGACAAAGACGCGGUGGGGCUCCUCCACGAGUUCACAUAGAGAAGAGCUCACGCAGCGCCAUUACCUCGUCCUUUUUGUGCCUGUCUUUCCUACUUUUUGCGAUGAAAAACUAUGGUGGGGAGAGGGUGUAUUGGAGGGGAACCCAUGGCCAUGACAGAGAAGCAGUCACAGGAGGUCUCAUUCACAACUCCAUCAUUAUAGAGAAUUUAGAUUUUCUCUGCUCUGGUUCAGAAAAGAGGGCCUUUGGAUGAGAUGUGGAUCCUGAGCACAAAAAAACUCUUUGUCUUCAAGUGUGGCUCAGAUCUGAAUCGUGUCAGUGUGACAGUUUGAACUUUUGCCUUUUCAUCCGGCCAUGAGGGGAAACACACAAAUUCCUCUUGUGUUAAAUUAGAAUUUGGAUUGUGAUACCAAAAAGUGUGAGCGGAAGGAAUGAAAAGAUUUCUGCACAGGUUGACUGCAAAACAGGAGAUUAAAUUCCACAACUUUCAGGGUCUUCAGUUGAAAUACUUUCUGGUUUCCAUGUCUUAAAUGAUAUAGCUCUGGAUUAAACUGUGAUUUAGACCCUUGCUUUAAUGAAAAAAGCAAUGUUAGUAUGCAAACUUGGUUUUGUAGAACUGUGAGGUAGGGCUGUGCAACAAACCGAAAAUUUAACGAUACCGUAAUUAAUGACAAUAACCAACGUCAUAUUGCCCAUAUUGUAGGGUGACCAUAUUCUGACUUCCCAAAAGGAGGACACAACUACCAAGGGGCGGAGUCACGGGGGUCACACGAAGUUAAUUUUGAGAGUUUUUCGGGUCGGAUCGAGUGUCUUUUACGCGCUUCUAACUUAAUAAGUCCACGUGACACAAAAUCGAAAUUCUCAUAGAAAACCACCGACAUUUGAAGGAUUUUAUAAACUUCCCCGGACAAAACUAGACAAGCCCGGACAGCCCCCAAAACAGAGGACAUGUCUGGGUAAAAGAAGACGUAUCGUCACCUUACCAUAUCGGUUUAUUUGGCGUCAAAAAAACAAUAAAUAAAUAAAAGAUGGUUUCUGAUGUGUGUAGGUAGGCUAUGGUCUCAUGUGCCUUUAAGACGCUGUCCUACGUCAGAGAUGUGACUCCACCCCAUCCAGUCCGUAAUGAAGAGGUAGAGACAGGUGAGGAGAUGGAGGACGGUUCAAAAGUUGUGGCGGCUGAAGUAGACAAAGUUAAUUUAGUAGGGGGUGAGCAGCUUGUGGAGUAGUUAUCGUCCAUUUGUUGUUAUCGAGGUGAACUGCUCAAUAUAUUGUGAUAUUGAUUUGAGGCCAUAUCGCCCAUCCUUAGCGUGAGGCACAAAUUAUUUCCUAAGUAGUCAGCAAAGAAAAACAAAAGAAUAAACAGAUAUUGUUGAUGAAAAAGUUUAUGAGUAGUUCUGUUCUUAGGUUAUAGUUGACUCACCAUUAUCCCAUUUAAUGCGCUUACAUUUUGAAGAAGGGAUGUAUUUGCGUCUUUAUGGCGUCAUACACUUUUGUUGAGACAAGGAAAUAAUGCGAUUUUCUUCUUUGAUGUUAAGUAAGAGGAAUAAGUCAUCAGGAAAUAGAGGGUCCAUUCAUCACAUUCAUCUCUCGUUGUGUUGAAGCCAAGGUCAAGGAAAAGGAGAAAAUCUAUGCAGUCUUCCCUUUUUUUGUGCACGUAUAGGUCCCAGAAUACCUGAAUUGAUUCAGACUAAUUGCAGCGUGUGACAAAGAGAAGAAGAAACUCCCACUGAUUUAUUUCGCAGCGAAGCCUGCUUCACUCAGAGAGAGAGAGAGAGAGAGAGAGAGAGAGAGAGUCAGGGGAUGAGGGGAUAAUGAUGCAGAGCUGGAAUGUCAUUUUCUGUGUUUUGACUCUGCUCCUGUUAUUCUUCAUGAUUAGAGGGAUUUGCACUUAUUUCCUUUUUUUCUGCUCAAAGGUUAUGUCUCUUGCCUUGGUUCAGCUAAUGCUUCACACACUGCAAUCAGGCGGGGGGAUGUCUGCACAUUUAACCCUUAAACAUCAGCAGACUAGUAGUUAUCAGCUGUUAAAGUUUGAGAGGUAGAAAUGUUCCAAGGGACCAUCUCAGUGUUCUGUAUCAGGGAUCUAACUUAACCAACCUGAAUAGUCUUUUUUCUGUUUUCAUAUGUCUCAGGUGUGUAGGUCGGCGAGGCCAAUAUACUACCCACCAAGAUGGUUGCUUUGUCGCUCAAGAUCUGCGUACGCCAGUGCAAUGUGGUGAAGACGAUGCAGUUUGAGCCGUCCACGCCUGUGUAUGAUGCGUGCAGAAUCAUCAGAGAGAGAGUCCCAGAGGCCCAGUCUGGACAAGGUUAGUAAAUUACUCAGAAAAUGUAAACGACGACAUGGAGAUCCAUGAGCAGCAGCUACAUUUGCAUGCUGUGUUUGUGUUCCAGCGUCAGAUUACGGCCUCUUCCUGUCCGACGACGACCCCAGGAAAGGAAUCUGGCUCGAGUCUGGAAGAACCCUGGAUUACUACAUGCUGCGAAACGGAGUAAGAUGAAGUCAUGUAGUGAGGGUUUUUGUUCCCCUGCUCGUCCUUGAAUCUUCAGCUGGUUGUGGAUGUCAUUGAACAUUUCCUACCCAUGAUUUUUCAGGAUGUCCUGGAGUAUAAGAAGAAACAAAGGCCGCAGAAGAUCAAAAUGUUGGACGGCGCGAUUAAAACUAUCAUGGUGGAUGACUCCAAAACAGUUGGGGAGCUGCUUGUGACCAUAUGCAGUAGAAUAGGUAUCAGACUAUCAUUGUUACUUGCCUUUUAACCUGUUCAUCGAUGAAAUGUCUAGUUUUUUAAUGUUUCUCUCUUAUCACUCCCCCUAAGACGGAGUAUUAGGGCCACAUUAAGAAAAAAAAAUGUAGACUUUGAGAAUUCACGAGAAUAAUGUCAUUACUUACGAGAAUAAAGUCAUAAUAAAAUCAUUUCUUACGAGAAUAAAGUCGUAGUAAAAUCAUUAUGAUACUUAUGAUAAUGUGGUGCUGAUGUGCCAAAAGAUCCUUGUUUGAGAAAUCUAUUUUGAAGUACAUUUUCACAAAAUGCUCCACGGCUCUCAUUUUAACAACUGUCAUCUUAAACAACAGGUUAGAAUAUAAGGACAUUAUUCUGACUUUAUUCUCGUAAAUUAAUGUCGAAGUCUUAAUUUUUUUUUUCUUGUGGCCAUAGUACUCCGUCAUACUCCCCCUAACUUUCUUUGUUGAUUUUAUUUUUAUCUACUUGACUUAUUUUCACCUGCUCCUUUGUUGCCUGCACCUCAAGAUCUUUGUAUAAGGGUUUUCCUUUAAGGUGUUUCAGAGGGGUUAGGGCUAGGGAAAUAGCAUAGAAUGAAAUAUGAAUCCUGUCAGGACCGCUGUCCGAGGUUUAAAUUAUUCAACCUUGAUAUUAUUUUUAGUCCAAGUCAUGCCACUUGACUUCAUGCAUUCUUUCACAGCGUUAUGUUGUUCUAUUGAACCGAGCAACAUCAGAGAUGAUUGCAUCUUUGCCCUCAUUUCUUUUUGUUUUGAGCACAUUGGACAUAAUUUAACAAGCUUGUUUGAGAUGAAUGCUUAAGAGGUCUUCCUCAGUGCCAUCGUUUCCUGCCACGGACAUGUUCCCUAAGCGGUACAUUUCAGUUAUAAUGGGCUGCUAUCAAGCUCAAUUGGGUGAGGAGGAGAGGGAUGUGAGCCUGGCAGAUAAAUUUAUUGGAAAAUGUUUGUUUGGAGUAGCUUUUUUUCUGCUUGGCUUCUUCCACUCUUCUACCAUUUUUGUUUGCUGGCUUUGCUCCAGCUUGCCUUGACUCCUGCUUCAAAGCCGAGUGAAGGAGAUAAAAACGGAACAGCAGAAGAAUUGCAGAAAGAAUUUCUCUAUCCUGGUUAUAAGUCAUUGUGUGCGGGUGUGAGGUUUUUCUUCGCCUCCUCUCGAGAGUUCUCUGACCAACUUUUUUCCCUUUUCAGGAAUCACCAACUACGAAGAGUACUCACUCAUUCAAGAGGUGACGGAGGAGAAAAAGGAGGAUGGAAUGGGGACGCUAAAAAAAGACAGAACACUGCUGCAGCGAGACGAGAGGAAGAUGGAAAAGCUCAAAGCUAAACUCCACACGGAUGAUGACUGUGAGUGUGAAGCUGCAAAAACUUGAUUUCUUAAUAACUUUAAUGUUUCUAUCUUGUUUUCACAUCAACAAAUCAUUAUGAGAACAUUUGAUGUAUCACUCAUUUCUAACUUUUUGCAAAAAAAAAUCAAAGUUUAAUGAAAUUCACACUGCUAUCUUCACCCGGAGGACACCAGUUUGAUUUUGAAAUGUGUGAAUAUUUAAGUCAUCCCGUGGUUUUGACUGAAAACUAUUUUUUCACUCUCAGAAUGAAAAAUUCUGAUGACUUGUUUACAACCUGUCAAGGUUUUACCAUCUCUGCGAUUACCAUAAUUUGGUAGAUUUCUGUCUAAAAUGAUAUAUCUGCCAGAGAGUUCGAACUUCUGGUUAAUUUCACCUUCAGCAUCCUCCUCUACUGACAUCGUCUGCAAAGUGAAAGUCAAUUCAUUUCGGUGCCUGUAAUAACACAGUGUGUGUAUUGAUUGGACAGUGAACUGGCUCGACCACAGCAGGACGUUCAGAGAGCAGGGAGUGGAGGAAAGCGAGACCCUGCUGCUCCGGAGAAAGUUCUUCUAUUCAGACCAGAAUGUGGACUCGAGGGACCCUGUCCAGCUAAACCUGCUUUAUGUUCAGGUACACCAUUUGUACACACACACACACCCCUGUGCUGGUGCAGCAGUAAACAGAGAGAGAGACGAUGACCUUUUGUACCCUCAUAUUUUUUGCUGUCACAGACUGCAAUUUUUUGUGAGUAGUGCGUUUUUAUUUCAGGGUUUGUUUAUGUUUUUAAGAGAGAAAGGAGCGUGUUUGGUUCAAUAAUCUUGUUGCAGCUUGUACCUUGCUUUUGUUCUGGUGUGGCCAGACUGAAACAUGAAAUUCGAGAUGCUCUUUGGCCAAAACGUGUCAAUCUUAAUCUUAGUAGGUCAUGAUUUUUGAAGACUAGUUACUUUUUUCUCAGUCGAGCAUUUGGUACUCUGCAGGUAAUACACACAUAGGUCCACAAAAGCAAUGACCUCUCAUUAAAACAGCCAAAAUGUGGUCAGGGAUUUCUUUUUAACUAUUAUCUGAAAUGAGCUGAGUGGGGCAGAAGAGUUGGGUGGUAAUUCUCUGUUACACUGAAUCACUUUUACAUUCAAAAUGGUCACGUAAAUGAUUGUUAAUUUGAAGGCAUUGAGUUACUGUAAGUUCUCUACAAAUAUAUUUAUCUUUACAUCACAAGGUAAAAUCUCCACCCAGGAAUUUAGCAUAAUUACUUAUUUUUUGCAAAGCUCUGACCCUAACUCCCACUGAGCAAUAGACGGCUAUUAGAUGUCUCGUUUUUUUGUUUUACACCUAAUUUCAACCAUCUAGAUUCUGUAUAUAUUUUUAGAUGGAAUUUAGAUGUUGCACUUUAACCCAUUAUUCAAUAACUAUUUAUUUCAAAAAGCAACUGUGAGUUGCAUAACUGAUCUCCAAGUACUUAACCAAAAUAAUUAUGAUAGCCGUUGAGCAAUAAACAGUGUAGUAUAGAUAUAGCCCGGAUAUAAACUUGGUCUAAAUUUAGACGUCUAAAAAACGUUCAUUUUUAAACCUCUUUUAGACCAAAAAACUCUCAGUGGGUUUAGCCAGAUGUUUGGAUGUGUCUCUCUUGAUAGUUGAAUGAUGCUGUGUGCUUCUCUUCUUUUAGAUUUGUCAUAAUCUGCUCUGCAUAAUUGUGUUUGAGUCUAGCAUCAUUUUUAGUUGUUGCUGUUGUUUGCAGUUCACAAGAUCUACAUUUGAUGGAAUAAACCCUCUCAUUAGUUACAUCCAUACUUUGGCUUCUCCUUUGUUGCUUUAAGAGUUGGGUAACCAUUUUAUCCAGGGGUGGGAAUCACUAUUUGCCCCAGGAUACGAUGUUAUCAUGAUACUUGGGCUACGAUACAAUAUUAUUGGAUUUAUACAAAUUUUUCAGCUGUUUAGCUAACUUAGCAUUUCUCUUUCCGUUAUGUUUGUCUUAUUUACAUAAUAUUUUAUUUUGCACAUCUUGCAAACCUCAUAUAUAUUCAUGACACUAACUUUCUCAUGCUCUGUGAUUUCAUCUCUGCCAAACUCACUGGGCAAACAGUUGGUUUAAUUUUUCCAUUAUCAUAGAUUUGACUUCAUAUUAGCAAUUAAUUUGAAACUUGGUAAAUGAGACGAUACGAUUUAUCACCAAACAAAAUAUCGCGAUACUAUGCUGUAUCGAUUUUUUCUACCACCCCUAAAUUUUAUCCCAGGUACUUCACAGAGACACCGAGUCAGCCAGCAUCAAAACUAAAACAGCAUCGUCCAGAGUUUGAAGUGUCCAGGACUUCAGCUUGAGUUCAGUACCUGAACUCAACUGGGUAACAUCUGGAUGAGGCAUUGUGUGUGUUUAUUAAGUCUCUGUCUGCCUUUUUUCUGUCUUUCUGUGAAUAUGUGUGUGGGUCUCUACUCAGCAGGGCUUGUUCUAACAGAUUAGUAGACCCUGCUUGCACCAUAGGGUUCCCUGAGGGGGGUUAGCUGAGUCCAGUACACCACUAGUCAGGGUUUGCUCGUUGCACACAUCGCUGCAUUCUAAUGAGUCCCUCUAGUCUAGGAAGGGGAGCUCCCCGCUGACACCUAUUCUCAAACAGGAAGUAUGCAAAGGCCCCCAAAUACAUAACAGGCAUUGCAAAUAGUCAGUAUAGUGAUACAUUACUAGCAUGAAUGUUGCAUGUCUUCCCACGCAAAAGUUGUGCAGGAACAAUCCUCAGAGAUGUGCAGACGCAAGUAUGUCUGAAAUAUGUAUAGUUGUUCAGCACUGACUCCUCUGUUGCUGCUGCUGCUGCUGCUUUGGGAGUUCCUGAAUAUGUUCAUAAAAGACUUACAGCCACCCACCCUCCCAGCUGCUCUCCUCCCUUCUAUCUGUCUAUUCUUGUUUUUAUCUCUUUUUUUCUCACCCUCUGUUUCCUUCCCUUCCAGUUCGCCUGUCUCCACUCCCUCUCCAUCUCCUACACAUUCUGACAUAAUCGCACACAUCCCCACCCUGUUACCCUGGCACACAUCACAGCACAGUGCACAUCAUCCUCUCCUCUAAACGCACACUCAUAUUUCCUUUCACAAUAACAACCCCGCCCCCUGCACCCGCCUCCUUUUGCCUUUUUUUUUUCUUUCCUCCCCUCUUCAUCCAUCUCUCCCUCUUUCCCUCACUGACAAACACUCAGAUUGUUACUCAGGCUGAUCACAGAAACUCAUUGCAUGGCCGAGGCGCUAAUUUGUCACUGUGUUAAAAAGGCCAAAGAGAGCCAGAAGAGGAUCUUUGGCAGACUGGAAUGAACCCCAGGCUUUAUCAUCUUAUUUUUCUUUCCUUUUUUGCACAGCUUGUUACGCCCUUAGUUUCCUCUCCUACAGCCCUCACCGUUCACAAUUCCUGUGAUUCUCCGAAAAACUCAGCAGCGUCCAGUAAUUGGAUUCAGAUUGUGCGGAUGAUGACAUUAUUGCCGGCCUUUCUUUGACGGAGCCUCUGUGUCAAUCAGCAAUGAUCCCAAAUGUUUAUUAAUGACAUGUAGCUUCUAUGAUUUCAAACCCACCCACCUACACACACCCACACACACACAUGCACAUAUAAUGGAAGCUCUGCCAGUAACAGACUAAUCUCCUUUACUACGCAGCCACUCCCUCUCUGUCAUGUAUUUGUGCUAAGACGAGGAUAAACCAAUACAGCACUAACAUCACUGUGUCUCGUGCUCUUUCGCUUUUACAUUUUCUCAUGAGUUGACUCUAAAAAUACACGAUUUGUAACAAAGCGACAGAGAGAGGGUUUGUUAUCAAAAUAAUCUUUAUUUUCUAUUUAUCAAGGAGGUACCUGCUGUUCUGAAAACUUGAAAAAGAUUUGUAUAGAUUUUUAAAAAUCGUCUCAGUUACGCAGGAGUUUUUUUAUAGCUUAAGCCUUUUAAGAGUUUAUGAGGCAUUUUUGCUUAAUUGGAAAAUGAGCAGCACAGAGAAAUCAACAAGAAAGGAGACUCAAAGGUUGCAUUUGAACCAAGGCCAGGUCAUUUUUGGCUCUAUAGCUAACAGAGCCGACAGGAUAUCCAAUUAAUCCUUCGAAACUGGAAUAUUUAGGAUCCCUCCGCGAUAAAAAAUUGUAUAAUCUAGACCAUUAAGUUGCUUGAUUAUCCUUUAUUUGAUGAUUUCAUUUGCAACACUUCCAAUCAAACACUUUGUGUGAUUACUUUCUUUAGUCGGAUCUCUUUGUCAGCAUUUAUUUUAAAGGCUGUUUGAUACUCUGUGUUCUCAGCUGGGCUUUGGUGGACUGGUUGACCUCAGUGUUUUUUGCCCCCGGCUGUAUGUGUCACAGCUUCUGAUGUCUUGUGCUUAGCUCCCACUCAUGCAAAGCUAUUUAAGGGUUCCAGUACCAGUUCCUGUGUCAUUCUCCAAAUCAGCUAUGAGAAAUUCAGAGUCUGUCCUCGCUGCUGUAUCUGUCGACAAGAAUGAUGGUAGAAUUAUUCAGGCAGUCAGUUUACCUAAUAGAAACGUGUACCUACAGUAAUGCAGCUCAGGCUAGGAUAUUUAUUAAACCAAAAAUCGACCUUUCAACCAGGACAGCUAAUGGCAUUUAGAAAUAAUCAGUGUUUUUUGAUGCCCAUGCUCGUGAGGCUGAUCCAAAAACAAACAAAUAAUGUCUCCAGACAUUGCAAGCAGCCUCACAGUGUUUCCAGACAUGAUAUGUGAACAGGAUGUUCAAUAAGAGUCAUUAUUCUUUUUACUACUGAGAUUGGUUCCUUUGGCUUGUCACAAAGUCCACCGACAAACAAAAAACAACUCAUACUAAUGCUUUGGAACAGUUUUAGGCAGGUGCUAAAGACUUAGUUUUGAUCCCUGUGCGUUCAUUAUAGCUCUCAUGCACACAGCUGUUAAUGUUCACCUAAUUUCCUCAUUAACCAUCAUCAGCAUAUAACAUAAUAUAAUCAUAUAUCAAAUUUUCCCCCAGGAAUAAAUAGAGUUCUUCUGAUCUAUUCUACAUGAUAAUAGGUCUCCACCAUCAUGUAUCCGCCUUAGAUAACUGCUUUAACUAGAUUGUUAUGUGAGUGGAAUAGUAGACUCAUGAUUUGUUUUCCAUUUGUUAUCAUUGAACAAUUGCAUUUCCUCAACUGCUUAAAAGCAACAACAUGAUAUCUGCAUUAUACGUCAGCCAUCGCUCAACCUGCUCCAAUUUUUGAGGUUUAUCAUUAGGGGUGUCCCGAUAAAACUUUUUUUUCUACUUCCGAUACAAUACCAAUAUUGUAGCCUUCAAUAUUGGCCAAUACCGAUAUUGAUCUGAUAUUGGCGCAAACUUGUGCAUGACAAAUUUCAGCUGCAAUGCCUUUUUCAGAGUAGACUGCUCAUAUUGGAAUGCUGAUAUUGGGGGUUUUAGAUGCAGGCCGAUAUAACCCGAUAUUUGUUUUUUGGCUGAUAUCGGAUCAAUAUCCGAUAUCCAGUUGUAGCAGUAGUAGUAUAUAUGUUUUUCAGCCUGUCGUGCACAAGAAGGAUGCCCAGCAGCAUGGGUAUACAACAAACUAGCAAACAAUACCAAGAAGAGCAAGAGCAUAAGGAGACACAGAAAGAUCAACUACAUCACCCACACGUCAAACAAAGAUCAGAAGUUAUCAGAGACUGAGCAAACUGAAACAAUUAGUGUGUGAACAGGUAUUGAAGUCUGUCUUCAACAGACACCGACAGUCUCCUAACAUUUUUCAAAGACUCUGACCAGCUAGUAACCAUGGUGACGAUCAUUUUUGUUUCAAACUGCUAACUGCCCAACUAACCAAUGAGUUGAUAAUGAGCUGGUUUUGGUGUCCAGUCACAUAAAUGUAUCUUUUGGAUACUGUUUCAUGUUUAGAUCAUCAUUACAGCUGUUGUCUUCAUACAUUUGUCUCACUGACCUGACAGAACGUCCACAUGUUCUCAUUGAAACUGUGUGUUGUAUAUUGCAGUCGACCACACUGUUUACACUAUGGUGGGAUCACUGCCAGUGUCUUAUAAAGUCAGAGGUUUCUGCAGUCCACCCACCUGUACUGAGAAUUUUCAGUUACUGAACAUCUUGGACUCUGUUGUUAGCCAACAGCCUGCCAACAACAACAGUGCAAGUAACUGCAAUAUCUCAUUUACUUUUCUGGGUGCUGUGUUAAAGUUUGAACUUGUCUCUCUCUUCUCUACCAUAUCUUUUAAAGCAAAACACAUGGUUUAUGGCACCUGUAUGGGCAUCUUGGCAAGAACAGUUGGAUAAAAAGACGGUGCCUGAGUCGUUCUCUUAAUCAUUAAAGUCUGAAUGAGGUCAAUCCUCGAGUCCCGGUCAUCAGUCUGCGCGAGUCCAAGUCUCUUCGUGAGACUGGAGGACUGAAGUCUGAUUCCUGGACUCUGAUAUUCCUUUCAUCAGCGUGCUGUGAAAUAAUGAUUAAGCCCUAUUCGAGAUCUGAAGCCCUGUUUACAUAUUCAGUCACAUUACUCAAAUACUCUAAAAUACUCAUCACAACCACAUGCUGUCUUACUUUAAAAUUUUACUCACUACGUCUCUAUAUCCGCAGGACAUAUUGUAAACUUAAUGUGAACCCACGCUGAGGCUUUUGCAACCUGAAUCCUAGGGUCCCUUUAAUGAAAUCAUAAAACCUUUACAAGUGCUGCACUCACCAAACAAUCCUGAUCUCACCAUCUAAACUUUAACAUUCAGUUCUCCCAUUAUUCCCAGUUUCUUACUUCACAAUAACACAAUCUCGUGAACAGAGUGUACCAGAGUGAAUGGCAUGUGUGAGGGCUAAUUUUAGAGUGCCUUCUUGUAUUCAGUAAGAGCUUAUGCACUCCACUGUGAAUAGCACUGGGUAAAGGACUUGAUUGUGAGUGGGGGAGAUUGUUGUCCUCAUUACAGCAGUAAGCUGCUGCUUAGUUUUUCAUUGAUGUAAUGGGACAUUUGAAUGAGCCAAGGUCCACGUCUCGCACUGAUAUGCCAAAGCUAAAAACACUGAUGGGGCCGUUUUUACUGAUAGCAAGGCCUCUUAGCUUUUGGAGCCAUUAAUUUUGCAGCAGUGAACUAGAAAGAGGAAGUGAGAGAGGGCAGGGAGAGAGAAAGAGAGAUGCAGAGCUGACUGCCCUCUGGAGAAAACAGCAGACACUGACAUCCAUUUGAAAGAUGUCAACAAUGGCCUCUCCCUUUCCAUCCACCUAAAUGCAAAAGAUGAAGUGGACAGCCCUGACUGAAAAUGCAUUGAAACAUAACUGUUGUCUCAGCAGCACAUCAAACAGCAAAAAAACAUCCCUUCCAUUAUUCGACAACAAACUGAGGGCCGUUCUGUAAUGCAGAUGGGAUUCUGCGAGGGUCUGAUGCAUUUCUCUAAUGUGUUUUCCGUUUUAAUAACACGUAAUGGAGCUGUGAUGACAAAUUGUAGGAGCUGCUGCAUCUGAAAGCAGGCAGAACGGCUUUUAUUGUCACAAACAGAUCUCAUUUGUCUCCCUUGUGUGAAUGAGUCUCAAUUGGGAUGUCUCUGCUCUGGAUAUAUGCUACCUCAUUCAGUUAGAGACCAUAUCCACUCCGAAGCCAGGCUGCAUUCAGAACACACAAGUGAAGUACUCAUUAAGGAGCCGUGUUGGCUGAGUUUUGGAAAAAUCUCCUGCCUUUGUAGUCUCGUGCUUCAAACUUACUGCACCCCACCACUCUCCCCCAACCCUCUCAUCAUGUCUCCUCCAGGCUAGGGAUGAUAUAUUGAACGGAUCCCACCCUGUCUCCUUUGAUAAAGCCUGUGAGUUUGCAGGGAUUCAGGCUCAGAUCCAGUUUGGACCCCACGCGGAGCACAAACACAAACCUGGAUUCCUUGAGUAAGCAUCUUUUUUUUUCCAAACAAUGCAUUAACACAAACAUUUAAAAUAAAACCAUACUCUGUGGUUUCAUGUGAUAAACCCACAGCUGUGCAUAUACAGCCGUUAUCUACAGGCUGUUGCUUCAGGGAUUUCCUCCAGUGGAAAGCUGGGGUGAUGUCAGCUGUUACAACUGUUUUCUGAUAUGUAGGCAGUAGGGCAAGAAUGACCUCAUAUGUUGAGGUAUGUUAACAGAAAAGGAAAUGCCUGUAGCUGAAAAGGGUAACCGUGUUAAAUGUCAUUUUUUUCUCCAUAGCCUGAAGGAGUUCCUACCUAAAGAGUACAUCAAGCAGAGAGGGUCCGAGAAGAAAAUAUUCCAAGUAUGUACAUGACAUCGCUUGAAUGUUGCAUUUAAAGAAAAUAAUGUGUUUGCAACCAUGUACUAUGCCUGUGGGAAUUAUAGUAAUUUGUUCUCUGUUGAAACAUAAACAUGUAGAUCAUAUAACACAUAAGGUAUGUGAUGAUCAUUCUGAGGUGGUAGAGAUAUCACUGUUGUUGUUUUUUGUCCAGGAUCAUAAAAACUGUGGAGAGAUGACGGAAAUUGAAGCAAAAGUGAAGUAUGUGAAGCUGGCCCGUUCGCUGCAGACGUACGGAGUGUCCUUUUUUCUCGUCAAGGUAAGAGUCGAAAACCGGGGAAACUUAAAAUACACAUUUGUGGAAUUAUUUUAGCACGAUAUAUAAGCAUUGUAAACAAUAUUGUCAAACAAAAGCAUCAUAUUUAUGCCAUUAUUGCAGUUAUAACUGGUACUGUCACAUUAAGUGCAUGAGUUCUUUAAAUGCACUGACAUCGCUAAAUAAAGUCAACAAAGUGGAGAAACACAAACAGUCAGAUGAGGCAGCAGGUUGUCAACAAACCCCAAAGUUAUUAUUCAUUCAUCUAUCCAUUUUACUUUGUUUAUCCAGGGUUAGGGAGGCUCCAGACUAAGCUAGUUGUCCAAGACACAUCCCUCUGCCCAGUAACAUUUUUCAGCUCCGUUUUAGGAUUUCCCAGGCUAGAUGCCAGAGAGUGCCAGAUAAAAACCAAGGACUCAUCAUAAUAAGGUGCCUGGGAAGAUCAGAAUCUUGACCUCCUAGCUCAGCUCCCUCUCCUUUAUAUUGUUGCCCUGUUCCAAUGCCACAUUAAUAUUCAGUACGUUUACAUGACACUCGAGAAAACUGAAUUAUUGCUUUACUCCAAUUAAGACCGGACAACUGAAGUGCAUGUAAACACCCUAGUCCGACUAUAAUCAGAGUUUGAGAACUCCGAUUGGAGUUGGAGAACUCUGAUUAAGACACCCAGAUAAUGCGAUUGGAACUCAAUUUUCUCUACCAUGUAACCAGCGUAGUCGGAGUAUGAUUGGACAAUGCAUGUGUCCAUUGCCCCCCGUAACCCCGUAACAAAAACACCAGAGGUGAGGAGUAGCGUGCACCUCAUCUGCAGAAAAAGUAGCGCGUACACCAUGUACGGCAAAAACACCGCUGUACUGUGCUCCAUCUUCUUGCUCGAAAAUGCCCAGCAGCAGUUGUAGCCACUUCUGACAACUUCCGUAACCACUAUGGGGUCAACCGGAAACAGCACCGCUGAAAAGACCCAUGUUGCCCCCUAGUUUUGGGGAGAAGGACACGUUCACGUCAAUAAAUCGAUUUUCUCAACUGCAUGUAUACGCGGACAAGAAGUGAAGUCCAAUUUGGCGAAAAAAAUGAAUAAUGAGCUUAGUCAGAUUAAGCUGUGCAUGUAAACGCACUGACUGAUGUUGCACAAACCUGUCUGUCACUCUAAUGAUCCAUUUAACCCUCACUCACAAACAAGAAGUCCUUCAGACUCACUCCUUACCCAGAGGGGGGAAGCCACCAUUUUCUAGCAGAGAACAAUAAAUAAGAAAGCCAAACUUAUUUUGAGUAAAAACAUCACCUUUAUUUUUUCUUUUCACUUAGUAGAUAAUGCUCCUGCGCUAAUAAAUGAUGCUGUUUCGCUACGCACAGCCCUUUCAAACGUUAUGAAUGCUCAUUGAAAACACCGAAAACCCCAUCGCACGACAAAUGAGAAGCUUCAGAGUGCAAUUUUGCACAUUUGCAGUUCAGCCGCACACUCUCAGUGCUUUGAAAUACCUGUGACAAUGGCAAUUCUGUCCUGCUCUGGUUUGGUGAACACAAAAGUGGAAUAGAAGUGCAGCAUAUAAGCAGGAUGAAGUCACACCAGCAGGUAUUAUAAAAGCUCUCUGACAGCAACCCAUUUGGUAACUUACAUGCAUAAGAGAGGGGGAAAAUAGGAAGAGUGCAGUUGUCAGCUAAGGUCCUAAUGGACACUAAAUGGAAGUUUGGCCCUGAAGUUAAAACAGAGUGCGGGGUUAAGAUUUUCUUUGUGUGCCAGAGUGUGAAUAGAGGGCUGUGUAUGUGCAUUUACAUGAACAGGAACUGUCUGUGUUUGAUGAGGAGGAGCAGUGAUGGAGAUGUCGAGACUCUGUUAAAUAAUUCACUCCAGCUGCACUCUCUUUUUGAUGCCAGCAAAGCAGAAACGCAGACCUGGCUUUGUUGAAAAGAAAUCUUUGGAUUUAUUGUUACCUUUGAUUUUGCAUCUGCCAGACUUUAAUUACUAAACUUUUAAGGUUGAUGAAAGCUCUCUAUUGUCGUAAACUCAUCAGAUAUGAAAAUACUUAACGUGGGAAAUUUAUAACUCUAGGUGUGUACUUGUGUGCUUGCUGGAGCCAUGCAUGCAGGUGUGUACAAUAUACAGACCCCCUUCCAUUGUGAUCUUUGCGAAAGAAGAAUUUCUCCUUGAAUCAUCAAGGUUAUUCAAAUUGAAAUAAUAUAACGCACCAGCUGCGCACUUCAGAUUAGAAAAUCAAACUUCCUGCUUGAGAACAGCCUUGAUAACUAUGACGUUCAAGUGACAUAUCUUCAAACAAUGUGGGUUUUUAAUAAACCUCUGUAUAAGGCUAUCAUGAGAACUGGGAUAAUGUUAUCUGUCCUUGUGUUUAAAAGCCCUGAACCUCCAAGCUGUUCCACUUAUUGGCCUUUGUUCGAUUCUCAGAGCUCUCCAUUUAGACCUGGCGAUAAAAAUAAAAAAAAAACACAAUAGCCUGCAGACAGAAAAUGUACGCGAACUCCCCCAUCUCUUCAAACCUCUAAUUUUUGUGUCAUCCUCUGCACCCAUGGAGGGGAGCCAAGUGUGGGCUCAGUCUCUGAAGUGAGCUGUAAUAGUUUUCCAGUGGGCAGAAAGUGGAGUGCACUGGAGCCGGUCAGGCAGGGCGCUUGGUGGAAGCACCAUGCUGGUGUGCUGACAGUGACUAAAGCCUGUGGAGACCCUGUUCAAUAAAGCAGCCGUUAAACAAGGCUGAACUCUGCUGGGUCACUUCACAGCUGCCCUUCUCCGCCUCCAUUUGGGGCUUAAAGCCACGGACACAGCAUUUGUAUUACAAUCACACCAGCAGAAUGACACAACAAUUUCGCAUUUGCACCUCCAAUGAAUCAUCUGUGUAGGUGUUUCACACCGACUUAAUGCCGUCUGAUGUUAUUCUAUCCGACAGGAAAAGAUGAAGGGUAAAAAUAAGUUGGUCCCGAGGCUGCUUGGGAUAACCAAAGAGUCGGUGAUGCGAGUGGAUGAAAAGACGAAGGAUGUGGUGCAGGAGUGGCCUCUGACAACAGUAAAGAGAUGGGCUGCUUCCCCCAAGAGCUUCACCCUGGUACUGUGUGACUUUCUGCAUUGGUCCCAUGUUACACACACACUCCCAAUCCUGUGCUCAUAUUCAAUUACCCUGUGCAUGCUGGGAUUUACAUGGCUCUGUAUCACAUAUUCAAUCUUCUCCCAGUUUUCAUUUUGCAACACAAACAGAGUCCCUUCAAAAAUGUGAAGGUUCCCAGACUCCAUUAUUGACUGUUUUCAGAAUCGUAGCUGGCUAUUUCAUCUGAGUUGACAAUAGAUGCCCAGGGAAGAAUGUGCAGUAUUUGGAUGUUUUAUUUAUCUAAGAGCAUUUUCAAUUUUCUCAACCAGCUGUUGGCAACAGCGCUGUCUGGUUUUUCUUUUCGACUGGAGAAGAGCACUACAUUUAAAGAUUAAUAGAUUAUGCAGAUUUAAGAAAAUACUCUACGGUAUAUUUGCCAAUGUUGAUUUAAGCUAAAAAUAUUCACCCUUACGUUUCUGCAUAGAGCUUUGAAGUGAAUUAUGAGAUUCACUGCAUCUUAUUUUUAAUCAGCUCUUUAGAGGAAAAGGAUGUGUUAUAGAAGUCAGGGUUUUUUUUUCACAAAGGGCUGAAAAAAGAAAGGCUUUGCUAAGUUUAUUCCAAACCUUAACUAAGUAAGGCAAUUUUACUUGCAGGCAGAUGGCAAGAGUUGAAUAAGGUAUAGGAUGUUUCAUCGUUUUAAAUACAUGCUGUAAGAGCGUCUCAGUGAUGUUUUAAUAGCACUGUUGGCCUGAAUCUCUGCUGUCUUCUUUGCAUUAUAAAGGAUUUCGGAGAGUACCAAGAGAGCUACUACUCAGUCCAGACAACAGAGGGAGAGCAGAUAUCCCAACUUAUCGCCGGAUACAUUGAUAUCAUUCUGAAGAAGGCAAGUAAUAAAGUAUUAAAUGAAAACGGAAUGUACGCCUAAUUCUCCGUACGUGCAGCCUGCAUUUUUUGACUGUGAUGUGCGUUAUUAUUAUCCCCACAGAAGCAGAGUAAGGAUCGUUUUGGCCUUGAGGGAGAAGAAGAAUCCACCAUGCUGGAGGAAUCUGUGUCCCCGAAGAAGUGAGUAUCAUUCAUUUUUGUCAUCUGUAUCUUCUUUCUGUUUUAGAGAAUGUGCAGGGGAUGGAUGACCGUUUUCAUUAAGCGAGCACAGUCGAGGUAUUUUUUUUAUUUUUUCAUGAAUUUAUACCUCGCUGUUUAACUGUGUGUGUAAUUACAUUCCUGCCAGCCCUCUGUAGUGCCCUGAAAGAAAUGAUAUUCAAAUUAAACUCAAAAAUAGCACUUUGAAUUCAUCAUAUUAACACCUAUAUUAUUGAUGCUCCGGGCUACAAUUUAUUGAAUUGCUGUCUCGUAUUGUUUUUCUGUCCAGGGCAGCUAAACACAAAACCAGCCUCAGGGUAAAGCCACUAAAUAAUCAUCUCCACACUCACUAAAAAAAACCGGCACCAUUUUGGAAAUUAAGAUAUCGCACAGGUCAAGAUAUCAACCCCUUUUAGCUGUUUUCUGCAGUUCUCGCCUCUUAGUUGUUUGCUAUCCCUCCCAACUUUCUUAAUUUAUUUUAGUAACUGACGCAAACAGAGGUAAUGCUGAUGCUCUCUGUCACACACAGCUUGGAAAUCUGUUGUCACUGUAGAUCAACAUGACUCUCAGUUAAGCCACGCGCUGGCAGAAUGGGGCAUCAUAUUCCUGCUGCUUAUGGGCCAAUUGACUCAUGUUGUGGUUCCUCAGCACAAAAACAUAAUUGCUGCCUCUCAAAACAAGCCAUAAUUAACCAUUAGAGUCAGGAGCAUCUGUUGAGCUGGGCAGGAAAUCAGACAUCUUUCCACGCAAUAUUUUCUCUGACAAUGCUUGCUCACUGCGGGAACAUUUGUUAGCAUCAUAAUUGUUUUAAUUAUAAUUUUGUGACAGUUGCACUAUCAGCUGGAGCAAUGAUCGGAAUUCUAAGAGCCACUCUCAAGUAGCACAAAAGAAAAUAGUCUACUGUAAGAUAUCUCUAUAAGACUGUCGAAAUCAGAGAAAAGCUAAUAUAGAAAAAUCAGUUUGUGAUUGUUUUAGGAGCCUAGAAAUGUAGAUAAAGAUGUUUUACCAUGAAGUUUAACAUCUACUUCCUGUGUCCUUCCUACCCUGUAAGGUCCACGAUUUUGCAGCAGCAGUUUAAUCGAGUGGGUCGUGUGGAGCACGGCUCAGUAGCACUUCCAGGUAUAAUUCGUUCUGGGUCCAUAGGAGGCCCUGACACCUUCAAUGUGGGCAUGAUGCCCUCAGCACAGCAGCAGAUCACCACAGGGCAAAUGCACAGAGGACACAUGCCCCCGCUGGUGAGUAGAAGAUUUCUUCUCUUGUAAGCAAACGCAGUGUCCUGGACAAUGUGAUAUGACCUGUGUCAGCACUUUUGUGGAAAUUAUAUCUUGUUUACAGCUCUGGGCCGCUCUGUGCCAUCAGAGUAAUGUAUGAGGGAAAAAACUGAAGUCAGGAGUUGGGAAACAAUGUCGAAUCAUCUCAUCUAUAAUCUUCAUUUUUAAGACAAAGUAGUUUUGAGUUAAACUGUUCUUACGUUUUUUUUUUGUUGAAAUAAUGCACAGCCUUUGAGAUGUUUCUUUGGUUGCUCAUUAAUAAAUGUUAUCUAGAGAACUGUGAGUAAAAAGCACAUAAAAGAUGUCCUUACAUUAUAAGAUGAUCUGUUUCCUGCUGUUUACAGACUUUAGACUGUAUGGUGUUAAGUGCCUUAGUUCUUUGCUCUCUUUAAGUCCUCAUCACUGAUUGUUUUGAUUGUGUGUCUCUGUUGUCAGAGUUUGGCCCAGCAGGCCCUGAUGGGGACUAUCAACAGCAGCAUGCAGGCUGUGCAGCAGGCGCAGGCUGACCUGGGACACGUAGAUAAUCUGCCUCCACUCGGCCAUGACUUGGUAUUUCUCUUUUCCAUUUGCUACACAGUCCUUAAAUAUAUUUUUGGGCAGAUAGCAGCAUCGAUAGAGACACACUCCUCCUCAAAGUCUAAUCAUUUGUGACAACUCCUUUGAGCUCUUCUCUGCUCUCCGAUAGUACAGCCUCUAGUUUUGCACAGCAAUGACAGAUUACUCAGAAAUUAGCAUUUAUAGCACAUCAAAGUCCACCAUAUCUCAGGUAUAAUUAGGAUGUAGUUCUGAUGGUAAAUACGGAGGCUGCUCUUCAUGCUUGAGUGUUUCCAAAGCUGUAGGUGUUGUUCAGCCCUAGUCCUCUAAUCCUGCAUAAGAAAGUUUAUAAGAGCUGAAAAUCACCCACUGUGAUGAAAGCAAAUAGCUCUCCUUCUCCUCCCUCUCCAAAAGGCAUCCAGAGUUUGGGUUCAGAACAAAGUGGAUGAAUCCAAACAUGAAAUCCACUCUCAGGUCGAUGCCAUCACAGCUGGAACAGCAUCUGUCGUCAAUCUCACUGCAGGUGAGUGCCCAGUAAAGUAUGUACACAGGGAAUGGCUGACACUCUCAUUUUUUUUAUUUUCAAUUUAUUUUUCACCAGAUUUCCAGUUAGGAAGUCUCUGCACAACCAAGCCCAGAAAGAAUCUGAAAAUAUUGUUUGUCUGAGUGUUUUUGAAAUCCCAAGUCACUGAAAAUGUCCCCCAACUAAAUGUGAAUCACUCACUCAUGAUAAACUAUUACGAUUUUAAUUUUGUUCACACAAACUUGAAUGAAUGAAUGAAUGCUUUAUGUCAAACAUGCAGUAAGUGAACAAAACAGAAUAUAGGUAGUAAACAUAGACUGUAUAUAGAAUGGACGCCAUCUGCCUCCUCGCUGGGUGAAGCCACUCCGAGAACAGCACCCUCUGUUGACGGGCUGCAGUAUAGGUCAUAAAUCCCACAUUCGGCCAGCAAAGCUUAUGGAGCUGUGGACAAAUUUUAGAAAUUCAUUACACAGAACAAAAAAUUUUCUCCCCCCUGUUUGUGAUGUUGACAUGUAGUUAUUGUUAGACUGGUUUGUGCUAAAGUCCUCUUUUUUCUGUGAAGCUCCAUUUUUAAAAGUUAUAAGGGGGUUCAUGUUUUCUUUGAUUGACACUUGAUACAGCCUAUUGGCGUUCAGGGGAUUGCGUAGCUCUCCCGGGGGAUACGCUGUUUGAGCCGAGUGUCAUCACAGCAACUCUCAGCAACUCUGUACAAAUGCUCACAGCGCUACUGCACAGCGCUGGUUUCAGGGAAUGAAGAAAUACUGAGAGCGAUUUUGGCUUCAAAUCCGUAUACAGGCGGGAGGCGGAACCAAGUUGUCCAUAGUAUAUACAGUCUAUGGUAGUAACCAAACACAUGCAUCUACAUGUUUGAAAAGGAGUAGGAUAAAGUUUGCACUUAUUAAAUCCUACCCCUUUAAUCAACAGUUCCUAUAGUGAUGUUUUAAUAUACACAUAAACAUAUACAUCAUUCACAUUUAUACAUACAUAAAUGUGUAUACAUAUACGCAUAUACAUAUACAAAUACAUACACAAACAUACAUACCACAACUUAAACUUGUUCUCUUCAGGACUGACUUGCUGCUCUUACCUUUCUCUUCUCUCAAGCUGGCACAAUGCCAGCAAAGUUCCCCUCUGCCUUUUGCAGGGUUUUGAUCUGAUGUUGCCAUCUGUUUGGUCGCAGUUAUUCUCCGUUCACUGACUGAUAUAAAGUCUGUCUUGUUUAUGGCCACUUGCAUCAAUGUGCUCAUCUCUGUGGAGCCAUUUCCUCCUGGCUGUAUUUAUGACACCCACACUGAUGUGCAUGUUACAGUUUUUGAAUGAAGGCUUAUUCUUCAGUUGAGAUUCAAAAUCUCUUUUACAAGAGGGGCCGGGUCAUGAUUGACAGGAGCACAUUACAAUUGAGUGACAAACUUGAACACAGGUCAACGUAUCUUGGCUCACAUGGCAGAGAGACAUCAGUCAGAGUAUUUAGGAUGUCCUCCAAUGCUAUUGAAGGUGAAGUUUGUAAUGAUGACAAUCCGUUCUUUGUAGGUGAGCCCACAGACACAGACUACACGGCAGUGGGCUGCGCAAUCACCACCAUUUCCUCCAACCUGACUGAAAUGUCUAAGGGUGUCAAGCUGCUUGCAGCACUAAUGGACGAUGAGGUGGGCAGUGGGCACAAGCUCAUGGGCGCUGCCAGGAUGCUGGCAGGAGCUGUGUCAGAUCUGCUCAGAUCUGUUGAGCCUGCAGCUGCUGAGGUGAGACGCCCACUGAUUAAUCUACUGGCUUGGACUCCAUCCUCCUUUGUAAUCCUCGGUAGCCACAGAGCCACAUUCAAAACCCAAUCCUCCUCCUUUUCUUUUUCAUCCACAUCCCAGUAAAGAUAGGUUUGAAUCCAGAAGUCUGUUUUAGAUAAUUCAUGGAGUCCUCUGUGUGAGAACAGGCCAGUGUAAUGAAUGUGAUGAUGUCAUCCUCAUACAGCCCAGACAGACUGUGCUGACUGCGGCAGGAAGCAUCGGACAGGCCAGUGGGGACCUGCUCCGUCACAUGGGGGAGGGCGAGACCGACGAGAAGUUCCAGGUUGGACGCCACCCACUCACUGUUUCUAUGACACUGCUAGCCAAACAGGAAGACACACACUGACUCUCAGGCCUGUAAAAAUGUCAAUACAUGCUGAAGUAAUCAUUUCAUACUCUAAUAUUAGGCUGUUACUUUAUGUGUAUCAUAUAACAAUCUGUCAGAAUGAAAGCUUCUAGUAGAAAAAGGACAUUAUGAUGUCUCUUUGCCUGUGGUGUCAAUCUCCAGAGAAAAGGACUCAUAUUCUGAAUUUCAUAGAUUUUCAGCUGGUACUCUUUCACAACAUGAAAAUCAAUGUGGUUUGUAGUGCAGUUGGCUGACUUAAUACAGAUUUAAUUUAUUUUUAAUCUCUUGAAAGUCUUCAUAACUAUCUACCUCCUUAUUAAAAAUUUGAUUUUGUUACAUCGCUGUAAUACUUUGAGCUUUUCGUUUGCCAGCACUGAGCAAAAUGAGCUAAAAACAUUUACUCUACUGCUGCCUUCAUUCAAAUGUGCGCAGCUGUGCUGUGUUUCAGUGAAGGACAUUGAUUAAUUUGUUGUAGGAUACCCUGAUGAACCUUGCCAAAGCAGUGGCCAAUGCAGCUGCUAUGUUGGUCCUGAAGGCCAAGAACGUGGCCCAGGUGGCUGAGGACACUGUACUGCAGAACCGGGUGAUCGCAGCUGCCACUCAGUGUGCCUUGUCCACCUCACAGCUGGUGGCCUGCACUAAGGUACUAAUCUAAAACUUGUUUAGCACAAUUUCCAAGUAGAUUAAGGUCAUAUCACCAGGUAGGAAAUCACCUUAAGGCUUAUUUAUUCUCAACAUUACAUACGAAUACGGAUGGAUCUCUCCGUCCGUGUUUCGCGUUCUUUUCGUCCAUAUUCUUGAAGUUAACUGAUAUGGGCCAGACGGAGCAGUACCACCGGAAACUGUGGGGGCAGUGUUGCAACUGUCACUACUCUAUAUGCAUCUUUAGAAAGAAACGAAGAAGACAAUGGCGGUGCUUUUUGAGGAUCAGCAUCAAUUUCUCUCAUCGGUACCACUAUAGAACAGUGUUGUUUUCGUCAUAUUUCGUCAACGCCAGCGUCAAAAAAGGGAAAUAUUUUCGUCAACGAGAACAACACUGGUUGUUUUCAUUGACGGAAAUAUUUCCCUUUUCUUCCAUGACGAAGACGUAACGUUGACGAGCCAAACAUAAGUCGGAGAUGACUAAAAUGUGACGAGACGAAAGUGCGUUUACGUUGGUGGGACGAGACGAAAAUGACGAACAGAGUUGCAAAACUCAGUCAGUUAAACGCUAAACAUAUAGGAGCAGCUUCAGUCCGCUCUGACAGCUCUCAUCAGCCUGCUGUACUCCUCCAACACACAGACACACACGUGCACACACGUGGAGUUUUGUUUUCGUUGACGUUGACGUCAUGGUUGACGGAAACAAAAAUGCUAUAGAAAAGAAUUCUCCGUCCUCCAACCGCGAGGCGUUUAGUGGCCUGUCAGAAACUUUUGACUACGGCUUGCCCCCUGGUGGAUGUUAUGGUUAACAUCCAUGCUAACGUAAAGGACGCGUGCACGUGUGUGGGCAGUGACGGAACCAUCGUUUGAAAGUGAUGCAUACAUUUUCAUACGUAUGGCGAGCAUAAAUGAGCCCUAAGGGACAAUUUGUAACACCAGACGAAGCAGGUUUGAUUUAGCUCCAAAUUUAAGAGUGAAAUAUCAGCUUUUUGUCUUUAAGAUCAAACUUGAAAUAAGUGAACUUUUGGUGCCAUUCUAGUAUUUGAAUUAGAAUGAAAGUGUUUAUAGAUAAUGCCAAUCUAAAAUCUUUAAACUCCUGCAUUUCAUCUGACUUUCUGCCAAUGAUCUUGUAUAACCCAGGUGGUGAGCCCAACUAUCAGCUCCCCAGUGUGUCAGGAGCAGCUUGUCGAAGCUGGGAAGCUGGUGGACCGCUCUGUUGAAACCUGUGUCAAGGCUUGCCGCUCGGCCAGCGACGACGGCGAGCUGCUGAAGCAAGUCGGGGCGGCAGCUGGUGUGGUGAGCCAGGCCCUCAGCGACCUGCUGCAGCAUGUCCGCCACUAUGCCAGCUGCGGAGAACCCAUUGGACGAUACGACCAGGCCACAGACACCAUCAUGAACGUGACAGAAAACAUUUUCACCUCCAUGGGUGAUGCCGGUGAGCACAGAGAGAGCUGGAAAUGUUUGCGUUGAGGAAAAUGUAGUGACUUCUCCGUUCAGUCAGUUUUCUCUCACCCACAACAAGCAACGUAAAUAUAAACCAAUCAGGUGAUCUCUAAUGAAUACCUGCUUUUACUUGACAUACUCUCAUGUGCUCUGACAGCACAAAUUUGCCUUAAGAUAUUUUUGUCCAUGUUAAGCGAUCCAAAAAAUCCACCGAGACAUUUUCAAAGCUCAUGCUGUUUGUUAUGGUUCGAGCCAUGAGGUUGAGGAAUUUCCAAGCCAGGCCAAUUCUCAAGGGAUUGUGGGAAACAUGACAUCCAAAACCACUACAGUGCUCUCAAUCUGGUCUCAAUCAGUAUCAAGGAGGCUUUGAAACUUAAAAGGAAACAUAUGACCUGGGCAUUUUUUUGGAAGGGCAAACAUUUUACCUUCCAUAAAUCAACGAGACAAAAAAAAAAGAAAAUCUGUAGCAAAAACUCAGCCUUCAGUGCUUCAGGUUUCUUCCACAGAGAGUGGAUUGGUUGAAUCCCAAGGUCUUUGGAUGUAGGUUGUAAAGCACCUGGAUGUCUUGUCUCUCACAGUCUUCUCUAGGUGAGUUAUUUCAAGCUGCAGGUGGGUGUUUGGGAAAUACAGCUUUUUAUAGCAGGUGUGUGGGGAGAUGUUACAUAUAUUCCAAAGACUUUUAUUUGUGUGAGAGAGGAUGACUCAGUGGAAACCUUCAGCUAUGAAAGUCAUGAGGGCGCAAACAAUGAGACGCUCCAGGACUAGGACAAGUACAGAAAUUCUUCAGCGGUGAACAAAGGUAGAGUUACGAAAUGAUAUACUAUGAGAGGCAGAGGGUUUGAAUCAUUAAGUAGCUAUUGUAAAAUAUUUUUGUUGAAACUAAAAAAAAAGAAUUCAAUGUAAAUUUUUCUACUGCAGUUUCUAAUCGAGAGAUUGUAGAGCUCUAGAUAUGUGUAAUGAACCUUUUGGCCAACCAGGACACGAGGGAUUAUCGUCCAUGAUAUGUCAUCGGAAAAAUCCUCCAUGAUAAAUAUGAUAAAUGCAAGUUGAUGACGUGAGCGCAAGAAGAAAAUCCUCACAUGAGUGAUUUCUUUCAAGAUUGGGGUUUAGAUGAGAGCAAUCAGGUAUGCCUGACAUCAGACAGUGGAUCUGCUGCUGCUGUUCACUCUGUGCAAGAAGAGUUUUCAACAAACGUUGAAAAUGUUUUCAAAUUUCAGACUUGUUUGAUGUCAUUAGUUUUCUCCAUAACCUACCACUCAAACUUGUGGUUAAGUAUCAUAUUUGACUACCCCAACUGGUGUUCUCAAGACAAAAUGAGUCAAAAUUGAAAAUAUUGGAAUCAUAUUUGUUUUUAUCAGGACUUUUAUCGUUAUCGCCAGAAUGGCAAUUCUCAUUGUGAUAAAUUCUUUACCCCAUAUUGCCCAUCCCUAUUGGACACCCUGGCUGCAAUCAAAACAAGGACAAACAAAGUUGGGGACUUGAAAACUCUCCAAACCAAACCAAACCUCCAGUGUUCAGGAUAGCUGUAACCACACAUUACUGACCUGAUAGAUAUUUGAAAAUACUGUCACUGUCUCACAUGAUUUCUCCUCUUAGUCUCGAUUCUGAUGAUCCAAGACUUUCAGAAAGUUUUAGCUGCUGAGAUGUUACAAAUCAACUCCAACCUGGGAGACCAACAGAUUACCCCACAAGUUAACAGAAGCGGACAGUUAUGGUGAAACAGCUCUGCAGCACAAAAUGAUUUACAGCUGCAGCUCUGGCUUAUCUUCAAACCGCUUCACUGGUUCAUUGUGAUGUUUGCCUCUGGAACAAACCGUGUAUCUGCUGACCUAAUGUUCUUCUGUAUUGGUGAACAGGUGAGAUGGUGCGCCAAGCCAGGGUGUUAGCCCAGGCCACCUCUGACUUAGUCAAUGCCAUGAGAUCUGAUGCAGAGGCAGAAGUUGAUGUUGACAAUUCCAAAAAACUGCUGGCUGCAGCCAAACUCCUGGCUGAUGCCACAGCCCGGAUGGUGGAGGCUGCAAAGGUAAGAGAGUAACAAGUAUCACUUCAAAUAUAGUGCUUUAAUUAUGACUGAUAAUUAAUUUAGAUACAUGAACUGCAAGUAUACAUAUUUAUCUAAUUUACUUCCCAUCAUUCAGUGUUACUUUUCUCUCGUUUAAUUAGCCCUCAAUAGGAAGUUAAAGCAGAUGAGCAAUUUCUCAUUAAAUUGCAUCAUAAAAAAAUAGUUUGAUCCAGAAGUGUUAAUUUAUUCUCCUCAGAUUUUCUCUCUUCGUACCACCACUGCUAUGUUUUUUCCUGUGAUAACUGAACUGGAUCACUUUCAUUUUAAAGAGUACACAGUUUGGCAGCACUGCACGCACAAGCAAGUAGCAUGAUUUCACAUCUGAAACAAAAAAGGGUGCAGCAUCAGCGGCUCUUAAUAAGCUUUUGGCAUUGGUGAGCAGGAUAUUAUCAGUGUGAAGUACUGCGAGUGAAACGCUGCUUAUGGCACAUCAGAUGUUUUUGAUCUGGGAUGCAUUAAUCACUACAUCACUGCCAUUAUCGUAGAGGAAGUGGGAAGCUAGCCCUGAUGGUUUCCCUGGAAACUGAAGCAGACCCAGCUAAAUACCUUCUUUCGCGUCUAUUGUACCACAUGUAUAAGCAGAGUUUUUCAUCUUUCAUUGCUGUUGUCUGAUGGCUAUUGUUUUUGUGUGUCACGAUAAUACAUGUUUGUGUGUUGAUGUGUGCGCGUGUGUUUUAAUGGGCACUCAGGGGGCGGCUGCUUACCCAGAAAAUGAGGAUCAGCAGCAGAGACUCAGAGAGGCAGCUGAAGGACUACGUGUCGCCACUAAUGCUGCGGCUCAGAAUGCAAUAAAGAAAAAACUUGUCAACCGGCUGGAGGUGAGUCAUAGGAGUCGACAUGUUUUCAUCAGCAUUAUUUAAUAUUUUUUUGACCUCACUCUAAAUGCAAUUUUCCUUUUUGUUCCCUCUUUCUGACUGAGAUGUCACCUAAACAGCUUUUACAUGUUUUGUUACUGUUUCAUAGACAUUAAAGAGCACUUGAAGAUAUAAAAGGACAGUUGAGACAUUAAGUUACCACCAUGUUGAUGCUAAAAUUCAACAGCAUCCAUUUGUAUAAAUACAGUCCAUUUAGAGUGCUAUUUUCUUCCCUAUUGCAGAGAGCUUUAAAUCCUUUUAGCGCCGUGAGUGAACUAUCAAAGUGUAAAGAUCCGUGUUUAGCCUUUGGUAUCAGUUUGCCCCUAAUGACUGUCCCCUCUAUGCUCCAGAGCGCCCAAUGUUCAAUUUUCCAGGCCCAUAAACUAUGUGUUACCCAGGGCUGAGAUCAGCCUGUUAUCAGACAUAUUUCAGCCUGCCUCUUCACUUCAGAUGGUCACAGUAAGGGUGCUAACGGUGGCUUCCGUCAUGGUAAAAUGUGAGCCAAUAAAGUGUCAUGGAUUUGAAAGCAUGCACAUCACAAUAAUAGCAAUUGAGCUGAUUGAAACACAUUAGAUUGAAACACAUUAGUCUUGCUUGUUAUGUCCCCACACAGUGCCACUUAGACGUGCUUUUAUUCUGAAGUGAAUUUAAUAUUCUGUACUUAUGUGCAACAAAAAGUUAAAAAGGCCACUCUUGGUUAUAAUGUCUGUUCUGCAUGCAGUUGAGUCCUGUUUUGUUUCUCUGUAGGUCUGGUGUUAUCGUGUUUUCUUACUUUUUUUCAGACUCUCCUCAUCAACUUAAAAAGGAAUGUCUCUUCUCUCCCUCUGUUUUCAAUCCUGUCAUGACUUCAAAGCCAGUCUUGUGUCUGUGAAUUAAUGUGAGCAGAGCAGUAUAUAUUUAGUCACGUAGUUUUGGAAACAUCGCAAAGAGGGAGCAGCGCUCUCAUGAAAACAGGGAAUGAGCCAUAUAAUCCCACCCUCUUCCCAUGACUUAUGAAACAUUGAGUUUGUGACCCCUCUUACAUUGAUUACAACAACUCUGCCCGAGUCCAGAACAAGACUGCAUCAAACUGUACAGAACAAAAGUGAAGUUACUCAAAGCCAGGCGCUUUCUGUUUCUUAGAGCCUAAAUGAUUUCCAUUUGUAUCUCCUGAACAGAUUGCUGCUAAGCAGGCAGCGGCUGCUGCUACUCAGACCAUCGCAGCUGCCCAGAAUGCUGCUGCUUCAAACAAAAAUACGGUGUCACACCAGCAGCUAGUGCACAGCUGCAAGGUAUUAGCAAGUCCUCUUUCUUAUGUACACCUUUUAUUUUCACUUGUUAAGCAAUUUCAGGUAAUGUGCCAGAAAUUUCAAUCCUUUUAAGAUGUAUUGCCAUACAAGAUUUAUGUUUUAGUAUUAUUAGCAACACUUUUUUCAAUUGAGACGAAGUGGAUAUGAAGCAGAUAAUAGUUGUGUUUGGAUGCAGGUGGUAGCAGAUAGCAUUCCCCAGUUGGUUCAGGGGAUGAGAAGCAGCCAAGCCCAGCCUGAAGAGCUUGGCGCCCAGCUCGCCCUCAUUAUGGCCAGCCAAAGCUUCUUACAGGUGGGACCUUUCACCAUCACUCAGAUAUUGACUUCCAAACUCUAAAUUAGAGCGCACGAAUACUGAACUUUUUCUUUGAUUCUCUCUCGCCGUUUUCUCAGCCUGGAAGUAAGAUGGUGACGUCAGCAAAGUCAGCAGUCCCCACAGUUGCUGACCAGGCUGCUGCCAUGCAACUGGGCCAGUGUGCCAAGAACUUGGCUACCUGCCUAGCUGAGCUCAGGACUGCUACCCAGAAGGUUUGAUAUUUAUAAAUAUAUAUAUAUGUAUAAUAUUGUUAGCAGAAUGCCUCCCACUCAUUGAGGACAUCCAUUCCUAUCGCUUGUGAGAUGUGUUUGUUGUGAGGCCAAGUUUUUUGAUCAUCAGUCAGAGAUACCACUUACUGCAUAGAGACUGAAAUACUGCCCUGGCUGUGUGCAUUUGAGAAACAUGAAUUUGUUUUUACCUGUCGUCUGAAGGCCCAUGAAGCCUGUGGUCCUCUGGAGAUCGAUUCAGCCCUCAAAACUGUUCAGACUCUCAAGAGUGAGCUUCAGGAUGCCAAGAUGUCCGUCAUUGAUAGCCAACUAAAACCUCUUCCCGGGGAAACGGUCAGUACACAGCAAUUUUUACUGUGGAAAAAAAUGUACCAAAAAUAUAAUGAAUGUUUGUGUAAAUCUUAUUUGUAAAUCUAAUGGAUGAUGUGUGUUUUUGGUUGAUCACACAGCUAGAGAAAUGUGCUCAAGAUUUAGGAAGUACCUCCAAGGCUGUAGGCUCCUCCAUGGCCCAGUUGUUGACAUGCGCUGCGCAGGGUAAUGAGCAUUAUACAGGUAAGAAGAACAGGGAGUUCUAGUCAAAGUCUUCAUUGUUUAUUGAAAGAUUCUAUCAAGAGUAAUAACAUUUCUUAUUGGAAAUAUAUAAUAAGAUUAAAAAACUGCUGACUGUAAUUUUGGAGGGAGGAGUAGUCAUUUCUCUCCUCACUCUGCCGAGUGGGAGUGUGAGGAGAAAACAGGCAGAGAAAAUGAUGAAUACUACAUUUGUGCUAUCACCGCUGCCUUUAAACUGAACCCUCUGAAUCCAGCAUGCCUUGGCUGUGUUGGCGCCAAAUUUGGCUCAAUUUAUGAUCUCGGAGGAGGAGAGAUGAAGACCGAUAAGGAAAGGCAUUUCUAACAAUGAACACUCCAAGUCAAAGCCUCAUGCUGUGGCCCAGGGUGCUGCUCACUACUCAUUAAUCUUAUUUUCACUAGCUUUAACAUUCCAUCAUCAAAUGGCUCCACUUGGGUGCUUAAUGUAAUUUGAUGCAAUUUGCCACUUUUUAUUCUUGGCUCAAUGUAUAAUAUGUUAAAGGAACCCCCCCAGUGAGCAGCAGUAUAUUUAGUUUGCUCAUCAGUUCAAAGAAUAAGGGCAUCUCAGUUUCACAGUUUGCUCUAAGUGUGGGACAGUAUGCUCCUGGCAGCUGGUAAAAAAAAAAUGCUAGACUUGCUGCACCAACACCUACCUCUGUGUGGUAUUGCUUUAAUUAAUGAGACUGAAAUUAAAGUGAUUAGUGAAGAGUCAGAUUUCAUUUUUGCAGGAACGUGGUUGCUUACUCUCUACGCACCAAUUCUGACACAGCAGAAUUCAAAUUCUGUUGAAUUCUUUGUUUAUAUUUAACGUAGUAUUUACCACAGUUAAUGUCUUAAAGGGAUAUUCUGACAUAAAAUUAAGUUAGGGUCAAACACACUGUAACACCGAGUUAGACACCCUGUAGAGAGAUGAAUGUUGCAGACCGCUUGCUUCUUGCUAAGAAACGACUGCAUAUAGCAAUACACAGCGGUCUAUGGAGCCAUAAACAAACCUCAACCAAAACGCCACUCUGUAGCCACAAAUAAUGCUCAGAAUAGCAUCUAAAUUCAACAACAGUACAUAUAGGGUCUCAGCCAUAGCAUUAGCCACCAAACAUCUUUUUAACUUUUCUUGAUUUCUUCACAACUCACCCACUCUCUUCCAGCAGCCGUUUGUUUGUAGUGAGACCUCAGGCCAGUCAUUACAGACUGCAGCAGGGUGACACAGCUAAAGGAAAAAUAUUUAUGAUCAUUACUUUAUCAUUUCCUUGAAUUAAUAAUCACCACAUUAAUCAUUUUGCACUGCAGACGUAGUAGUUUUUCCAGCCGUAACAUCUCAGUCUGAUUGCAUUUCCAUGAAGAAAUGAUCCUAAAUGUUCUUCCUUGAGCUGUGUCACCCCGCUGCAGUCCGUAAUGGACUGGCCUGAGAUCUCACUACAAACAAGCGGCUGCUGGAAGAGAGUAGGUGAGUUGUGUUUAGUCUCUUUGCUAAAGAAAUUAGGCAAAGUUAAAAAGAUGUUUGGUGGUUAGUGCUGUGGCUGGGACCCUAUAUGUACUGUUGAUGAAGUUAGGUGCUGUUCUGAGCAUUAUUUGUGGCUACAGAGUUGCUUUUUGGUUGAGCGCUUGGCUCCUGGGACUCAUGUGUAUUGCUAUCGUGUGGUCGUUACUAAAGUUGGUAUAACUAGAGAAGCAAGCAGUCGGCAACAUUCAUCUCUCGACGGGGUGUCUAACUCUGUGUUACUGUGUGUUUGACCCUAAAUUAAUUUUACGCCAGAAUAUCCCUUUAACUUCACAACGAUGUAAAUUUACACUUCACUGUAAAAACUGUGCUUUGGUUAUUCAGCUCUUAUUCUGUUUGUUUUAUGGAAUCCUCCUUUGCUGGUUGUUUUUCAGGGGUGGCUGCCAGAGAAACAGCACAAGCUUUACGGACAUUGGCUCAAGCAGCCAGAGGAGUCGCAGCCAGCACCAGAGAGCCUCAGGCAGCAGCUGCAAUGCUGGACUCAGCUCAGUACGUCAUGGAGGGCUCGGCCAUGCUGAUCCAUGAAGCCCAUCAGGCCUUGGUUCAUCCAGGAGAUGCUGAGAGUCAGCAGAGACUGGCGCAGGUAGCACAGGUCCUGGUAUUUGCAACCUGAAGCGGUGAUAUUCCUGUAGCAAUCGCAUUGUUCCUCUGAGCCCACCUCUCCUCUUCCCUUCUGCUGAUUUGUAAACAUUUCCUUUUCCAUGGCAGUCAUCUUCUGUAAGCGUUGCUAUUUUCUCUGCGCUCUGCCUCUUGCCUGGUAUUCCUCUCUCAGGAGUGGCAGAGUAAAACUGCUCAUUCUCCUGCAGCCCUUCAGGGGAAAAACAUGUUGUUUGGCAUAUAUCUGUGACAGCAACAUAAAUUAGUGACACAGAUUAUUGUGCACUGGUGUGAGCCCAAUUUGCAUCGAAAAUGUUUUCCCCUUGGAGCUUUGCUCUGGGCCUUCGUGUUGUGUCGGACAUUGUUAGAAUGACAAAUGACAGUCCAUUGACAGAGUGUGCUUUGCUGUGUUUCAGGUGGCUAAAGCAGUGUCACACUCCUUGAAUAAUUGUGUGAAUUGCCUGCCAGGCCAGAAGGAUGUUGACAUGGCCCUCAGGAGCAUCGGAGAGGCCAGUAAGAAGCUGCUGGUGGACAUGGUGAGUCCUCCUUGGGCUUUUUUUGAUGAUUUGUUGUCAUUUAUCAUGGUUUGUGAAGACGUAGAUUUAUAAGUAACACCUUUAACUGAACAGGUUUUUCCAUCACUUUUUCAACAUUCACUACGGUCUGCCCUAAAUGAUGUGUCUCUCGUCUUUGAAGCUCCCUCCCUGCAGUAAGACAUUCCAGGAGGCCCAGACUGAUCUGAACCACUCGGCAGCUGAACUCAACCACUCUGCAGGCGAGGUCGUCCACUCCUCUCGCGGUACGAGCAGCCAGCUGGCUGCGGCCUCGGGGAAGUUCAGCCAAGACUUUGAUGAGUUCCUGGAUGCUGGCAUUGAAAUGGCAGGACACACCCAAGUAGGUUUCACGAUCAUACAACCCCACUCUACAAUCUAUUGAAUCAGGUCAGCGGUGAACCACUGAGACCAGUUUUAUACAUCAUGAAGAGAGGUAUUCAAACAUUUUAUAGACAAACGUAAAAGUCUUCAAUACUGAGUGGAUGAGCUCAUUUUUUGUCGAUUUAUUACCUAAGCUAUUUAAGUCAUUUGUUAAUUAGAGUUUUUCAUCUAAUUCACUUAGGCAAAUGAUUGUCCCCAAGAGCACAGAUACAGUCAGAUGUAAUGAGAUCUUGUGAUGUUCUCGUUCUGGUUAUUUUGCUCAUUAAUUUGAAAAGAUCGUCUGGGAUUGGAGUUGAUGUAGCGUGACACCUGAGCUUUAAUCAGGCUCUAAGAGGCCUGCUGAGUGAGGAAGGAAAUGGAGGUGGUAGGGACACACCACAUACCCUCUUUACAAUCCAUUACAUUACAGACAGCUCUCACUGUUGCUGUUACGGUGAAUAAAGAGUAGGCCUGGACGAUAUAGAAAAAAAGCAUAUCGAUAAAAAAUAAAUCAUAUUGAUCGAUAUCGAUAAUUAUCGAUAUAAUUAUUAUAAUUAUUUAACAUAUAUUUUAAUUGCAGCCCUGGAUGUUUUAUGCUAUUGCUUAAUGACCUACUUUUAAUAAAGAACACACAAGCACUGAAUUCAAAUUCAAACCUUUAUUCAACCACCUUUUUUAUUUUACCACAACUGAAAGUUUUUUUAAAAAGAACUAAAAAAAAAAGAAAUCAACUUAAGUGGCCUGAGUGAUGUCAGUAAAUACUGACAAACAUAAAGACUUAAGUGACCAGAAAAUCUGAUAAAUAAAUAUUUAAAUAGUCUUUUGAUGAAAAUAAACAAAACAAACAAAUAUAUAAAUAAACAGAAUAGCUUUAGGUGGGAAUAGCAUACUACCAGUUUUAACUGUGUGGGAAACUGCCCACAGCCUGGUGUCUGAACACUGAAAUAUUUCUCCCGGGGUCGGGAGAUUUAUUAAUUAUCAUGUGAUUGACUUAAUACACAAACUAAGCACGAGAAGCAGGACUUAUCCACGCCGGUGUUGUGUCGUAGAAUGCACCCCUGCCGAAUGCACCCCCUGCUAGUAGCCAUGAUCCAAAUACUCGCGUCUUUGUAAAAUAUGAGCUCAUUUUCUUCCACUUUAAGAAGCGAAUGAUUGGACGGGAUGCAGGGGUGCAUCCUACGGCAAACACCGGAACGUAUUUCCUCCGCACCCUUCUCACCUUUUCAACCCCUGACCCGUUUUCAUGCCUGAAGCGCUGUGUUUGAGAAACACUUGCGGCCGGGCACUUCAUAUCGCGGGUCGAGAGUGGCUAGAAGCUGGUCGAAGCUAGGCUUUUCAACGGUAGUUAUUAGCAGUAUGUCCCUCGCUAUGGAGCAUGUUACUGCAUGGGUGAUGUCCUUAUGCCGCUCGGACGCUUUGUCGUAUUUUGGCAAGAAACGAUGUCCAGUUUGGUCUGCUUCACAUGCUUUGUGCUGGUGCUGGCAGCGGUUCCAGAGGAUUCCUCCUCCGACGACGUGGAGCCGCGGCGCGGCCGACACAGCUCGUACUCCUGCGGGUGCGAUCGGUUUAGAUGGUAGAACAAGUUGGUUGUGUUACCAGACUUGUUUUUUACUAAUUCUCUGCAAAUUUUGCAAACGACCGUUGUUCGCUUUUUGUCAGACUUCUAAAAACCAAAACACUGCCAUGCUGGUGAACUACUGAAACCUUUUUUCGGGACAAUGUCCUCCGCUUCUCCUUGCUGUAUCAUUUUUUCUAAUACACGUGCUGUCUGUUGUGGUUUGAUAGGGGCUGGGCUUGGUGCCGUAGCGUACCUGGGUCUGCGUUUGUGAUUGGUUGGGAGGAAGCAAUGACUGUAGUAAAAGCUACAUGAUAGGCUAUGAUGAAAAAGAAAGGGAAACUGUGUUUUUCUAUCGAACUUUUUAUCGACCCGUUUUUUUUCUAUCGCACCACACGUCUAUCGAUCGAUAUAUAUUGUUAUCGAAUUAUCGUCCAGCACUAAUAAAGAGUAUGUAUUUGACUGCCUCUAUAACACCUCUGAAGUCUGCAUCUUUGAAAAGGUUCCCCCCUGUCUUUUAUUUCAUUUUCCUGCAGAGCAAGGACGAUCAGAUCCAAGUCAUCGGUAAUCUGAAAAACAUCUCUAUGGCGUCCAGCAAGCUGCUGCUAGCUGCCAAGUCUCUGUCUGUGGAUCCAGGUGCAGCCAACGCUAAGAAUCUCCUCGCUGUGGCAGCAAGGUGCGAUAAGAUGUUAUUGCACCUGAUAUGUAUCUUAUACUCUCCUCUUUUCUCUUCUGAUAAAAAUGUGUUUGAAUGUCUGUUAUCUGAACCACCAUGCCUCUGUAACUCCAUGUGCACAUAGAAAGUUAUGAAUCAUCUGAUCUUUCACUUAAAAUGUCACAAACUUCUCCCCGCUGCAUCUAUAUGCCUCUCCUAAGCUCUGUCUGUUUGGCAUUGCUAGAGGGAGUAUGAAUCCUCAUCCUAGUGAGGAGCCAAGCAGCUGGUCCCGCUGGGCUUUGGGCUUGACUGACUUCUCUCUGUCUAAUUAGGAAGAUGGAAGCCUUGGCUUGAGCUUGUGUGUGCUCAGCAAGGCUGAACACAAACUCAAGACAAUCUCAGCUCUCCUGUGUGCGUGUGUUAGCCUACCACAGCGAGGGGCCAGCAGUGCCAUGCUUGAAUGGUGGAGCUAAAAGCAUGUGAGAGUGAGUGAACUCAGGCUGUGUGUGCAUGCAGAGGACACAUGUGAGGACUAAAGGAGUCUGCUGUGCUUUUUCUGUGUUUCAGGGCAGUGACAGAGAGUAUUAACCAGCUGAUCACCAUCUGUACGCAGCAAGCAGCGGGACAAAAGGAGUGUGACAACGCCUUGAGGGAGUUGGAGGUAGCCGCUCUCACAUACACUGAACCCUACGCAGAUUUCCACAGAGCCUGUCGUUGCAGAUGCAUGUUAAAUUUAGAACUACAAUAUGAGCAUAAGGGAUACUGGUUUAAAAAAAUGCACAUUUGCAUACCUGAGUCUUCACGCUCUUAUGCACACGUAACAGUAAGUGACAACCAGUCUUAGCGCAUUUACCUCUCAGGAUUUGACAACAAUGGUGUUUCCUGAAAUUUCAGUCAUUGUCUGGUUCUUAAAAGUGUCCAAAAUCCAAUUUAAAGUUACGAAUACAUUAUGAUUUGUGCUGACAUCUGCUUUUUCGUCUGUGCACAGGCUGUCAGAGGACUCCUAGAAAAUCCAAAUGAGCCAGUCAACGAACUCUCCUAUUUUGAUUGCAUUGAGAGUGUCAUGGAGAAUUCAAAGGUACAGUCUUUAAAAAAUAAUUGCCUGAGCAUUUUUCUCGGUAAGCAGCUGAAGAUGACACUUCUCCCUUUUCGCUUUAGGUCCUUGGAGAGUCGAUGGCGGGCAUUUCUCAGCACUGCAAGACGGGAGAUGUGUUAGCCUUUGGGGAAAGCGUGGGUGUAGCUUCCAAAGCUUUGUGUGGGCUGACGGAGGCUGCAGGACAGGUGAGAUCACAGCGUGAUACCGAGUCACUUUGAGUUAGCACGUUUUUGUUCUCACAUCAGCUGGAUCUUGUAUUUAUUUUCGAGUUAUUUUUACACAUAGAAAAAAAAAACACUUUUCAAGAUGAUAGAGGUCUGUGAAUAUUAAAUAAAAAUAAAUGGUAACACUUUAUUUGAUGCAUAUCUCUAUAACGCAUCAUAAAUAUAUGUAUAAUGCAUUAUAAUCACGUUGUAGCACUGUAUAACUGUAGUUAUAAACACUCAUAAAUGAUCAUAAUGCUUUAUAGCAAUAAUCAUCACACAUUAUCAGGCAUUUUAUCAUGACUUACGAAAUCAGGUAUUAAAAUGCAUUAGAACUGUUAACAACUUACUGACAAUGCCCACAUAGAUAAUUAAUUAUACAUAUAUUUAUGAUGUUUUAAAACUUGCAUAACUAACAUAAACUUGUAUAACUAUAGUUAUAAACACUCAUAAAUGAUCAUAAUGCUUUAUAGCAAUAAUCAUAACACAUUAUAAAGUAUUAUAUCAUGACUUACAAGGUCAGGUAUUAUAAUGUGUUAUAACUGUUAACAACUCACUGACAAUGCCCACAUAGAUAAUGCAAUGCAACUGGUGUUAACAGUUAUAACACAUUAUAAUACCUGACCUUGUAAGUCAUGAUAAAAUGCUUCAUUAUGUGAUUAUUACUAUAAUGCAUUAUGAUCAUUUAUGAGUGUUUAUAACUAUAGUUAUACAGUGCUAUAACUUGAUUAUAAUACAAUUUAAACAUAUUUAUAAUGCAUUAUAGAGAUAUGCGUCAAAUAAAGUGUUACCAAAUAAAUUCUGAUAUAAUGUGGUUUACAUUCAGAUUGGAAUAAAGACAUUAGAGAGACCUUUCUUGGUUAAAAUCUGUGUUGCAGAAUUAAAUCAGGUUUUGUUAAAGGUUUGAACGAGUCUAAGCCCCUAGAGCUGUAAAACAAUGUCCCCACCUUCAUGUACUAUUUAGUGUCUUUGUCUGUUAAAGGACACACUGACAGAUCUAGUGUUCCCUCUGCUAUUUUCUGUCAGAGAAUUCUAUUAUGCAACACAUAUAUGAUAUAAAUAAAUCCAUGUUUGUAUCUAUUUAUGUUGUCGCCUGUAUUUGUGUCUGAGAAGAAGGACGAUAAAGAAACCUGUCCAUCAACAAACAUGUACAUGAAUAAAAAUCUGUUCUUGUUUCCCGCCCUGUAGGCUUCUUAUCUUGUAGGUGUGUCUGAUCCCAAUAGUCAGUCUGGCCACGAGGGGUUGGUGGAUCCCAUUCAGUUUGCUAGGGCUCAUCAGGCCAUACAGAUGGCUUGUCAGAACUUAGUGGACCCGGCCAGCAGUCCCUCGCAGGUAAGACAGUUUAUGUGGAGCUUGAGAAUAUUACAGGACUAUUCCCUUCCAUAUGGAGACGGCAGUGUAUAUAGAUCUCCUGUGAGUGGAAUUAUAUGGCUCAUUAAGUUUGAAAACUUUGAAUCGACCUGAAUGUCACAAAUAGUUUAAACAUCUACCUUGUUUUAUACAACUCUGCUUCCUGUCCUCUGUGGGGUUUUGUCCGUCGGUCAGGUCUUGUCUGCAGCAACAAUAGUAGCCAAGCACACCUCAGCUCUCUGUAACGCUUGCCGCUUGGCUUCAUCUAAGACCUCCAACCCUGUGGCAAGGAGACAGUUUGUCCAGUCAGCCAAAGAGGUGGCCAACACCACAGCCAACCUUGUCAAAACCAUCAAGGUCAACUCCCCAACUGAUCAAAACGUUGAGUGUAAAUUUGUUAUUGCUUUUUUAUCACGUAUAAAGCUGCUGCGUUUGUCCGGAUAAUUCAGUAGCUUACAGAAAUUCAACAUGUAUUAGUAUGAAUAUGGUUUUCUCUUGUUUCAGGCCUUAGAUGGGGAUUUUUCUGAGGAGAACAGAAACAGGUGCCGUGUUGCAACGACCCCUCUCCUUGAAGCUGUAGAAAACCUUUCAACCUUUGCCAACAACCCCGAGUUUGCAAGUAUCCCGGCUCAGAUCAGCAACGAGGUAUCCAACCUUUUUUAUGUUUAUUUGUGAUGCCUCAUAAAUUUUGCCGCUCAUUUUAUGAUGAUUUAUCUGAAUGAGAAUAAAUUGCAAUCUCUUAUCGGGCCCUCUGUUCUGAGAAACACCCACUGAGUAAUUAUUUCCUCCCAUCCUACAGAGGAUCUUGAGACUUUUCCGCAGAGACUUAAUGAAUAUGUUUGUGACAUCUGCACUCAGUCUCAGUUUGAUACGAGCCAACACAAAAAAGAUUUGUGCGGCGAACACUGAGGGAAUUGGAUUUUGGUCCAAUUUCUAUUUUUUCUUUUAAUGUCAUGAAAAGAAUUGAGGAGAAAGAUGGAUUUUUAUUUUUCAAUCGCAGCGGAACAGUUACUGCACAGUCCUCUAAAAGCUUUAUGGCUGUAAUCUUUCUGAGGGCAGUGUUUAACUGCACUCUCUCUCAGUACAGCUGCUCUAAUCUUCAGCUUGUUAAUCUAAUUGUCGAGGGAGGUUUUGGCUCGGAUCAUAAAGACCGAAGGUGUUUCUUCCUGCAUGUGUGUAAAGCUGCCUUUCUAAUCUCAUCCCUCCUUUGAUUGCACCUUUGAUCUCUUGAAGGUAGUCAAGUAACAUUAACAACUCUGUCAUUCCAAUUUGGCAACCUCUACCUCCAGUGACGAGCUGUUACCUUGGCUGUUGUUUCACCUGCACUUCCUUUUUUGGUUCCCAGGGCUCAGCGGCGCAGGAGCCCAUCGUGCGUUCAGCCCGCUCCAUGCUCGACAGCUCCACUUACCUUUUAGAAACCGCCAGGUCACUGGUCCUCAACCCCAAAGAUCCGCCCACGUGGUCCAUACUAGCCGGCCACUCUAGGACCGUUUCUGACUCCAUCAAAAGCCUCAUCACCUCCAUCAGGUCAGCAUUGUCUCCACCUGCUGCCACAUCCAUCCCUGCAGGAUUAUACUGAAUCAAAGUUUAGAACGGUUCACUCACAGCUGGGGGAAGAAAUUGUUUCUGAAACCAAGAGGACUUAUUCUGUGAUUUCUGUUCAGCUGAGCAAUAAAUUGCCGCAUUAGUUCAUAUCUGCUGAGAUUCCUGCUGCCUUGUAAUAGAUUAGAGAACAUUAUAGAGCAGGAACGAGACGACAAGCCGCUGUGAAUCUGAAACACAUCACCUCCGUCUCCAUCGUCAUCCUCCAAAGCAUAAACAUGUUCCCUGUCCCCGAAGCAGCUAAGACAGCUCAGAAUGGGCUGCAUUUGCUUUUAACUUGGCCUGGAAUUAACCAAAGAAGAAGAGGUUGAUUACAAUCAUCUUGUCCGUAUGCUCAAAAUGAAGCUAAGCCAGGAGCUAAUUUUCUCAGCGAAGGAAAAAAACCUCUUCCCAAGUCACAACAUGUCGAUUAUUUAUUUCCUUGUUUUAAGCAGAAAUAACAAACAUGCUGUAACAUUUUUAUCCAUGAGCUUAAAAGCUGCUGGAAGGUGGACUUUUCUCACCCUUUUAGUAGAUGGAGCAAGACCGGCUGUUUGUAUCCCUUCUUUCAUUAUUUAUGCUAAGCUAAACUAAUCAGGCCCUGGCUCUAGCUUCAGAUUUUUGUGUACAGAUAGGAUCUUGUUGUCAAUGUCUCAUUUUACUCUUGCCUAGAAAGUGGAUAAAAUAUCACAGAAAGUUAAACUAUGUCUUAAAAGUCAGUGUGUCUUUGUAACAUAACAUACUUCAUCUGUAUUUCUGCUGUAACGCAAAGAUAUAUGAUAGACAUAUGCGUCCUUUAACAUUCCCGUUGAUAGGGACAAAGCACCGGGACAGAGGGAGUGCGAUUACUCCAUUGAUAACAUCAAUAAGUGCAUCCGGGACAUUGAGCAAGCAUCCCUGGCUGCAGUUGGACAGACCUUGCCCUGCAGAGAUGAUAUCUCCAUGGAAGUGAGUUCAUGUACCCCAUCAGCUUUAUCUUGUCUGAGAGAAAGGACUAAAUGGGAUCUGUAGUCUUUCUGUUGAGACUUAUAGCAUAAUUCUCCACUGUUGUAACUCACCAGGCGCUCCAGGAGCAGCUCACGUCCUCAGUACAGGAGAUUGGGCAUCUGAUCGAUCCUGUCUCCACAGCAGCCCGGGGUGAAGCCGCCCAACUGGGACAUAAGGUGAUGGUCUUACUAUAUAUCUCCCCCAAUCCCCUCUGGAUUUAGCGAGAGAAAUCUAUUUGGUCUGUUUUCUGUCCUGUGAUACAAGACUUCCCCCUGACAGCUGUCUUACACUUGUCUCCGCAGGUGACCCAGCUCGCCAGGUACUUUGACCCACUUGUUGUGGCAUCUGUGGGCCUGGCCUCUAAGCUGCAUGACCACCAGCAGCAGAUGACCAUCCUGGACCAGACCAAGACGCUAUCCGAGUCGGCCCUGCAGAUGCUCUACGCAGCUAAAGAAGGCGGGGGAAACCCAAAGGCACUAAUUACAUCUGUUUCAAUCAUGGCCUGUGAUGGUUAACUAUAUUUGAGCAGGGAGAGGAGGUUUAGGUCAUGGCGAAGUCACGCCUUCAUUUCUAUUAGAGGUUCUUCCCUCAGCUCUGAGUCAUUUUCUCAUUGCACUCAUAAAAACAUAGCUUCAGGAGCUUUUGCUUGGUUUUAUGACUUUUUAUAAGCAUUUAAAUUGAUCUAAAGAUGUAAGAGCUCAUGUUGGUUAACUUCUAAUCCCAUUCUCUAGUAAUUCUGCUAUUCAUCAGAUUUAGCUGCUAUAAGCAGACUCACAACAUAGUGAAUGUUGUCUCAUGUUGUCUCGCAGGAUUGCCUGUUUUCCUCAGCCUUACUGUAAUAUUAUUAUUUUACAUGUGAGCUUUGUUAAAAUUCCACUUUAAUUUGAUUUAUUGUCAAAUACGUGGGUAGAAGUUCUCACAUCAGCAGGAAUCCAGCCUGGCAAAGUGCCUCUUUGUUAGUCAUCGGGUACUUACAAGCAUUAGAGCUGUUGUCAAGCUAAUAGAUUUAACUUUGGCUAAACUAAGACAGCGUCACAGAGGCAUUAAUCAGCUGACUGUGUCCCCAGGCAUCCCACACCCAUGAUGCCAUCUCUGAGGCGUCCCAGCUGAUGAAGGAGGCCGUGGACGACAUCAUGGUGACUUUGAAUGAGGCCGCCAGCGAAGUGGGCUUGGUCGGGGGCAUGGUGGAGUCAAUCGCAGAGGCUAUGGGCAGGGUGAGUACUAAGCACGGAUAUGUGCGUGUUUAAUUUGGAAAACAUGUAAGUAUGACACACCACCUCAUGUGAGGUCUGCUCAGGUGUGUUUUACGGGUUUUAGGUUGACACUUAUUCCUCGUCAUAUUUGUUCAGAGGUAAAAUGAGCUUUUCCUCUAAGGCUAAUUCCUCAGUGGGUGUGCUCAGAGUGUGUCCUCGUCGGCGACUCUCAUUAGUCCAAAAGAUUUAAACCCACAGCUCACUGGUGAUGUUGGCUGUCACUCAUCUUGCCUGGGGACAUGUCACCGCGCUGACAGGGUAGUUAAUAACUGCUGAUAAUCUGCUCAUACGCAGACAUGUGCUCUUGGCUGAGAUUUUAACCUCCAUUCUGAUUUUUUUAUGUGUUUUUUUGUGAUUAAACUCAAACAUAACAUCGUGACAUCAGAUAAAAUUUCAUUCGCAUAUAAAAUGCGGAGUGCUUAAGAGGAAUGCAUGCAUGAAGCAGGUUUAUAUGUUCUUACAGAUGGCUUUUUAAUUGUCAUGAAUUAUAUAGCAAUUAAGUAGUUGUACUAAAAAAGGACUUUGCGUUGCUUAAUGAUGUGCGUCUAAUGUUAAGAUUGCCAGCAAAGCUCAAUCUGUCUUUUCAGGGGUCUGUUAAAUGAAUCACCCAACAUUUGAACCUUGAUUCACUGACAUAAUUUACCCGCUCAAGAGGGCUGCAUGCUUUGAAAGAUGAAGCACAUACCUACGUUUGAACACUCAAAGCUGUAGACUUGAGUAAAUUGGUAUUUAAAUCCAAGGCCGCCACAUGUUUGCUAUCACCAAAAUCUGCAACAAGUUAAUAUUUGAGGAUAUGUAUCCCCAUAUUACUGCAAAAAUACUGUUAAAAUGAGCACAUAGUAUUUAGAAGUGCGACCAAGACAUUUCCUGAACUGAGUCUAUUUUACUCAGUAGGGCUGGGCGAUAUGGCCUGAAAUCAAUAUCACGAUAUAUUGAGCAGUUUACCUUGAUAACGAUAAAUGGAUGAUAACUACUCCACAAGCUGCUCACCCCCUCCCACAUUAACUUUGUCUACUUCAGCCGCUACAACUUUUGAAUCAUCCUCCAUCUCCUCACCUGUCUCUCUCUUUAUUUAUUUAUUUUUGACUCCAAAUACACUGAUAUGGGCAUAAUGACGUUGGUUAUUGUCAUAAAUUUCAGUAUUGUUAUAUAAAAUUGUCUUCUAUGUGAUAAAGACACUUUUUCCAAUCUUAUCCUAGUAUUUUGUGCUGCAUUUGAUUAAUGAAAAUCUUGCUUCAGUUUGGUCUUUGGUCCUUUUCUAAAAUAUUAAGGAUUUAAAACGUUUUUUGGGGGAAAAUUUACAGUGCAUAUCCUGGUAUGAAAACUAAAGAAUUAGCAUUAGCAAGGGGAUCAGAAAACAUACUCCUUCAAAUAAUUUUAAACAUAGACAGCCUGUUAUACCGAAAUCUCAUCUGUAUUGUUAUGAAUGCAGCUAGCGACAGCCCCCGCUUGUCAGGGGGUUGUGGUUGCUGCAUCCAAAAUGUAAAAAACCUACCCACAAGAAAAGACAGAAAAGAAAAUCCUCCCUGACCAUGAGCUGAGCGGUAAGCUAGAGGCGAAUCAGUGGCAGUGGUGCUUACCGUCUUCUUGCCCGACGAGCCCGUUCUUCAGCUCCCAUGAGCUGCCAGCUCCGUCUGGUGGGUUUCAUUUAGGGUUUUAGAGUGGUGGUGGAGAGCUGGUGUGAGCGAUGGUGGAUAUAAAAACAUACGGGCUAACCUCUAGUAUACUGUCUUUAUGUUAUUUUAGGCAUCCAUCUGAUGUGCAAGCAAAAAUUUGUCUUUUCAGCAUCUCUGUCCUUGACUCCAAAGCUACUGAGUUCCCGCUCUCUGUUCAGGUGUUCCCAGUUCCACAAUCAACAGGUCUUCAUGCAAAGUGACAGGAAAUGACGUAUCCUCGUCGACCUGUGUUACUGGGAUUUGUAGUCCUUAUUCCCCCAGGGUUCACCCGACAAAUGCAUAUUUACAACACCGCUGCACCUCUUUUUAACCAACUCAUAGUUACAGGGAAAGAAAAAGUACAAAAGAAAAGAUCCUAAACCUAUUACUGACAGUAUAUCUAUGUACACAGUAUUAAUGUAUGUGAACAACUUUGCAGUGAUGUAUAAAGCCCUCAUAUGUAAUCCUACUCAGUAUAAAAACACAGAACAGCUAAAUUAGUCUCAAGUAGAUAUUAAAAUUGAAAACUACAUUUUCAAAGGUGGAUGAAGGAACACCUCCUGAACCCGAGGGCUCUUUUGUUGACUACCAGACCACCAUGGUGAAGUUUUCCAAGGCCAUCGCUAUAACUGCACAGGAGAUGGUGAGUGCACUAAUGCGCUAGAGUCCGUGCCUGUCUCUGUGUGUUUUCCAUUACAUUUCCAAUCUCCAGUGACCAUAUUUGUCGGCAAGGCUCCAGAAACAUUAAUCAGCCUCUGCACAUGAUGUAUGCUCUCUGCUGCCAGAUGACUAAGUCAGUAACCUGCCCCGAAGAGCUCGGUGGCCUUGCCUCUCAGGUGACAGUGGACUACGGACAGCUAGCACACCAAGGACGUCUUGCUGCUGCAACUGCAGAGCCAGAGGAGGUAAGAGGCUGUGAUCUCUGUCCUUUGGAAUAAGUAGAAGUUAUUAAAUAUUUUAAUGAAACAUUAAACACAUCAUUACAUACCCCUCUCUGCCAUUGUGGCCCUUAGGACCAAAACAUCUGCUUAAGAUUCUGUUUCAUACAAAACUAAAAUUGCUCUGGGGUUUAUUUACUCCUACUCUGAUUAGAGAGGGUGUUUGCUGCUCUUUCAUACAGUAUGACACCUUAUAACAAAAGCUGAUUCUGUGAGAUCAGACAAAUAUACUCCUCAAUUAUCCUCUGACCUUCAAGAGACACGUCAUCACCUUAAUGAUUGUUUAUAGUCCUGACAUAAAUAGGGAGAAAGAUUGCACUAAUAGGCACACAGCUCUUAUAUCUUGUAUAUAACGGGUUGACAGAAACCCUGCUGGUUACCAUAGCGACAUUGUGCCUCUACAAGUCUAAAAGCCUAUAGUGAUGCUUAUAAUGAAGUACCACCCACCCAUGAAUCUCAGUCUGGAUAUUAAAGAGGUAGUGCCAGUAUUCCCUCAUUGAGGGUGCUUGAAAUCAUUUCCCAUCCACCUGACGGAUAAGAGACAUGCCAGUUUAGAGCAUGAUUGUAAUUAUGUGGUACAGUGACACAAAUGAGGAGACACUCGCGGUGUAAGUCGAUGCCUGCUUGUGCUCGUAGGUUGGUUACCAGAUUAAGACACGGGUGCAGGAGCUGGGCCAUGGCUGUAUUUUCCUGGUCCAGAGGGCUGGAGCCCUGCAGCUCAGCCCCACUGACAGCUUCUCCAAACGGGAGCUCAUCGAGUGUGCCCGCGCAGUCACAGAGAAGGUAAGCUAGACGCACACAAACUGUUUUCAAAAGCUGUAUACUCCCUUGAUAUGACUUUUUGAAAAGAGCCUAUUUUUGUUGUCAAAAUUUGCCAUCUUUGCUGUUGGAAGUUUUUGCUCAGCAUUAGCAUGUUUAUUGAAAUAUUUUUCAUGCAUUGCUUAGUACAGUCGCUGUAUAUAAACACCUAUUUAAAUAAAGUGAUAUGGAACAGAGUGUGUGCAGUAGCAAGAAUUAAAAAGGAGCAGCUCAGGUGUGAAUAAUUGUUUGUACUCUAGCUGUAGGGAAUGAUUUCUUUUUAAUUACUUUCCGGGUUUGGCCGAAAGAUUCAGUUAGAAUGGACUUAAAGGUUUCAAUACAUGUUAUUUAAGAUAGGAAUAACUGGUGCUUUACUCUUUUAUUGUCGCAGUCAUGCGGGUCAUGCUCCUCUGACCACCCUCAGACUGUGCAGUUAAUAAUAAUACUUACAUCUGCCUGCUGUGACCCUGGCAGCAUCUUACACAUUAGAAUCUCUCUACACUCUCAGGCUAUGAUUUGAUUCAGCGCUCAUAUCAAACUUGAAUAAAUUGAGGUCUUAUACUUUCUGAUAUGUGAAGCUUGCACCUCGUCAGGCUUUCAUUUGUCGGUGAGGUAUGGUCAGAAAACAGUCUUCAUGGUUACAAAGGCUUUUGUUCUGCCAACAACCCGUAAAGAGGAAACCCUGCUGUUUAAUCAUUAGACAUGCGCUAUGUAUAUAGUAACAGGGGGUAUUUUCAGCUUUGAAAACAGCAUGUUUGAAGCGUCUCCCUCCAUAUUUAAUGCUAUGCUUCACAUGUUCCAGGUGUCCUUGGUAUUGUCAGCACUACAGGCAGGGAACAAAGGCACCCAGGCCUGUAUCACAGCAGCUAGUGCUGUUUCUGGCAUCAUUGCUGACCUGGACACCACUAUCAUGUUCGCCUCUGCUGGAACACUCAACCCCGAGAACGAAGAGUCUUUUGCAGACCACAGGUGCAGUACCUCAAUCUGAGAACGAUCAGGUAGUCCAAGACUUGAAGUGAAAUGAACGUUAAUCAUCAUAACAAUGGGAAGUAGAUAAUUUCAGUUGCUGAGUUUGUACACUCAAACACAGCAGCUCUCUUUUUUCAUUUGAUGACUCACUCAGGAAUUGUGCGGUUUGCCAGUCAAGCUAGAUAAUCAGAAGCAUUUCACAUAAUAAAUGUAAUCUAAAAAUUUCUCCAAACGUUGAACAAACAAUCUGUCGGAAAACAACAGCUUCCUUUGGUAUUGCUGGUGCUUGAGUGUGACUGUGGAGCAGAUUGUGACAUAAUGUGUCUCGUCCAUCAGGGAGAGCAUCUUGAAGACAGCGAAGGCGCUGGUGGAGGAUACGAAGAUGCUGGUUGCUGGAGCCGCAUCCAGCCAGGAGAAACUGGCUCAGGCUGCCCAGUCUUCAGCCAAGACCAUCACCCAGCUCACCGAAGUGGUCAAACUGGGAGCGACCAGCAUGGGCUCUGAGGACCCAGAGACACAGGUAAGGGGGAAAUUCAACACAUAUCAUGGCCAUAAAACAGGUGUUUUAUGUGUUUACCAACCUGGUAACUUUCUGUUAUUUUCAGCGUUUUAUUCUCAUAUAGGUUUUUAAAAUCGUAUUUUCUCUUUUAUUCUCUCCUAGGUUUCACUCUCUCUCUAAUUAUUACUUCAUUAAGAUCUUUUUGUGCUCUUUGUCUCUGCUUACGUGUGUAUUUUACUCAUCAAAAAGUACUCCGAGCUCUAUUCCUUUAACAAAAAAACGCUGCUCAAGCAGUGGCGCACAAAACCUGCUAUCAUUACAUUUUUUUGAAGCGUUAGUUAUCUUCAAUUAUUGUUUUUUUAUCUCUUGAUACACCGCUGUUUGAUUUCCUUUGUAAUUACAGUUUCAUCUGAUACUGUGUGUGUCUCUUCUCUCCCCUGUGUGUACACCUCUAUCUUUGCCCUCCAUUGAGUCUGUACUAUCAUGACGAGGUGGGAGUGAUAAGGGCUGCAGUGUUAAAUCCUCUCCCUAGGGUGCUUCAGAUAGACCGAUACUCUGACCAUUGUGUAGUAUUGAUACCAGCUCUGUCUCCUCAGGUGGUUCUGAUUAACGCAGUGCGAGAUGUGGCCAAGGCUCUAGCUGAACUCAUCGGCGCUACCAAAUGUGCUGCGGGGAAGCCAGCUGACGACCCCUCCAUGUAUCAGCUGAAGGGCGCUGCUAAGGUAAGGCUUAUCUGGUACAAAACUGCACAUUUAUCGGCACCAGAGACUUCCAUUUCUUAUUCAGUUUAUGCUCCUGUCUGAGAUAUGUUUUCUACAAAUGCUCCCUUUGUAUCAGUGCUAUGUUUAGUUCAUUGUGUCUUGCAGGCUUUUUCAAAAGACUGAUUUGACAGCUCUUAUCAGUGUUUGUGCAGUAUUCUUUUCUAGCUGUCGUGUCUCUAUGUGGGACAAGAACCAUCCCUGUUACGUACAACGUGUGCAUUCAGUCCUACGUGUGUAUGAGGGUUGUCAUGCUUUACUGAGAACUAUCUUUAGGACUGUCUGUUUUGUGACCGUUGAGGCGGCAGUGCAGGUUUUUUUUAACUGAUCAGAGUGAACUUUCAAGUACAGCUCAGCCUAGCAGUUCUUUUUGUUAAGUCAGUUUUAUUUAUACAGCUGAAAAAACAAAGGUUUUAGUCUGUCAAAAAAAGACUGUUUUCUUUAACAGAAAAAGAAACUUUAGAGAUGAAAAAAUGGGCAAAACCCUGGAAAAAGAUUGAGAUUCUCAUCGAGUGAAUGGCAUGCAGACAUGUAGGAACUGCCAGCUGUGAUGACAAGUAGGGGAGAGUGGGGAAAGAUGAGCCAUUUUCCAUAUUUCGGAUCACUACAUCAAGGCAAUCAUAGUUUUGUUUCUAACUAGUGUAUCUACAUAUAUUUCAAGAUGUUGUGCAUCCCUGCAAACCAACAGAAUGAGUGUAAACAGAACUGUUUUUUUUAAUAUAGCAUGCCAAAAAAAGUGGUCUCCUAUGGUCAACUUACCCCGUGUAUGGGGUAAGUUGACCAUAGGAGCGGGGUAAGUUGAGCCGUAUCCCUACUACCCCCCCAACUCUACACCCCAGCCCUCCCUCACCUUCUCUCUCCCUAAAUAACAGUCACUUCUUCACAUUCAUGUGUAUUUUUAUCUAUUAUACACUAUUCAACUGGUACAAUAACUCUUUUUAUUAUUAUUGCAUAUAGCUGCUAAAAACUGUUUUAUAAAAAGUCAUUUUAAAAUGAGAAUGUCUUUAAGUGAUUCAGAACAUUCACAGCUGUAUUUUUGAAAAGAAAAAGUAACACAUUUCAACAAUCUGAAUGGUGGACUUUUAUGCUAGGUUUUUGGCCUCAUGUUGUAGCUCAUAGAUACCACAAUUGAUGUAUAAAACAAAUUUAAAAUGAUCUUUUUUUGGUCUGAACAUAAUUCUAAUAAAACUUAUGACAGACUAAAUUCACUUUCAAGAGUGAAAAAUGUUUUUUUGGAAAUAAACGUCUAACCUCUUCACCCGUGUGCUUCUAACCUUCGCAGACUCCACGAAUUGAUGCCCAUCUCCUAAAUAUUUGGUCACAUGAUCAAUUUCUUUUACCAUUUCCAAGCAACAGGGGGUGGCUCAACUUACCCCACUCUCCCCUACAGACUGACUAAACAGAACUGUGGAGAGAGCGCAUGAUUAAAAAAGCAAGAAAAGAAUAAAUUAGCACAAUAAUAUUAAUGGAAUCAAAGUAGAACUAAUCCCAGUAAGUGUCGGAGGGAAUUCCUUAUGGAAAUUAGUUUGGGGGAAAAGAUGUUCAGCAGCCCCCAGGUGCUCAGAGAAUCUGCUCUGUGCAUACACAAGAAAAACAGGAGCUGCCUUGUUACUCCUUUUUUGUCACAAAUGUCACACAUGUAAACCGCUGAAGAGUAAAUAGUCGAGAUCCAGCCUUUUGCAGCUAAUUUUGGAGCAUCUGUGAUCACUGCAGAAAAGCUACAAAGUUCACGUUAAUACGGACUUAUAUGAAGAUGUUGUUUGCAUCCAUCUUCAUUUUGUACAUUUUUGAUUCACUCACUCCUAUCAUCCCACAGACACUCAGCUUGUCACUCUGACCGUUCAUGGGGCUUUCUCAUGUUGUCUCAUCUAAAUGGAAUUAGGGCCACCCAUGGACCUGGUUAUGUUGACAGAUUGUUUCUGUUCCUCCAACAUAUGGUGACCUCCAAAUGGGACCCUCUCAGACUCCUGGCGAUCACGUUGCUUAAAUUCCUAACCUAAUAAUGUACACUCUCCCAAAGGCUGUACGGACAGAAUCGAAUGUGUCACCAUGAAUAAAACCUGAAUGUUUUUUUUCAUCCUCUGUGUAAGUGAAUUAACUGUAUUGCAAGUAGCGUAUCACCCUCUUUCAGUUUGAAAUACACCCCUCAGUCUGUUCUUUCUUUAGCAGCUAAUGUCUGUCAGUUUUAUUAGAUAAGCACCUUUUACACAUGUAACUAUAAUUCAGGGAAAUGGAAUCAGUGAGGGGAUAUUUUUGAGGUAUUUUUGUAGCCGAGGAGGAAGAGCUCCACCUCCUGGUUUGACUGCGAGCCUCAUUAUGCUCCAUUAUUUUUCCCUGACAGGUCAUGGUGACCAAUGUGACGUCUCUACUCAAAACAGUGAAGGCAGUGGAGGAUGAGGCAACUCGUGGGACCCGGGCACUGGAGGCCACUAUUGAGUGCAUCAAGCAGGAGCUGACAGUAAGGGCGAAUCUCUUCUUUACAGGCCUUUUGGAGUCAGUUGAUGAGACUCGGCCUCUUUGCAAAGAUGAGUCUAGAAGGAUCAGGGGCAUCUUGGUCCAUUAUUCUGAACAAAACACUGGAGCUUUUUGUUCUGUUUUAUUUAUUUUUUUCCCUCUAUUAUCUGUCGAGCUCCUUUCCUCUUCCUUUUGCUCUCAGCCCCUGCAGGUUUCACACAGCUCUUAUCAUGGGUUGGUAGCAGGAGCAGGUACACUGAGCCAGAAGGAAGAUUUUAAAAGCUUAUUUUUUUUUUUGUAAUAUGCCGUUAAUCCUCACUGAAGGACCUCAAGCCAUGUGUCCUCCUAUAUUUCUUUUCUUUGAGUGUCCCUGUCUGUGAAAACAUAUCUGAGGCUCCGCCGUGCCUUUAUCUAACAGCAUGUGUCUGUGGGACCUCAUCCUGUCAGGUGUUCCAGUCCAAGGAGGUCCCAGACAAGUCCACUUCACCUGAAGAAUUCAUUCGCAUGACAAAGGGCAUCACCUUAGCAACGGCCAAAGCGGUGGCCGCAGGCAACUCUGCCCAGCAGGAGGAUGUGAUCGCCACUGCCAACCUGAGCCGCAAAGCCAUCAUGGAUAUGCUGACUACCUGCAAGGUGCUAAUCCACACUGCCCUGCCAGAGCAGGCCUCACACAGACAUCACAGGCUGCCAGGGAACAUGUGAGGCCAGCACUGCUGAGAGCAGAGAGGACAUUAGAGCCCAGUCUACUUUAUGGCUGCUCCCGCCGGCUGGUUGUGACUCAGUCACUUUUCAAAGUCGUGCAGCAGAGCAUCAGUCAGGAUGUCCUUGAGCAACUGUAGAGCACUUGUAACAAGACAGAAACAGAGAGACACAGAGAUCUACAGGCUUAAGUCAGUAAAAACUUAUGAGUGUGUGAAGAAUUUAAACUUUUACAGGUUAUAGAUGUGGUUUUAUAUGUUAUAUUAAUGUCCAUACCCAUAUAUAAAUGACUGAGGGCACUUCCAGACCUCAAAUAGCACAAAAGUCUGCUGCCCCUUUUAAAUAUGUAUCAUGCACCUUUUUUUUCUCACACUUUUCAGCAAGCAGCUCACCACCCAGAGGUGAGUGACGAGUUAAGGAGUAAAGCCCUGCAGUAUGGUACUGAGUGCACCUCUGGAUAUAUCAACCUUCUGGAGCAAGUUCUGCAGGUAAGAACAAGACAGUCACAUGUCCAAUAAAUGAAAGAUACGGCAGCUUAUAUUUGUGUUUGUCUGUGUGGCACAAUAUUACGAAAGCAAGAAUACCAGUCAAAGAUUUGCUGUGGGUUUGAAUAAAAUAAUGCUAAAUAAAAAACUUUCAUAUUCCUUAUCAGCUGCACUAAGAAGAAUUAGGCCAGUGUAGGGCUGGGCGAUAUGGCCUCAAAUCAAUAUUACAAUAUACUGAGCAGUUCACCUUGAUAAUGAUAAAUGGACAAUAACUACUCCACAAGCUGCUCACCCCCUCCCACAUUAACUUCGUCUACUUCCACUACAACUUUUGAACCGUCCUCCAUCUCCUCACCUGUCUUUCCCUCUUUGUUAUUGACUGGAUGGGGUGGAGUCACAUCUCUGACAUAGGACAGCAUCUUAAAGAGACAUGAGACCAUAGCCUACUUAGACACAUCCAAAACAUACUUAUUUCUUUAUUCAUGUUAUUUAUUAAUUAUUUUGACACCAAAUACACUGAUAAGGGCAAAAUGACGUUGGUUAAUGUCGUAAAUUUUGUUAUCGAUACAUUUUCGGUUUAUCGCCCAGCCCUAGGCCAGUGAUAAAUCAGGUAUUUUAAAAUGUGAAAAAAAGAAAAACAGACUUCAAUCCAUGAAGCCGGUUCCAAGAUAUCUUUAUUGAAGUUUAGACUUGAAGUCUAGCAGAGAGGAUAAAGUAUUUUUGAUUCAUUUUCCUUCUCGAUGAAGCAUUUAACGUUGCGAAACAUGCUUUUUAUUAUCUGCACUCAUGCUUACAGCUUCUAUGUUACUCUUCCUUCUUCCUUAUGUUACUGUCUGGGUUUGCAUGUAUAUCUAUGCGUGUUUGGCUCUUGUAUCUCCAGGUGCUGCAGAGGCCUGUGCCAGAGCAGAAGCAGCAGCUGGCCUCACACUCGAAGCAUGUGGCUGCAUGUGUGACAGAGCUCGUCCAGACAGCCGAGGCCAUGAAAGGUGAGGCCACACAUGCUGCUGAUACACUCAGUCACACACUCUCACAUGAUGAAUUUAAGCAAAAAAAAAUCUGUGUGUGCUGUCAAAAGAUUGUUAGCAGUACAUUUUAAUCUUAAGAGACAGUUAAAUGAUAGUGCAGAGUGAAAAACUGCAGCGAGAGUUAAAAGCUGAAGGAUUCCCAUCGGGGGAGCCAACUCAAUUUGGUGAAACAUAAAAAAUGACAGGAUUGUAGAGAUGGCAGAGAUUAGUCAAAAGAGUCCUAAUCCUCUCAAAUGAAUAAUAUUCUGAUGUUAUUGAGUCAAGCCACCAAACCUGUCUGUGUCGGUAUGAAAGAUAGGUCAGGAAAAUCACUUUGGAAUAUUGAAAUUUCACUGUGCAAAUUAUUCCAAAUGAAGCGCUGUAGGAUGGUUAUGACACAAACAUACCGGAGCGUUUCCUGUAGAAGUAGCACUGCUGCAUCUGACAGGAGUAAUAGAUUGUGUUUGGAUGAGAAUUAGAUUCCAGCGUAUAGCCGGAGACCCAGUGGGGCUAUCCACUUCACCUCUCUAAUGUCCCAUGUGCUCUCUCUCUCUCCCUCUCUGUUUCUCUUUCUCUGCUGCCUCAGAUGGAGGUAAGAGUGGGAUGUGGUUGGGUGUUUUUUUUCCUCCAGAUCACCUUUCAUAAGAGUCAGUGGGGGGUAGAGAAGUGGACGGCGUUUGGAGGGGAGGAGGGGGUUGGGGGGGAACGCAGAACAGAUUUCCCCAGAGCUCAACAUAAUCUAUGAAAACAUGGUUCCAUCUGCUUUAGCAAGCUGUUCCCAAAGAGCUCCGUUUUACAGGCACUUAAAAACCUAUAAAAAGAAAAUGAUCCAUCAAUGUGCAUUUCUUCUAACUUUGAGUUUAUCUUAUUUAACUUUGACGGAUCACGCUCAUGCUGCCAACAGUUCUUUGUGUUUUGAAGCUGGCUGAGAUACGGAUGCCCUGUGAAUGCUUGGAUUGUGUUUAAGAGCGCGUAAAAGCAGUUGAAGCAUGACAUCAACAUGUUGUUUCCUCAAAUCCUAUUUAGUCAUUAGAUUGAUUGUGCUAAUAUGUUUUUUUUUUUUUUGAGCCUCGAACAGGAAAGUGUGAGACAAUACCAGUCUGUGUUUGUGAUGUUCACUUUCAGGAUCAGAGUGUGUGGACCCUGAGGACCCCACAGUCAUCGCUGAGACUGAGCUCCUCGGAGCAGCGGCGUCCAUUGAAGCUGCAGCCAAGAAACUAGAGCAGCUGAAACCCAGAGCCAAACCCAAGGUAUAAGUGCCCCUCUCAACCCUUUCCUCCCACACAAACCCACGCACAGCGUUUUUUGCUGUUAAUCAGCAGGGGAGACCAUGUGGGCCAGAGGUAGGAAAAGGUGACACUGACUUUGAAGUGGAGUCACUUUUUUCAGUGACUGAGCUGUUAUCACAAUAUCAUUAGAGUCGGGGAAAAAAAAAACCCUCAUACCGUGUUGACUCAGACAGCUGGUCCGGUGAGCUAACAUAUGAUGCUGUGGAAAACUUUCUUCAAAGGCACUUUUGAACAUUAUUUUGAGUUGUGUUGCCAGGAGACGCAAUUAUACCGCUGGGUCCUCAAGCUUAUGCUGGAACAAGUUCAAAUGAGUGAUGAACUGUUGUGACCCUUUCAGAAGGCGAGCGCCUCUGCCUUAUUGAGCUUACAUCCUUUGUUUUAUUGCAGUGUUCCUCAUUGCUAAACUCAACCGAAGGGGAGGCCUGUUAGUCAUCCCCCCCACGCUGAAGCACUGUUGCCUCAAAAACAAACUAACUCGACCACAUCAUGUGCUCGGAAAAUAGGCAAAUCACAGGAGAGGGCAGCGAUAGUGCUCACGGAAAGAGAAACUGAUUUCGUGUUGCUCAGUGUGUGAUACAGGGUGGUGUUUGUGGUGUUUUACUGCAUGAUUGUGUUGUGUACUUGUGUGUCUCUGGAGACUGGAUAGUUGGAUCCUGGUGCUCUUCCCUCUGUGUCUGUAGUGCUCCCUACCCCCCUUUUUCUAUACCUUUUCCUGUACGAAGUGACUGUCAGUCAAACCCUCUGCCUGUGUGAAGGAAAUGAAGGAAUAAAGCUCUGUCUCGCUCUUUAAUUCUACAACUCUGGACUGUAUUCAUUCUGUCCCUUGUGCUCUUGGGUGGGGAUUAGUGAGUAAACUGUGUGUCCUUUUUUUAGAUGUCAGUGUCUCCCUCUAGUGAUCGAACAGUAGACAAACCAAACAGCAUUUAAAGGGGGCUAUACCUCUGAAAAAAUGACAUUUCUGUUUAAUAUCAUGCCUUACUUCCCCCUGUCUUAAGGAUUAAACUUAUUUGUUUACAAUCUAUCUACAUGAGGCUCAACCAAAACGCAGAUUUCCAGUCUGAUAUAAUUGCAGGGAUCCAUAUGUGCUUUCUUUACGAGUUAUUACAAAGACAGAGCAAACCAAAUAAAUACUUUUAGUGGCCUCAAGCAUCCAUCCUCAAUGUUUUAGGGUUGUAUUUAUUUGUCUAAAACAGGUUGGAUCUUCCGUCUUCCUCCUCGUUUCUCCCUCUCUGUUCCUUCCUCCCUCCCACCCUUUCAAAGGAAGGAGGGCUCUCCAGCUCCCAGCAUGCUUCCUUGCCCUCCCUCCUUCCCUUCCUCUCUGAGCCAUUGUAGACCUGGAAGCCUUCUCUGCAGGGCUCUGUCUGAUAUGUUUGAUAUAUUAGGUUGUUAUUCAGUCCAACUAUAUAUCAAACAUAUUCCUACAGUGUCCCGCCCUGUCUCCAGCCACGUGUGCCUUAUGUUGUUUAUGGAGCUCUGGGGUCAAUCAGCAGAGAUGGCCGUUUGUUAACUGUCUCUCAGCUGAUACAGUGUGAUUGUUACAAUGGUUUAGAGGUCAGGUCCAAGAUUUGAGACGUUGUAGUAGUCAGUGUCACUGAGGAAUAGUCAUUUAAAUGUGCAUUUUUUUUAAAGAUAGAUUUGAAUAUUCCAAGUUAUAUUCUCGGCAGACACUUGUGGAUAUAUGUCUUCCAAAACUUUUUUAUCUCUUUAUUUAAAUUCUGCUUUUAUUCCAGGAAACUAAAGCAAUAAGUUUGAAUAAAUGUUUUUCACUUUCAGCAGGCAGACGAGUCUCUGGAUUUCGAAGAGCAGAUCUUAGAGGCAGCAAAGUCCAUCGCUGCUGCAACCAGUGCUCUUGUAAAGUCUGCAUCAGCUGCUCAGAGAGAACUGGUGGCCCAAGGCAAGGUCAGUCAACACAACUACAUACAAACUCUGCAACAUCUUCUACUUAUACAAGACUGUAUAUUUAUUUUCUUAUUGACUGUGUACUUUAGGUGGGAUCUAACCUAGCCAAUGCAGUAGAUGACGGUCAGUGGUCUCAGGGUCUCAUAUCAGCUGUAAGUGACCUUUCAAACACUUUUAUUCACUUUAAUAUCAAACUUUAAGUCACAUUAAGUACAAUAAAAAUGAUGCAUGCUGUAGGCUCGUAUGGUAGCAGCAGCCACCAGUAACCUGUGCGAGGCAGCAAACGCCUCGGUGCAGGGCCACGCCAGCGAGGAGAAGCUCAUCUGCUCGGCCAAACAGGUCGCUGCCUCCACAGCUCAGCUGCUGGUGGCGUGCAAGGUGAAGGCUGACCAGGACUCUGAGGCCAUGAAGAGACUACAGGUGACAUAAAAUCACAUCAUUUUGUUUCAGUACUUUUCAUGCAGCGUUUGUGUCGGUACUAAAUUUAAAAUUGUGCGUUUUGAAGGGCGCUGGAAACGCAGUGAAGCGAGCUUCAGACAACUUGGUGAAGGCGGCUCAGAAAGCAGCAUUUGACAAGACUGAGGAUGACAGCGUUGUUGUAAAGACCAAAUUUGUCGGAGGCAUUGCUCAGGUAAGACAAAAAAUCUCAUAGUUAUUCACCUGCUGAAGAAAUUCUCCCUAUCGUGCUGCUUGCCCUUUUCACUGCAUGUUCGCACCUCUCUCUGGUGUGCCAAAAUGCCACGGCUGUUUAUCUGAAGCGAUGAUGAGCUGCUGCGGAUAAACACCCCAUCAGUUUCAUUUCAAAGCUAUGGAGCAGUUUCACCAGAUGCCCACAGCUGCAAAACAUCACAUCUCAUGAAGUGAGGAGCGCAGGCCUCCUUUUCAUCUCCGCAAAGAUUUGACAGUAACUGGAGAGUGAGUGUCUCUUUUUGUCAGAAGUAAAGGCUGCUGCAGGCAGCUUUGCUUUUCUUCCUGAUUGAUUGAAAUCCUGUUGCAGUCAGCGGUGAACUCCAGCUGAGCAUUAGCCUGUCCGGUUUUUUAUCUGACCAGUUAAGAGUCCAGCUUCAUCGAUGUCUAAUGACUGUGGCAUUAAGGGGAGUCAUGGACAGCAUUCAGGUGUUCCAGUUGCUGAAACGUGUUAGUCUGCGAUUGACCACUUAUUGUUCUGUACAUAAAGUUUUUAACACAGUCAGGUAAUAAGAUAAGAUGUUACUAUAAUGAUCCCCUUUAAUAGUAGGAAAUACCAAAUUUACAGCAGCAUAGUACAGACACAAAGAGUAGAAAUUAAAGGAUAAAGAAACUUAGAGUUAAGUUAAGUAAAAAAUAGUUAUGUGAGUCAUAUUUACAUGUGUACAGAAUAUACAUAAUGAUAUGAUUUAUUGUACAUUGAGGCUGCUGAGGUUUCUGUUGUGGAGUCUGACAGCUGCAGGAAGGAAUGACCUGCGAUACCUCUCUGUCACCCACUUUAGGUGGAGCAUCCUGUCCCUUAAGGAGCUCCUCAGUGCAGUGAGUGUGUGUUGGACAGGGUGAUAAUACAUUAAUAAUAAUACAUUUUAAUAAACAUAACAAUAAAACAUUAAUAAAGCAAGAGAGAGUUGAAACAAGAUUUCCAGAGACAUGCUACUAUCCUUCUACUCUUAUGUUCAUGGAUCCUUUUUUAUCAAAUGUACCACAAGCCGUCCUUUUUUACAGUCAGAUUCUGUUUCCUGUAUAUUUUUUUUCCUUUCUAUUUUAUGAUUUGAGGUAACAGAGCGUGCAGAGUACCGUGCAGCUAUAGGUUUUUCAUAUUGAGCUCCCCACAGGGAUUAGGUUGAGUUGAAGGCACAUUUUCUGUCAGCUGUUCUCUCUCUCUCUCUCCUCAGAUCAUCGCAGCUCAGGAGGAGAUGCUGAGGAAGGAACGAGAGCUGGAGGAGGCACGGAAGAAGCUGGCUCAGAUCCGACAGCAGCAGUACAAGUUCCUGCCUAGCGAGCUGAGGGAGGAUGAGGGCUGAUUGGCUCAGCGGACGGGAGGCGCUGUGCCGAUGAGACCCUCUUGUGAUGGGGAGACGUUGCCGAUGUGUGAUUGGCUGCUUUACUCUCAUAUAUAACCGAAGAAUAUACAGCACUUGAAAACAGGCCUGUUUGGUGAGAAAAACAAGUGCCUGUGCUCUGUAGUGUAUACGUGCGUGCGUGUAUGUGUGCGUGUGAGGUGUGUUUGUGUUUGUUAGUGAGUGGCAUUUACACUCAGAAGUCCUACGCGGAGAAGGUUGAUGAUAAAGGUAUCAUUACUUUGUGAGUGUUUCUGCGUCAUGAGCAUCGCUGACUGUUACAGUCCUGAAUUGAAGCUGUUGCAGAUUCAGACAUCCUCUAUUAUCACUGAAUGUUUUAUAAAUGUUGAAGGAUUUAAAGCAAAUAUAUACAGAUGAUACAUCUGCAAGUGAAAAGUAAGAGUCCUUAGCUUGUACUCUUAACAGAAAAUCUCUGAGGGUCAUAAUCAGGCGGGAGGGGGGGGUGCUUCAUUUCACCACUGGCUUGCAUGCACCAUAAUGUCUAUACAUAUCAAUGAAGCUACUAACCAAUAGAGUAGUGUAGAGCGGAAAGCACUUGUAUUUUACUAAUAAAAUGUGAAGCCGGGGUUUGCUUUCAAAGCCUUCUAAUUAAACUAUUAGCCAAGAGUGAGAGGCUGUGAUUGGAGAAAAUGGAAAAACAAACCCUGACCACUAGCCAACAAUAAUAACUCUAAAGAUAUUUAUUCUUAUCUGACAUUUUAUAAAGAACGUGCUCCUUCUUAAAGAGCAAACUUAUCUGACUGAGAAUCUGGACUGUAUGUGACCAAAUAUGUCAUGCUGCUCGUACGUUAUAUCACUUCCUGUAACCCCUCCAGCCCUUCCCUAAUGUACACAGAGCCGUGUAAAGACUACAUGUUUACAUUAUUUGUCAUGUUUGUUAUCUCUUUGUCGUCUCUCCUCUUUUACUUCCUCUCCCGUUCACACUGGGCAGAUUGUUUGGAUACCCACUGCGUUGUUCCCACACACACUAGAGUCAUUCUCUGCCGGUCACUGCCCUUUCACAGUAAAAGCAUUCUCACUUUAGACUGGCUGUCUUUAGCAAUACAUUACACUGAAUACCCGAGUAAGAUGAUAACGAGACUCUGCGCUGUUGUGAUACUGGUUGUGUGAAGUGAUAAUCGGGGCGUAUGUUAGUUAUGCACUGAAGUCGAGCACUAAAGAAGGCAAUAUAAAGCUUCCAUGAUACUAAAUGUAGGAUUUUCUGUUCAAAAAAACAAGAAGGAAAAAGAUUCAAGCUCUGAUAAAGGAAUCUAAUUCUAGGAUUUGUUUGUUUCUUGCGUAUAUUGGUGUAGUAUAUCAGACAUUUUUCGCACUUCAUCUCUUUAGUCUGUCCAUGCCAGUGUCUUGGACUGCAUCCUGUACUAGUGCCUUACUCGAGUCUGCCCUUACGAGCAGCUGAAGAUCAGGCUGGCUGGGAGCCUGAGCCUUGUCCUCUCUGGAUCAGAACAUUAUGCCAGUCUAAUCCCCGCCGGGGUCUUAAUAAACUGUCACCUAGUCCUUUGCCAUACUAAACAAUGCCUUGUGGCUGGUGGCCAACUUGCCUACUAUGUUAUAAUGCUGAUAUUAAAGGGCAUGUGUGGACACUUUAGGAUUUAAAGACCAUACUGGACGACUAACACUAGACUGCAUUCCAUGAGCAUGUGGCAAUUUGUGUGUGAGGAAAUAGUUGAACUCGUUAUGCCAAGUCCCUCUUAAAAGCUGGACUAAACUACUUCCUCGUUUCCUUGUCUAACCACUAUAUUAAGUUUUUAUCAGUAAAUGUAAGAAUUACCCUGAAGUAUAUUGUCUAACUGAGUUGUGCGAGUACUAACGGAAGUAGAAAAAAGUUACUAGCUCUGUUCUGAAUAGGUGUUGUGCUUUUCUUUAACAGACUGCAUUAGUUUUAUGAUUUUAUGCUGUAUGUAUUAUAUUUAUCUGGUCACAAAAGUAUUUUUUGUAUUCACCAAAAAAUAAAGAGUUUCAAACAACCCUUACUUUUAACUUUAUUUCGUCCCUUUUUAAAAAUCAGUGCACAAAAACUGAUGUCUGAUUCAGGAACGCUAUCCUGCAUUCUUGCCAGCAGAUGUCAGUGUCAUUCCUCCUAGUUCAGUCAGAGGGGUCAGGGGAUGUUUGAAGAAAAUGUUCUUGUGGAAGGAUUGGCAAAGGUGGACGGACCAAAUAUGGACAUAGUGGAUGUGGGUUUUUUUUUUUCCCUCCUUCUGGUUCACAGACCAGACCUUGAAGUAUGCAGAGAUUCCCAUUUAUAUGUUUGGGUUCUCAUUAACAGUAACACAGCCCAAACCUGUUAAGCUGCCUCUGUCUGUCUCCUAUAGCUCUGCUACUGGCGAUGGAUCAGACAUGAACUGGAGUUGGUUAUUUUCUUUUCACUCUGAACUUUUUCCCUCUGAAGCUGUUCAUCUCCACUCUGCGUUGGCAGCCAGAGUGUGAGAGGAUGGCUCGAGGUGGCCAGCACAAUACACUGAGUCUUUCUAAUGAACACCAUAUUUGGUUGUUUGAGUGUUUUGGUCUCAUGCAAGGCCAGGCCACACAGUGAAGAAGGGGAAACUGAAGCCAUGUGUUUAACUGGGAGUGUCCAUCUAUUUCUCAGCUUUUCUCCUCCCUCAGAGCAGGAGGAAGUUUGUCUGGUUAGCUUUGGCACUUGUGUAGAGCUCUCAGUAGAUGAAUGAUGCAAAGCAGAGACGAGGUCGUGUUGAGUUUAUUCCUAUAUUAUCCUGAGGUUCUUGUCUCCAGUCUGACUGCUGUAAUCUAUGGGAUAUUUCAACCCCAUUCUUAUUUUUCCUUUUAAUUUUCAUUCUGUAUGACAAACAUCGGGUCAAAUUUAGAUAAAACGUGUUUUCUCAGGAAACCAACCAACUCCAUUGAUUUCAAUCUUUUUUUUUUUACUACUUGUUGGCAUUUAAUUUGUUUUUACCUUUUCAUCAAAUGGCAUUUUCCUGGAUUUGAAGUCUGAUUUUCACAGCCAUUACUCCAUUACUCUUAACUUUUCCCCAACUUUUUAAAUUUGUUGGGUUUCUUGUUCGGUUGUUUUUUAUUAGUCACAUGACACACGAUCAUUUGCAUAAUCGGUAAACAUCCUGGGCUCCCUUGGCGUCCUCAAUUUGAUUCAUGGGAAGGUAUUUUUUUAUAGUCACCCUGACUCGUCCCAUGUGUAACCCAAACAGCCUGGCCGACAUUUAGCCAAGGCUUUGUUCCAGGCUCAAGUUUAGGACGCCAUAUUUUACCAUGCCUCCGCUAAAUGAUACUGGGUCAACUCUCCAUUUUUAACUAUCCCACAGUUUGUUGAAUCAGCCAUGAUAUCCCAACAUCAACGCAUGAACUUUUUGAUCCUUUAUAUACAAAUGUUUAUGUAUUUCUCAGAAGUGAUACUGUGCUAAGAACAGCCUCAGUAAAACUUAGAGUUGUCACACUUGUAAGUUAUGUCGCCAGUUUUAGAGUGUUAAUAAUACUCCUUUAAAUGUCAGUGUUUUUCCAGUCCCUUAUUUGUUUUGGAAGUACUCCCUCUGUAGAUAUUUGGGUAAACAACAUUGAUUUUUAUUUUGUAAAUGUUUAAAAAUGGGUGUGAAUCUGAAAGAAGAGCCCCGUGAACUGACUGUAUUUGCCCAUGUGUUUUUUUUUUGUUUGUUUUUUUCCUGGGUACCUUGUCCUGAUAAAAAUGUAAAACCUACUCCUGUGUAUCAGGAGCUCUUUAAUUCAGAGAGGAGAAGAAGAAAGUGCCUUAAGACAUUAUUCUUCAUCUCUAGAAAAAAGACUUUGGAAGAGGAAGUGAGGUUUGGAAAAGAAAUGCACAUCAGGAAAGGCUUUAGGGUUUUGGGUUUGGUCAUUUGUCCAAUGCAUGCUACUGAAAUGUUCGUUUUUGUUUUUUGUUCAUCAACAGCAUCUCAGUCUAGCAGUGCCUUUCUUUCUUAGAUUAAAACUUAUUUUGGUUUGAGGAAGAGGAACUUUUAGGGAUGCUUUAAGCUCUCGCCAAUUAAUUUCACAGAGGCUGAUUGAUUUUCAAAAAAGAGUGAAGGCCAAAGUUUAGCACUGUGUUUGCUUUGAAUGCUCAGAAAGGACUGUAGGAAUACUGGGAAAAUAGUGACUAUUGUCCGCUUGUAGUCACACAUACCAGCUCUGCCUGCUCUGAGAAGCACCGCCGUUUAACAUAAACCUGGGAGACAGCAGCUGAUGGAUCCAAGAGAGCAUUUUCACUCAGGUCUGGAGCACAUGACUAUUUUAGGGCAUCAGAGGGAAUCUCCCUGCAUGCUGGCUCCAUAACCCGUCCGCUGAGCAGCCUCUUGGUCAAUGAGAGUAGUAAACUGUUUGGGAACAGUUUUUGAAGCUGGUUAAUGUCUCUGUGUUGUGAUUUUUUAUUUAAAACAGCAUAUGUAAACAAAUUUUGUAUUUGGCUGGAAGCUGUAGUGCUUCAAAGUGGAUAGAUUUUCUUACAGGCAGUCAACUACGAUGGGUCUGAAAGCUUUUUACGGCCUCCAGGACUGAAAAGGGAAGCAAAUGUGAAAGUGCUUUAACCUACAUUCUCCUUUGAUCAGCAAAAGGGCUUUAUUUAUUUUAUUUUUCUUUUAAAGAAAGUUUUAUUUUGUUUGUUUUUGUUGCUUUUAUUGUGGCCUAAUGUCUCUCCUGACUUUUAUCAUCUAUUGUCUUUCUAGCUGCCUUUAUUUGGCAAGUGGUGCAAUGACAGCAACUGGUCAGACUCAACAUUUGUAAGGUUUACAACUUGAAACACACCAGAAUAAUGUCAUAAUAACAUAUGAGCUGCCCACCCUGAGUAUGAUGUCAUUUAAAAAUGGCCACCAUAUAAAUAAAUACGACCUUUUACAAGCUCCUGAAACACCAAGACAGUUACAACGACCGACCAAAACUGAGGGUUUCAGACAAAAGACUGCAAGCAAAUGGGUGACGUCACCGUGGCUGCAUUCACCUUUUAUGGUUUAUGGUCUGUGGUAAAACAACAAACAAAUUUAAAUUCACACUCCCUACAGCUUCAACCUCAAUGGUAAAUAAUGAAAGAGUGAUAUCUAGGGGGUUGUAUUUCAGGAAGUGUCCCACAUUUUGCUCUUAUGUAACUGCACAGAAAAACAGAAUUUACCUGUUUCCAUGAGAGGACAGGUGGAUGCAACUUUUAAGUAUGUAAAUUUGUUACAGUCAUCCUCGGGGUGUCAUCCUCUGAUGAGUGACAACAUUUGCUAUCUAUUUCUUUCAUGAUGGCAAAGUGAGUCCAUCAUGUAAGGAAGGCUCAGUAUUUCCCUGUCAGCACUGACAGCAGAGCUAUAUUGGGGCCCAGCUGAGACUUAAACCUCGGGGGCUAAUUUUGGACAGCACCACAAGUAACACAGGGGAUAUCUAUCAAAUCAUAUCAUCUGACUCGAACACAUGCUCCUCCAAAGUCAGUAUCCCAGUGAUUUAGAGUGGGUUUUCACACUUUUGCCCCUGCCUGAAACCUCGCUGAGAGUGAACUGAAGGACAAGGGGAGCCGUCCUCCCA